AUGGUGGAGGUGAGGACAGAUCUGAGUGAUGAGUACGGGAGGAGACUGGAGAAGGAAGAACGAAUGAAACAGAUAACCCAAGACCUGAAUGAAGUGCAGGAGAAACACACCUCUGCCAGGGAUCAGGUGAGAGAGAGAAAGACGAGAGAGAGUUUUGGGAGGCAUGGAGUCGAUUCAAUUCAAUUCAUGCAAUUCAGAGGUUAAAAAGUACUCAUAGAAAAUAAUGUGCACUUUUCAAUCUCCUGAACUGACUGAAAUGGAAUUGAUUUCAAUGUGGUUCAGCCAGCUGUAAGUGUCUCUAAUGUAUAUUCAACACAGCAAUACUCUCAUGCCAUCUCAUCUCCAUAGACCAUGCCGUAGACAAUAGGUCAUGUUUAGUGUUUACUAAUAUGCCAUGUGUUUAUCUCAAGGGUAUGCAGGCUCCAUUGAAGCUCACGCACAUAUAUACACACACACACUCAGCGAGAGGCAGGAGCACACACACCACUUGAUCUACAUAUCAUUUGGUUUUUGGUUGAGUGCCAAGGUUCCAUUGAGAGAGACCAUCAAAGACAAGCACUCACCCCCUCCAACCCUCUUACGCUCUCUCUCUCUCUCACACACCACCUGUAGUUCAGUCUCAACAGCAUGUGUGCGAACGCGAAGCAGCUGUGAAAUCAGCACCUGUUUAAUUCAAUUAGCCAUGUUAAUGAAUUCCUAUCUGCUGCCAAAAGAACAGAGCAGUUCUAAAGAGCUCGUUAGACUGAUUACUUAAUUAAUUGUCUGUAGCAGCAGCUUCCCAUCUCAACUGUUUGUUUAUUAUCUGAUGGUUUGCACCUAUGCACUGCAUGGUGUGCCUGACAGUCUGAAUAAGAGCAACCAUAUAUAUCACAGUUCUGAACUGAGAAAGGUUACAUGAAGGUUGCCCCGUGGGUAGACAUAACCAUACUCAGUGAGUUUCUAAUCUCUUUUUUGAUUAGAUGGUAAUUAUAUAUCUCUGCUUGUUCUGGCCUCACACCUCUAAUUGCUUAUAGAAAUGUUCUGGCUUCAAACCUUCUUAAUUCAAUUAUAUUGGUCACCCUCUCUCUUUCUGUUGAUCUCUUUAUAUCUCUCUCUCUGCCUCUUUGUCCCUCCCUCUCUCUCUCUCCCUCUUCCCUCCCUCUCUCUCCCCCUCCCUCUCUCUCUCCCACCCUCCAUCUCCCCCCUCUCUCUCUCCCCCUCCCUCUCUCUCCUCCCCUCCCUCUCUCUCUCCCCCUCCCUCCCUCUCCUCUCCUAUCCCCCCUCUCUCUCUCUAUCCCAUCCCCCCCUCUCUCUCUCUAUCCCCCCUCCCUCUCUCUCUCUCCCCCUCCCUCUCUCUCUCCCCCCUCCCCCCCUCUCUCUCUCCCCCCCUUCUCUCUCUCUCUCCUCCUCCCUCUCCCCCCCCUCUCUCCUCUCUCUCCCCCCUCCCUCUCCUCUCUCCCUCUCUCUCUCCCCCCUCUCCUCUCCUCUCUCCCCCUCCCGCUCCUCUCUCUCCUCCCUCUCUCCUCCCCCUCUCUCUCUCUCCCUCCCUCUCUCUCCCCUCCCCUCCCUCCUCCCCCCUCUCCUCCCCCCUCCCUCUCUCUCCUCUUCUCCCCUCCCCCUCCCCCCUCCCUCCUCUCCCCCUCCCGCUCUCUCUCUCUCCCCGUCCUCAUCCUCCUCUCUCCUCCCUCUCUCUCCCUCUCUCCUCUCUCUCCCCCCUCCCUCUCUCUCUCUCCUCUCUCCCCCCUCCCCCUCUCUCUCUCUCUCCUCUCCCCCCUCCCCUCCUCCCUCUCUCUCCCCUCCAUCCUCUCCUCUUCAUCUCUCUCUCCCCCCUCUCCACUCUCUCCUCUCUCUCUCCCUCUCUCCUCCCCCCCUCCCUCUCUCCCCUCCCCCCUCUCUCCCCCUCCCUCCCUCCCUCCCCCUCCCUCCCCCUUCCCUCCCUCCUCUCUCCCCCUCCCCCCUCUCUCCCCCUCCCCCCUCUCCCCUCUCCCCUCCCUCUCCUCCCCCCUUUCCCCCCUCCCUCUCUCUCCCCCUCCUCCCCUCCUCUCCCCCCUCCCCUCCUCUCUCCUCUCCUCCCCCUCCCCUUCUUCUCCCCCCUCUCUUCUCCCCCCUCCCUCCCCAUCCACUCUCUCCCCCCCCCUCCCCCUCUCCCCCCUCCCUCUCUCUCCUCUCUCCCCCCCUCUCCCCCUUCCUCUCUCUCCCCCUUCCUUCUCUCUCUCUCCCCCCUCCCCCCUCUCUCUCUCCCCCCCUCCCCUCUCUCUCCCCCCUCCCUCUUCCCCCUCCCUCUCUCCCCUGCCCUCCCCCCCUCCCCUCUCUCUUUCUCUCUAACCCCACAUUGUUCCCCUACCCUAUUCAUUUUAAAUCCUAAUACAGGAUAGCUUUCACCAAUCAAGGUUUUUGCCCAAGCCGCUCUCCUCCUCCUCCCCACUUUGAUAGAGAGAACGUAGGACAGUGAAAAAAAAAGAGGGAGAAGAGAGGAAAGGGGGAAGGAACCCCUUUGAUUCAAAAGUAAUGGUCCUUCUAGUCCUCCUCAAUUGUCCUCUCCAUAGAGCAAUAAUAUCUUUUCACUUUAAGCCCUUUUAUUUGAAAAAUUUUCCCCAAAUCUCAUUUUCUUUUGGGAUUUUUCCCAAACUUCCUCCUAUGCCUUCAGAAUUGAGGCCUGAGUUGGAAAUGUAAGUUUUAAUAUUUUGAGGGGCCCGGAUUUAGUGGGAAAAAAUAUUUUGGCCGUAUCAUAAAGGCAGUAUUGAUAGGGAUGAGUGAAUGAAAUCAGAUUAAGCAAAAAGGGUUCAAAGUCCAUUUUUCUUCUGAUGUUUAAAACCUUUGAGGGAAAAAAGAAAUUUUGUGAAUGUGGUCAGUCGAAACAGUUUAAAAUUUUGGCAAUUCCUCUUCUAAAGAGAAUAGGGUGUGUUAGCAAUUCCACAUGUAUUCCAAAAAAAUUUUGUAACAAGUAGGUUUUUUUUGUUUUGUGUGUGUGUUUAUGUUUCAGGUUGUAGUUGGGGGACAGCUAAGGGUUAUAGUUCCACCAGGCAUGUAGAGGACAGCUCGAUUUAUCCAACGGGAGGCUCACACACUCCCUCACCCCACAGGAAAUCUCCCAAGGAAGUGUGUGUGUGUGUGCUUGGUCUUUGUGCGCACCCAGGUUGGGAUCAAUCCAUUUCAAUUCCAUAAAAUUCCCCGGAAGUACACUAAAUUCCAAUUCUGCUAAAGUUUUUCAAUGAGGAAAAUCGGGAAAUUUGGGAAAUUUGGUUUACUUUCGAAUUGACUGGAAAUUUAAUGGUAUUUAUCCCAACCCUCAUCACAACACCGGGUUUGGGGCAUAUGUGUGUUUACCCCCCCCCUUCCCCUCCUCUCCUUCUAGUUGGGGGGUACAGAGGGUAAUCUUCACCUCUGAGGAUCAGCUCAGGGCAAACCUCAGCUGGAGAAACUGCUAAAAGCCGUUACAACACAACCUUACUGUUCUCUAUAGUACCCAUGGCCAAUCAUGUCAAAUUUUCAUAUCUUCAGAAAACCAGAUCUAUCUUAGUUCUGUUUUUUUUUGCUCUCUCAUACUCAAAAGGUAUUUCAUGGUCGUGUUGUGUAUUUCCCAAUUUCCACUAGAGAACCUCUGAAAGGAGGCCCAGGAGUUUUUUUUGGGGUGCUAAAACAGAGGUCCGACUCUUCUACACUUUCUGGAGGAGAUGACAAGAACUGGGGGGAAAUCCCUGGGUGAAAGAAAUCGUGGAAGAGGGGGGUAGAGGGGGGUGUGUGCCUCCGCUGUGUAUACGUGCAUCUACGUGCCGUAUGGUUUUCCCUUUCCCGUAUUUUUGGCUGGGGCCAUGAUCAUCACAUGAUAAUGAAAAAUGCCUCUCACGUCUGUCUAACUGGUACUCCUUCUCACAUGCUCCCAUCUGUCUGCUCUGGACCUGCUAGCCAAGUCAAAUUAAAACAGGGUUACUAGCUCUGUUUAAAUUUCUUUUGGGGGAGAGCCCAACAACAAUGAAAUCCACCCACCCCGGUCGGGGUGCAACCUCUGCGGUCCCCACUACUGUAUCUGUUGGGGUUUUAGUGGCGCUAGUUAACUCUCUGUGUGGGGGUGUGUGGUUUUUGUGUGUAGGUAAUGAGCGUGGGGGGUCUAGACAAUGAAGCAGGAAACCCGUCUCUCUGAGGGCCACUCGGCUCCUGAAAGAACCCCAGUAUAAAACAACACACACAACACCAGCCAAAACCCCCAAACCCCCACCUCAAGAACCCUUGACACGCUAAGAACAAGGUACACACCCCCCACACCUCAGAAGAACCUGACCCUAAAGAACAAAGGGAACACACCAACACACCUCAUAGACCCUGGACACCCAAAACAAAGGUAAACCCCCCCCACCUCAAAAAACCUGGACACGCUAAAAAACAAAGGGACACCACCACACCUUUAAACCCGUGUCCCCCUUUUAAAAAACAAACAAAAGGACGACAGGGGUUUUUUGCAUUUUCUAUCCUCUCCCUUUAAACACCCUUUACCCCUCUCCUCCUCCUCUUUUCCAUAUUUAAUCAUUCUAUAAAAUUUCAUCCAUCUUACCCCUUGAGAUGUGGGCCCUGUUUUAAAAGAAAGGGCCUCUUUGCUGAUUUCAAUAUAAAUUUUGUAUAAAGGGGAAUUUUCUCUCCCUUUUUCUCUGUUAAAAGGUGAUCAUUUGAAUACAACAUUAGAUGUUAAUUUAAUGUAAAUUUGGAACUUCCAGGUUGUUUUGCCCCAAGCCGCUCUCCUCCUCUCUCCACUUUGAUGAGAACGUAGGACAUGAAAAAAAAGAGGGAGAAAGAGGAAAGGGAGGAACACACUUUGAUUGCAGAAGUAAUGAGUCCAUUCUAGUCCUCCUCAGAUUGGUCUCUCUCCAUAGAGGCUAGAUAAUAUGAUCGUUCACAUUUAAGCACCUUUAUUUGAACAAAUUCACAAAUCUCAUAUUCUUUUGGGAGUUCCCAACUUCCUGCCUAUGCCUUCAGAGAAUUGAGGCCUGAGAUUGGGAAAUGUGAAGUUUUAAUCAUUUUGAUGUGCCGGAUUUAAGAUGAGGAAAAUGACUUUGGCCGUAUCAUCAAAGGCAGUAUUGAUAUGGAUGAGUGAUGCAAUAGAAUCAGAGUUAAAGCUAAAAAGGUUCAAGUCCAGUUUUCUUCUGAUAGUUAUAAAGACCUUGACGGAAGAAAGUAAGUAUUGUGAAUGUGGUCAGUCGAAAGCAGAUUCAAAUCUUGGCAAAUUCAGCUCAUUCUGGAAAGAGAAUAGGGUGUGUUAGCAAUUCCACAUGUAUAUUCCUAAAAAGUAAGUAUUUGUAACUAAGUAGGUGUUUUUGUUUUGUGUGUGUGUGUAUGUGUUCAGGUGUGUAUGUUGGAGGAGCAGCUGAAGGAGUUAUAGUGUCACUACCAGGACAGUGUAGAGGACAGCGUCAGACUGAUAGCCAGACUGGAGGCUCACACACUCACCUCACACAACCAACAGGAAAUACUCACACAGGAAGUGUGUGUGUGUGUGCUUGUGUGCUUGUGCGCACGCCAGGGUUGGGAUCAAUACCAUUUCAAUUCCAGUCAAUUCCGGAAGUACACUGAAUUCCAAUUCUGCUCAAUGGUUUUCAAUGAGGAAAAUCUGGAAUUGGAAUUUGGUUUACUUUCUGAAUUGACUGGAAUUUAAAUGGUAUUGAUCCCAACCCUGGCAUGCACACACACACUGGUGUGGGUGCAUAUGUGUGUUUACCCCCUAUCUCUCUCUCUCUCCUUCUAGUUGAGGAGUACAGAGGGUAAUCUUCACUCUCUGAGGAUGCAGCUACAGGACAGAGACAGUCAGCUGGAGAAUGCUGCUAACAAGGCACGUUACAACACAACAUUACUGUAAUCUCUAUAGUACCAUGGCCAAUGCAUGUCAACUUUCUUCAUAUCUUCAAGAAAACAACAGAUCUGAUCUUAGUUCUGUUUAUUUUGCUCUCUCAUAUCUACAUAGAAGGUAUUUUCAUGGUCGAUGUUGUGUAUUCCAGAUCUUCACACUAGAGAACUCUCUGAAGGAGGCCGAGGAGAGUUGUGUGGCUGCUAAGACAGAGGUCCAGACUCAUUCUACACUGCUGGAGGAGAUGAGCAGAGAACUGGGGAGACUCACACUGGCUGAGAAGAAAUCUGUGGAAGAGGUAGGGUAGAGGGGUGUGUGUGCCUCCGCGUGUGUAUACGUGCAUCAGUACGUGCCUGUAUGGUUCCAUUUCCUGUAUGUUUUGGCUGGAGCUCAGUGAUCAGUCACAGUGAUAAUGAAACUGCCUCUCAGUCAGUCUGUCUAACUGUGUACUCCAGUCUACACAUGCUCCCAGUCUGUCUGCUGCUGGACGCUGCUAGCCAAGUCAAAUUAAUUACAGGGUUACAUGAGCUCUGUGUUAGAUUAGCUUUGGGAGGAGGAGGCUAGACAGACAAUGAACUCACACACACACACAGGUCAGGAGUGCAACCUCUGUCUGGUCUACUACUGUAGUCUGUUGGUUUGAGUGUGCGGCUAGUUAACCUCUCUGUGUGCGUGUGUGUGUGUGUGUGUGUAGGUGAAUGAGCGUGGGGAGAUGCUGAGACACAUGAAGCAGGACCUGUCUGCUCUGAGGGCCACUCAGGACUCACUGAAGAGAACCCUCAGUAUAAAGGAACAACACACACACCAGCUAACGCACGACAACACACACCUCAGAGAGACCCUGGACACGCUAAAGAACAAGGUAACACACACACACACACCUCAGAGAGAACCUGGACACGCUAAAGAACAAGGUAACACACGACAACACACACCUCAGAGAGACCCUGGACACGCUAAAGAACAAGGUAACACACACACACACACCUCAGAGAGAACCUGGACACGCUAAAGAACAAGGUAACACACACACACACUCUUAACCAGUGUCCCCCUUUUAAAAAUCUAAUCAGUAAAGGACGACAGGGAGUUCUGCUAUUUUCUAUCCUCUCCACUUAAUCACCCUUUACCCCUCUCCUCCUCCUCUUCUCCAUAUUUAAUCAUUCUAUAAUUUCAUCCAUCUUACCUCCAUUGAGGAUGUGGUCCCUGUUCAAAUGAAGGACCUACUUUGCUGAUUUCAAUAUAAUUUAGAUAUAGAGGGAAUUUCUCUCUCUCCUUUCUCUCUGUAUAAUGGUGAUACAUUAAUGAAUGACAACAUUAGAUGAUAUGAAUGAUUAAUGUAAUUGACUUCAGGUUUUUCCUCUAAGCUCUACAUGAUGUAUCUAGGAUGUAUUGUUUCACUUGCUCUACACUAAUGUGGUUUUAUGGUAAUUUAACCCAUAUUCUGUGUCCACCAAAUAAUGCCUUGCUGCUAUUACUUUAAAUAAGUGACCAGUAAAUGGUCAUGUAUAACUUGCAUUGUCUCACUCAGAUCUGUCUGAUAACUCGCAAACACUCAUGGGAUAGCUAAAAAGAAGUCCGGCUACAAUAUGCUGUCCUAACAGCAGUGGUGUAAAGUACUUAAGUAAAAAUACUUUAAAGUACUACUUAAGUAGUUUUUUGGGGUAUCAGUACUUUACUAUUUAUAUUUUUGAGAACUUUUACUUUUACUUCACUACUUUCCUAAUGAAAAGAAUGUACUUUUUACUCCAUACAUUUUCCCUGACACCCAAAAGUACAAGUUACAUUUUGAAUGCGUCCCAUAACUUUGGUGCCUUACAACUUCAUCAACAAGUUGGAAAACUAGCUAUCAUAUGGCCAUUCAAGCAAGUUUGCAUAAGGCUGCUAGCUGGAGCAUGGUUUGCUGUAGUAGCCAGUGCAUCAUAGCUACCGAGAGCGUUAGGCGGAUAAACAAAAUCUAGAGUUUUAGAGAUUAGUUCCACAUCCUAGAAGACAGAUCGGUUAAGGGACGAGUUUCGCGUAGGAGUGACGUGAUCUGAUGUAAGACAAUGGUAUAACUUUAUCAACAUUUCCUGUUCUGAUGCUCUAUACCCCUCAAAUUCAAAUCUGGACCUGGAAGCCAGUUCCACUGCUUUUCUUAUCAGGGACUGAUUUAGACCUGGGACACCAGGUGGGUGCAAUUCAUUAUCAGGUAGAACAGAAAACAGGCAGGCUCCGGACCUCCAGGGUAGGAUUUGAAUACUCCUGCACUAUACACUAGUGCACAUGAGUCAAACUCAUUCCAUGAAGGGCCGAGUUUCUGCGGGUUUUCACUUGUACUUGAUUGAUGAAUUAAGGUCACUAAUUAGUAAGGAACUCCACUCACCUGGUUGUCUAGGUCUUAAUUGAAAGGAAAAAACAAAAACUAGCAGACACUAGGCCCUCCAUGGAAUGAGUUUGAUACCUCUGCACUAGUGUGUGGACCCUAGUGGGUCAUAGUCAAUUCCUACUUUAGACAAGGCUAGCUGACUAACAUCAUUCCAUGCAGAGAGCGUAAUACAGCGAUCAGCUUGCAGAGGAAUCCUAACCCAGCUAGAGGUCUUGGACAGGGCUUAACUACCACCAACAGAGCUCUUUAUUGGGCCAGUAAAACUGUUUCCACCGGACCUCCAACACCACUACAACAGCUACUAGUCAUUGCCAUUGAGAUUUGAAAUGUUUUUAACAUCCUCCUUCUCUCUCUCUGUCUCUCUCUGUCCCCCCCCCCCCCCCCCCCAGCUCCUGGUCAGUGAGGACAGGGUGUGUACUCUGUCAGUAGAGCUGGAUCAGGUGAAGAUCAGUCUGGGUGAAGAGAUAGAUCAGUGUCAGCAUCUCCAGGACCAGGUUUUACAGCAGAGUCAGGAUCUGGAGCAGGCCAACCACACACUCACUGACACACGCAGGGCCGCCGGCAGGAAGGUAACGCAGAGGAGAGAAACACAUGCUUUAUUUCCCGCUCUCUUUUUCACCUUUGUCUUUUUCCACAGAGAAAUAUUGUUUUUCUUAUUUUCUUUCCUGAAAAAGUUUGACCUUUUUCCCUUCUUUCCUUUCUAUCAGAUUCCUCUCAAAGUGUGAAGCUGGAGAGGUAGUUCUCUGCCCCCCCCUCUCCCUCUCUCUCUUCCUCCCUCUCCCCUCUCUCUCGCUUCCUCCCUCUCCCCUCUCUCUCGCUUCCUCCCUCUCCCCCCUCUCUCUCUUCUUCCCUCUCCCCCCUCUCUCUCUUCCUCCCUCUCCCCCCUCUCAUCUACUUCCUCUCCUCCUCUCAUCUUCAUUCCUCCUCCCUCUCCCCUCUCUCUCUAUCCUCCAAUCUCCCCCCUCUCUCUCUUCCUCUUUCUCCCUCUCUUCCUCCCUCUCUCUCUUCCCCCCUCUCUCUCUCUUUCUCUCUCUCUCCCGCCGUCUCUCCCUCCCUCUCUAUAUAGCCAAACAGCAAUAGUGACUGUGUGUGACUGUCAUGUAUAGAUCAGUAGUGUAAACAGUGCAGACAACAGUACCUCUCAGCUAGAAGGCUCUGGUUACUGCUGCAGCACAUCUGGCUCUGUUUCACUGACCAAACCUACCUCUGAUCUCACGCGCGCAGGCAUGCACACACACUGCUACUGUAGCUCUGCCACUGACCAUUUCAUGCCCUGCGUGUGUGCGCGUGUGUGUGUCAGAAGAAUUCUCCCCAACAAUAACAUUUUCUGUUCCCUAAACGUCCGAACAUGAGUACAGCUGAACAAAUAGACUAAACACUUUCUUCCCUUUAUCAGAAACCUCAUCCAUCUUCCCCCCCCGUCUCUCUCUCUCUUUCUCCCACCCCCCCGUCUCUCUCUCUCUCUUUCGCUCCUUUUCUAAUUUUCUUGCUACAGAAUUGAUGUGUUUUGAUAGAUUCUCCCAGCUCCUUGAUGAUAGUAAUGAGUCAGGCUUUAACCGAAGACGGGUCAUGUUUCAGUGUUUUAUUUGGCGCUACCAAAUCAUUAUACACUGUAAUGUCUUCAGACAAUGUUAUGAACAGAAUCCAACAAGAGGCUAGCUUAUCUUUUUACUUUCCUUUUUCUGUCUCUACACCUUUUUCCCUCUGCCCUCUCUCUCUCUGCCCCUCUCUCUCUCUGCCCCUCUCUCUCUCUGCCCCUCUCUCUCUGCGCCCCUCUCUCUCUGCGCCCCUCUCUCUCUCUGCGCCCCUCUCUCUCUCUCUGCCCCCCUCUCUCUCUCUGCUCCGCUCUCUCUCUGCUCCUCGCUCUCUCUCUGCUCCUCGCUCUCUCUCUGCUCCCCUCUCUCUCUCUGCUCCCCUCUCUCUCUCUGCUCCUCUCUCUCUGUGUCUCGGCCUGUCUUUAUUUUUCUCCUCCUCCUUUUCUGGUGAUCGUGUUGCUGCCCAUCAGUGGGGAUUCUCUGUCAGUGAGUGACAAGCUCAAAAUGGUGUGUGUGGUGAGGUGGGCUGAGUAUGAGACAUACUAAAACACAGUGUGAUCUGAUUGAUAUAGAAAUACCUUCGAUAUCAGAGGCCCCUCCCGGAAACCACUGGGAUGCCCCCCCCCCCCCCCCCCCCCACACACACACACACAUUGGAACGCUUCGCUCCAAAGUUUUAUUUCUAGAAGUUGUCUGUGUGAUUGACCCAGUUUUAGGAAGGAGAAUAUAUUUUGACGGGAUGUCUGUUUUGACACAACAUCCUCUUGUGGUUAUCAGUAAAGAUCCUGUCUGUCACAGUAUUACAAUGGGAAUAACACACACCCACACAUACAUACACACAGAGCAGUUUUUAUGAGACACUGUGGAUUUAAGGACUUCCACAUGUUUGUUCAUCUUAGUCAGACUGUUUAGCUGGAUAGGAUUUUUUUGCUACUUAUUCAUUGUAUUUUUUAUGUACCCUUUAUUUGUGUGUGUGUGUUUGUGUCUGUGUGCCACUCCAUCAUGUGAGAGUGUUGGUCAUGAGAGGAGCCUGAAGGUCAAGGAGCCAUCUUAACUUCAUCAAUCUGAAUGACAGUUACAAACCACCUCUCAGAGAGAGGGAGAGAGAGACAGAAAGAGAGAAGGAAACAGAGAGAGAGAACGGAAGAGAGCAAAAGAUAGAAGAUAAGAGUGUGUUUGGUACAUUGCCAUAGAAGAGGCUCUGAUGUGCUGUGCAGUUUGCCUUUUCGUCGGCGUGUGUUUGGCUGUAAAUGGUCCUUUCACCUCAACACUGAUUGGAACUAAUAUCUCAUUUAAAAAGGCCCUUCUCUCUCUCUCUCUCUCUCUCACUGCAAAAUAUGAAAGAUCUUACUGAAAGGAGAGGAUGAGAGAUGACACGUGUACACACACACAAUAACCCUAUUCAGCAUAUAAAGUGGGGGAUUAUAGAGGAGCAGCCAUAGCCAGGUAACACAAACAAUAGAGAAACAUAAACUACUUAUAUGUUUAUCAUCCAUCAAUCCAUAACUAUACCUACAGAUACAAACACAAAUUACCAACAGAAAAUACCCUUUAUUCAUAGUAUUUUAGGAGACAGAAAACACAUUUGUGGUUUUGUCUUUGGAAAACCAACACACGUUGUUGAUGGGAUGUCAUUAGUUGAAGGACCUGGUUUGAUUCUGUUUGCCUCUUCAUGUAAUUGUAUGUUUGUAAGUGGAUGGAAAGCAGACUGUUGGAUUAUUUCAAAUAUGUGAAAUAUUGAAAUGUGUUUUUAUGUAUGUCUGUUUGUGUUUGUGUGUCUGCAGAUCCACAAGAAGGACAGCAAGCUGUAUGUGUUACUGAAGGAGUUAGCAGAGGUUAGAAAGCAGUUCUCUGACUGUAAACAAGAGGUAAGUACAAUAGUAAUUCACACCUCAACGUAACAUGCCUUUUUAAACAUGAGUUAUUUUAGUGCAGCUGACACCAACAUGUUCUGUCCAGUUGCUCAGUAGAGAGUCUGCAUUGGCAAAACAGCAGGAGGAGACGGCUCAGCUGAGAUCCAAGAUGGAGGACUGUUCCUGUGAAUGUUCAGCUCUGAACAGGGAGAAAGAGAGACUGGAGACAGACCUCACACUUACUAACCAGAAACACCGCACCGCACAGGGAGAGGUGGGUGUGUGAGGUAGAGUGUGUACAACACCAUCUCCUAAAACCCUUCCUUGUUUUGUGUGAGUCUAAAACAUUUAUUCUACGUGUGUGUGUGUGUGUGUGUGUGUGAUCUAGGUGAGCAGUAGAGACCAGGUGAUUCUACAGUUGAGGACAGAGCUGAGUAAAGCGGAGCAGAAGUAUCAAGGAACACAGGAGGAGGUGAGAGCCUGCAUUUUAUAUCUCUAAUCGGUCUAAAUGUAUUUCUUCACCUCACUGUGUGUGUGUCCCUCAGCUGGCCAUGCUGGAGGCUGAGGUCAGCCGUCUGAACCAGAAGGUCAAGAGUCAACAGGAAGAGGCGUGUCUUCUCAGGCAGAUGGUUAGAGAGGGGGAGGGGCUUAGAGACCAGGAAGUGACGGAACGACAACAGAUACAGAACGCACUCUGUAUCGCACAGCAACAGGUACACAAACACACACACACACACACACACACACACACACACACACACACACAGUAACCCUCUCCUCUGUGUCCAGGUGAAGUCCCAGACCAUGUCCAUAGAGCAGCUAACAUCUGAUCUGGACUCAAUGAAACAGAACCACAGAGCUGACACAGAGCGCUGGAGCCACAGGCACUUCCUGCUCAACAGCCAAUUAGAGCAGGCCUCCUCUGAGCUCAGCCAAUCCCAGGCCAAGGUCAGAGAGCACGGGUCAGAGGUCACAGAGCUGAGGGGAAAGCUCCAACUGGCAGAGGAGGGAUACCAGGAGGCUCUGGAGAAGGUGGGGAGUAUGUUGGGGGGUGAGAAGGGGGGGUAUCUGAUUUAAACCAGAAAACUGAUACAACUUACAUCUGCAUUUACUGUAUAACCGAUCAACUAAAUGUGUUUGACAUCAUUAGCACACCAAACAACAAUAGUCACCUUGUGGUAAGAACGUCACUCAUUCUCUCAUCACAGUCAAAGCAGGAUGAAGUGCAUAGUUGAGGUGAAGAGAGUUAAAGCAUUAGGAAAAAUAGCAUGUAAUUAUGGACACAAACAGACCCGACCGUUCAAAAGGACACAAUCAGUUCUACAAGCAGGUCUGAAAGGUCACUAUGAUGUGUUGAUCUAAUGAGAGGAGUUUGCCUCUGAAGCACAAGCUCCUGAUUAUGGCCACAACAAUAUCACAUCACUUCUAUUACCCUCAUUAUAUGUUGCUUAUCAAACCGCUAUGUUCUUAGACUUCAAUAAAAACAUAAAAAAAUAGAAUGGUUUGAAUCAGGGAUGGGCAACUUUUGAUGGGGGUGGGGGCCUAAAAAAAUCUGAACUCCUCAUGAGGUGCCGCAGUGGCUCGCGGGUCUGUGUACCCACAUCCAUACCCACACAUGCAGUUAGAGCCGGCCCUAGCCUUUUGGGGGCCCUAAACGAAACCGUGUUGUGUCGAUGGGGACUCCCGGUCAGUAAUUCAACCAUAAUAACAAGUUUAGAUAGUCUAGCGGCCAGCUAACUUACCAAUCUAGAAAUGUUAGCUGACAUAGGCUAAUUGAGUGACUAUCAGCAUAACAAGAGAAAAACUGCUGAUGCACAAACAAAUGUCAAAAUUGCACCUUGUGUAUUUUUACUAUUCUAACUUGCAACAGUAAGUUGAGAUCCUGACUGAGUUGGGAAUUGAUCCGAAGGCCUGCAAAAGGGGUGCCAGUUGCACAUCUCUGGUUUAAAUGAAUGAGGUGUGUGUGUGUGUGAGUGAGUACAGUAUGUGUGUGUAAUGCACCACUGAUGCCUUGGCCAGAGGGAUGGUGGAGUGUUCUUUUAGAGCAGUAUGAUGUUGUGGGAUUGUGUUUGACUCACAAUGGGAACGACACGCUUCUUCACACUCCAUUACAAAUAACUAGACAGAGGGGAGGGAGACAGAGAGGAGGGUUUGCGGGACGUUCACACACACACACACACACAUUGGAAAAUUCAGUCAAAUAAGUCCACAGUUUCAGAAAGUGGAACCACAUUAAGCAGUUUUUUUAGUUGUUGUUGUUGUUUUUACACAUUGCUUAAUGCGGUUCCACUUUCUGAAACUGUGGACUUAUUUGACUGAAUUUCUCUGAAAAGCCUGUUAUAAAAUGGUACAUUUCUUCUCUCUCUCUCUUUCCCAGCCAUAGAGCUGCAGUGCUGGGGAGCUGGUAUUAACAUGUGUUAAUCUCCAGUUAAACCAGCUGAGAGGACUCAGGUGAACCAGUGACUCUAACUGGUCUGCCUGCUGUCAGUACUGAGGGAGUUAACCGACCGGCUGAUCUGUAUUAGGAAUUAAUCUAGUUUUGUCAAAUUUUAACUCUGAACCUUAACAGUUAGCUGGAUUAAUGAAGUUAGUCAAGUUUAACACUGAUCUCAAAGGUGGGCUGGGUCUGAGUUUAACACAAGGAUUAGUCAGAUUUCACUUCCUGGAUUCAUCUGAGUAUUAGAAUAAGAAAGCUAUGACAAUUUGACCAGACUAAGAAGGAUAGGACAAUGAUUCUCUAGGAGCUGAAUCAACCACCAGUUCCACUCUCUACUGCUAUUACACACUUGUUUUUAGUGAUCAACACCAAACUGGACAGGAAAAGAAUUACACCCAACACCAAACAAUAAUCAUGUUCAAUGAGAGAAGUAUGAAGACAUUGAUUCUAGAAAGGAAAGUUCAGCUCCUGUGUCCUGAUCAGUGGUUCUUCUGGUGCUAAUGGUUUACAGGACCUAUCUGUAGAGAAGGACCCAUUAACUCCCACCUCAGAUACCAUUGAUGGCCCUUAUGUAAACUAGGAGUGUACAGUAUUACUGGGUCUGUUUGUUAGUGACCGAAAGAGUGUGUGUGUGUGUGCGUGUUCACAUUGUGACUCAUGAUAUAGUUUUUUUUGCCUUUUUAUCUUUGUCUAUCAUAUCCAAUGUGAUGUUUUUGUAUUGCUGUGGAUGUAGGUUGAAGAGGCUGAAGGGUUGGUUAACACACGAGACACUGAGACAGAGCUCCUGAGACAACAACUGAAGGACCUCGAGGAGGACCUUCGUGAAACCACGUCCAUGGCUCAGGGCCAGGAGGAGAAGGCAGCCAUCUUUAAACAGAAGUACUGCGUUGCCAUGGAGAAGGUGCAGCAGCUCCAGGGACACAUAGAGUGUGUGGAGGAGGAGCUUAGAUACACACAACAACAGGUUACACACCUCUGCAGUCUAAGCUAGUUUCUAGAAUUCGACCACUCACUUUCAAAGUGCAAGUUUUACUCCAAUGACCAAUGUCAACCUGUUCUAUGUGGUUUUGAUUGACAGCUGACUGAAUCUAAGGCAGCGGUGGGCGAGGUUAAGGCGGAGCUUACAGAGCUGGAAGGGUGUUACCAAGAAAAACUUGGCCAAUGGGAGCGCUCGGAGGAGGCCCUGGACCAACUGACUGAUGAGCUGCAGGCCAAUCAGAUGGCUCUGACGGAGGGGCGGGAGAGAGUGGAACAGUGUGAAGGAACCAUACACUGUCUACAGCAAGAGAUGGACACACAGAAAACUCAGGUCUGUCAAUGUUAUGGUUGACAGUAGACCUAUAUGGAGAGUGGAAAGGAAUAAAUAUCUACUGUAUGUAGGUAUAUUAUCCCCAUAUGUAUUUCAUACUACAUAUUUAUUACAUUUUUCCUUUUCCAGUACAUUAUUUCCCCUUCUACAUUAUGUGGACUUUUUUGCCUUGCAAUGUCCAAUAUCCUAACCUGAAGUAAGGAAAAUGCUAGCUACAAUAAUACAUAUGCCUAGUUCCAUAUUUCUUUUAAUUUGUAAGUCUCUUUUAGGACAUUGUCUGUGCAGUAUGUCAAGUUAAAUAAAAGUAAUCUGAGUGACCUUUUUCAUAAUUGUAGCAACUAUAAUGAUCAUUCUGUUCAUGAGUUAUGGGUGCAAGUUCAGUGAAAUUAUAUUAUAUUGAAAUGAUAUUGAUAGCAAUCCUGAGUAAAACAGAAAUGACAGUGGAGGACUGUGUGUGUGUGUGUGUGUGUGUGUUUUCUGGUGUGUGCGUGUGUCACUGUAGCUUUGCCUCUGUUUGAGGAUAUUUACCGAGUCUGUCUACAAAUGAAUAAUCUUUAUUACGGGGAAAUUUAAUUUGGUUCAACUCAGCCGACAAGGUCAACACGGCGGAAUGUCAUUCUAAUCAAAUUGAAUUGAAUCUGUGCGUUAUAAAAGAGUUAGCUGUUUGAAGAAUGUCUGUACUUUAUUACAUUGUGUAAUGAGUUAGAUGUGAGUGGGUUCUGUUGAGGAGAGGAUCUCUCUGUAGUUGGUGUUUCAGUAAUUCUCUACCUUGAGUCUCGCUGCACUCCCGUCUGGCUGUCUGUCCCAGUCGCUGUCUGUCCGAGUCGCUGUCUGAGUCUCUGUCUGUCUGUAAUGCUUUCUAUCGGUCUGAGCCACUGUCUGUCAGUCUGAGUCACUGUCUGUCUGUAUCUCUCUGAGUCGCUGUCUGUCGGCCUACAUGUCUGCCUGUCUGUCAAUCGAGUAUCUUUCUGUGAUAGACAAAAGCUACAGCAUGGCGUUGAGAAAAGGUAAGUUGAGGUGUAGCUCCAGGUGAUGUCCAUUAGUAACAGACUGUCCUCCUCUCCCCACAGACACUAGAGUAUGAGAGUUCUCUGAAGUCCUACCAGCAGAACCACUCCUACUCUGAUGAGCAGUAUUGUGCCUUACAGAGACAGAGACUACAACUGCAGAAGGUAGUAGCCUACAUGAAUAAAAACAUUUGGCAGCACCCCCCACCCGACCACACACACACACACACACACACACACACACACACACACAAAGAAUUAGCAGGAAAUAUGAGCAACUGAUGAGCAUGGACAGCCUCACAAGUUUGACCAAAUGAUCUUAUAUAUUUCAGUCUAAUACUGCUAUUUACUUACGUUUGUAGCUCUUUGUAAGUAGUUAAGCCUCACUGUCCUCUCCAAGUUUAGCUGUAAUUUAGCCCGAAAGGAUUUGAGAAAUAUGAUUGGUUGACGAUAGGCAUAUGACAUUGGUCUACCUCUCGUCUUGCGCUGCGCAGAAUAUCAGAGAUGGGAGAAGUGUUUAAUAUCACCGGUACAACAUCCUUAUGAUAUAUACAGUGUGUGUGUGUGUGUAUAUAUAUAUAUAUAUAUAUAUAUAUAUAUAUAUAUAUAUAUAUAUAUAUAUAUAUAUAUAUAAUUAGUGCAUUCGGAAAGUAUUCAGACCCCUUCCGUUUUCCCCAAAAAAAAUACGUUACAGCCUUAUUCUAAAAUGGAUUAAAUAAAAAAAAAGCCUCAUCAAUCUACACACAAUACCCCAUAAUGACAAAGCGAAAAGAGUAAAAAAAAAAAAUGGAAAUAUCUUAUUUACAUAAGUAUUCAGACUCUUUGCUAUGAGACUCCAAAUUAAGCUCAGGUGCAUCCUGUUUCUAUUGAUCAUCCUUGAGAGUCCACCUGUGGUAAAUUCAAUUGAUUGGACAUGAUUUGCAAAGACACACACCUUGACACAGUUGACAGUGCAUGUCAGAGCAAAAACCAAGCCAUGAGGUCGAAGGAAUUGUCAAAAGAGCUCCGAGACAGGAUUGUCUCGAGGGAUAGAUAUGGGGAAGGGUACCAAAACAUUUCUGCAGCAUUGACGGUCCCCAAGAACACAGUGGCCUCCAUCAUUCUUAAAUGGAAGAAGUUUGGAACCACCAAUACUCUUCCUAGAGCUGGCUGCCCGGCCAAACUGAGCAAUCAGGGGAAAAGGGCCUUGGUCAGGGAGGUGACCAAGAACCCGAUGGUCACUCUGACAGAGCUCCAGAGUUCCUCUGUGUCGAUGGGAGAACCUUCUAGAAGGACAACCAUCUCUGCAGCACUCCAGAUUCUCUGGUCUGAUGAAACCAAGAUUGAACUCUUUGGCCUGAAUGCCAAGCGUCACGUCUGGAGGAAACCUGGCACCAUCCCUACGGUGAAGCUUGGUGGUGGCAGCAUCAUGCUGUGGGGAUGUUUUUCAGCUGCAAAGUACAGAGAGAUCCUUGAUGAAACCGCUCAGGACCUCAGACUGGGGCGAAGGUUCACCUUCCAACAGGACAACGACCCUAAGCACAUAGCCAAGACAAUGCAGGAGUGUCCUUUAGUGGCCCAGCCAGAGCCCAUACUUGAACCCGAUCAAACAUCUCUGGAGAGACCUGAAAAUAGCUGUGCAGCAAAUCUCCCCAUCCAACCUGACAGAGCUUGAGAUGAUCUGCAGGGAAGAAUGGGAGAAACUCCCCAAAUACAGGUGAGCCAAGCUUGUAGCGUUAUACCCAAGAAGACUCGAGGCUGUAAUUGCUGCCAAAGGAGCUUCAACAAAAGUACUGAGUAAAGGGUCUGAAUACUUAUGUAAAUGUCAUAUUUAUGUUUUUUUAUUUUUAAUAAAUUAGCAAACAUUACUAAAAUCUGUUUUUGCUUUGUCAUUAUGGGGUAUUGUGUGUAGAUUGAUGAGGAAGAAAAACAAUGUAAUCAAUUUUAGAAUAAGGCUGUAACCUAACAAAAUGUGGAAAAAGUCAAGGAGUCUGAAUACUUUCUGAAGGCACUGUAAUUGUUUGGUUGCGGGACAAAGGGCCAAAAUGCGGGACUGUGCCACACAAUCCGGGAGGUGGUCACCCUAGCUGUACUGAAACAUCAAACCUAAACUACUGACAUGGGCAUCAAUAGAACAGAGUACUUUUGGGAGCAUAUAGCAAUGUGGAGAUUUGUCACCAGCAAGUGAUUUUUCGGAAUGCCAGUGCCACCAUCCCUAUAAAUAAUAAUGUGUAUUGACUCUCAUCAGCAGUGCACAGAGCAGGUAGAGCGCUUGGCCAAUUGCGAACGGGCCCUACUACAGAUGAGAGCAGAGUAUCUUCGCCAGGAAGAGGAGCUAGAGAGUCAGAGCCAGGAGAAGGCGGGGCUAGAGAGGACCCUGCAGUCUCUGCACCUGGACCUGGCCGCCUCCCACCGCAAACACCUGGUCACUCACACACAGCUGGAGCAAGAAGUGACACGCCUACAGGAGGAGCUGGUUGACACCCACAACACCUGUACACAGAGAGAACAGGUCAGUAAGGAUUAGGAAAUGUUUAAGACACCCUAGUGCUUACCCUAGCCUAGGGGUCUCCAACAGGUUGAUCAACCCACUUAUGAGUAGCUCGCCAAACAAUUCCAAAAGUAUUUGCAAUUUUUCAUGUGAUCUGUCAUAAACAAAUCUCACAAGUAUCAGACACAGCAAGCUCCCACCUAUUAUCUAAUCAACGCAACAUUUACAUUAUCCCACCCCUGAUUAGCCACUAUUGGCUUAAAAAGCCAAACCUAACACAAUAUCUGACAAUUAAUUUCCAGCAAUAUUGCCCCUGUCUAUCUGUGUGGUGUGAGUGUUUGUUUAUCACUGUGUGUAGCCAGUUGAUGUGAUAACCGUCUUGUGGGUUGACAGGAAUACUUUCCCUUUUCAAUUAAAUGUUAACUGCAGAGUAGGCUUAACUGGCAGAAGUAUAUCAUAAGUAUAUCGUUUGUAUAUUAUUUGUUAUUUGCUAACUUUGCCAUGAAUUGAGCAGCAGCAGUAAAGAACCAUCACUAGACGGCACAUUAGAGGGCACAUUCCUCAAUGGCUAGAUGCUCAAUUAAAGGGCCAGAUGCGCAGUUUAAGGGGAUUUACACUGAAAAAUAAAUGUUUACGUUUUCUUGACACAAAACAUUAUCUUGUACACUAAGGACCCACAGAAUAGUUGCAGGGAAGAGGAGAAGAGAAGAAUGUGCCUAUUUGAAAGCUAGAAAAAAAUUAGUUGCUCGCUACGUUUCAUUUUUUAAAAGUAGCUCUCAUACUAGAAAAGGUUGGAGACCCCUUCCCUAGCUUCUACCCUAUAGCCCCUAGCCCCUAUCAGGGUUAGCAGAUCUGAAGGAACUGGAAAGAUGAGAUUAGUAGGCUGGGGUUUCCCUCUCCAUGACUGUAGGAUGCAAUAUAAGCUUUUUCAGCCUAACAGACAUGGCAUAUGAACCCAGAUCUCUAAAAAAGUAUUCUCUCUCUCACACACACACACACACACUUCUCACCCCGAUCCUCAGAUUGCCUGACAGAAACAAAUUACCCUGCCAUUAAUUAAAGCUCCAAGUGGUGCCAGGCCCAGCUCAAUUAACUCCAAUUAACAUGUGAAAGGGACACUAAAUAUUCAAAUUAGGUUAAGCAGUCACGAGGGUGGGAUAACGAAUGGUCCCAUGGCACCGUGCCAAGACAAAGCUGCCAGUCACGGGCACUUGGGUGUCCUGUGUGUGUGUGUGUGUGUGUGUGUGUCUACCCCUUUGGCACAAACACAUGACAUGCGGGUCACACACCCCCAGCAGGCGACCUAACGACUUGUGAUGAUAGUGUGUGUGUUGUCAGGAUAGCGUGGGUGUUGUGAGGAUAGCGUGGGUGUUGUGAGGAUAGCGUGGGUGUUGUGAGGAUAGCGCGGGUGUUGUUAGGAUAGCGCGGGUGUUGUGAGGAUAGCGUGUGUUGUCAGGAUAGCGUGUGUUGUCAUGUCACCUUAGUUCACUCACCCAUCGUCAUUAAGGGACACUGAGUGCUCUAGCUCAGGGGUUCACAAACUUUUUUGCUUCGUGACCCACCAACUGAGGUGUCUUUUGUGUCGUGACCCACCAACUGAGGUGUCUUUUGUGUCGUGACCCACCAACUGAGGUGUCUUUUGUGUCGUGACCCACCAACUGAGGUGUCUUUUGUGUCGCGACCCACCAACUGAGGUGUCUUUUGAGUCGCGACCCACCAACUGAUGUGUAUUUUGAGUCGCGACCCACCAUAAGGGUUGAGCGUUAAAAAAACAUACACAGACCAAAGAAUAAGUAAAAAAUAUAAUCUUGGCAGCAGAGGAAAAAUGUUGCAGUUUCAAAGCUAAUCUCCUGCGAUUGUAUACAUUCUGACAUGGAACUAAGAGAACAAUUUUUCAGUUUUUAAGCUUAUUUCCUACAAUUCUACACAUUUUGACAUGGCUAAUGCUGUGUUCUAAUGCUGAAACAUUAUAACAAAGUCAAUGUGGGCCUGAUUGUCUAUCUUUUAUGUUGUUGAUUGUAAAUUCUCAAAGAUUAUAGGCUAUUACUUUAAAAUAUAUAGGUCCAUUAUCUUUCUAUAUACUUUCUAUUUGAUUUUAGUCGUUUAAGUUAACACUGAAAGUGUUUUUCUGUCCUGAAAAUGUAUUAAAAAACAAACAAACAAAAUUUUUGCAAUGUCGUCCCUGGAUCCAACUGGACCCCGACCAACAGUUUGGGAACCACUGCUCUAGCUAACAAGCCUGUGUUAAUUACAUCUGCAUACAUAAUACAUGCGUAGAGAGGGCUGUGGAACGACUCUGAUUACAUUUAUGGUUGAUUAUUAUUAAUGAACAAUGAUAUAUUGUGUAAAUGUACAUAUGAAGUUAAUGACGCCCUAGACAUAGAUGAGUUAUAGUUAUCAUGGGCCUGUAUGUGUAGACAGAGCUAGAUCCUUCUUCAACAUAGCUACAACACAGUAGAACAGUUAGGGAGUUGGUAUUGGGGAGCAGCCAGUCUACUAAGGCAGGGCAUUGGAUGUGAUGCAUGCAUGCAGAAUGAUCUUUAUAAUAAUUAUGUAUGGUAUCAUAUUUUAUUCCUUCAGUCUUUGUUUAGGGUUACUUAAUCACCUCUGUUAAUGACAUACUGUGUGUGCACACACACCUUGCGACCUUUUCGACUGUUUAGAUAGUAACUAACAGUCACACACUCUUUCUCUGGCCAGGCCAUCCAGGGGCAGGAUGUCUUGCCCCAGCAAGUUGAGGAGGACCUGAAGGAAACUAGGCUGCUCCUUCAGAGGAGAACCAAGGAACUGAAGGAGGAGAAAGACUGGGUGCAGAGGCUCAGAGAGGAGGCGCAGGAGCAGAGAGAGGAGGAACACAGACUUGGUGAGGAGGCCAGGGAGGUGCUAAAGUGGAGAACCAGGGACCUGGAGGGAGAGAAAGAGGAGGUGAAGAGGAGAACCAGGGAGCUGGAGGGAGAGAAAGAGGAGGUGAAGAGGAGAACCAGGGAGCUGGAGGGAGAGAAAGAGGAGGUGAAGAGGAGAACCAGGGAGCUGGAGGGAGAGAAAGAGGAGGUGAAGAGGAGAACCAGGGAGCUGGAGGGAAGAGAAAGAGGAGGUGAAGAGGAGAACCAGGGAGCUGGAGGAAGAGAAAGAGGAGGUGAAGAGGAGAACCAGGGAGCUGGAGGGAGAGAAAGAGGAGGUGAAGAGGAGAACCAGGGAGCUGGAGGGAGAGAAAGAGGAGGUGAAGAGGAGAACCAGGGAGCUGGAGGAAGAGAAAGAGGAGGUGCAGAGGAGAACCAGGGAGCUGGAGGGAGAGAAAGAGGAGGUGCAGACACUCAAAGAGGCCCUGUUGGAACUACGCAGGAGUCACAGACAGACAGGUACUAAUCAAUCAACAUAUCUUUAUUGUCUCAGUUGAAACACACACACCUUUUGUCAGAGAGAGAGAGACGGUCCCAAUCACACUCAGACGGAUGAGAGGGAGGGAAUACUAAGUAAGAAAUUAUUUGCUAAUAAUAAAAAGUAACACGCAAUAACAAUGUGCAGGGGUACAGGUUAGUCGAGGUAAACUAAGUUAUUGCAUGUAAUAUAUACAAUGGGGGAAAAAAGUAUUUAGUCAGCCACCAAUUGUGCAAGUUCUCCCACUUAAAAAGAUGAGAGAGGCCUGUAAUUUUCAUCAUAGGUACACGUCAACUAUGACAGACAAAUUGAGAUUUUUUUUUCUCCAGAAAAUCACAUUGUAGGAUUUUUUAUGAAUUUAUUUGCAAAUUAUGGUGGAAAAUAAGUAUUUGGUCACCUACAAACAAGCACGAUUUCUGGCUCUCACAGACCUGUAACUUCUUCUUUAAGAGGCUCCUCUGUCCUCCACUCGUUACCUGUAUUAAUGGCACCUGUUUGAACUUGUUAUCAGUAUAAAAGACACCUGUCCACAACCUCAAACAGUCACACUCCAAACUCCACUAUGGCCAAGACCAAAGAGCUGUCAAAGGACACCAGAAACAAAAUUGUAGACCUGCACCAGGCUGGGAAGACUGAAUCUGCAAUAGGUAAGCAGCUUGGUUUGAAGAAAUCAACUGUGGGAGCAAUUAUUAGGAAAUGGAAGACAUACAAGACCACUGAUAAUCUCCCUCGAUCUAGGGCUCCACGCAAGAUCUCACCCCGUGGGGUCAAAAUGAUCACAAAAUCCCAGAACCACACGGGGGGACCUAGUGAAUGACCUGCAGAGAGCUGGGACCAAAGUAACAAAGCCUACCAUCAGUAACACGCUACGCCGCCAGGGACUCAAAUCCUGCAGUGCCAGAUGUGUCCCCCUGCUUAAGCCAGUACAUGUCCAGGCCCGUCUGAAGUUUGCUAGAGUGCAUUUGGAUGAUCCAGAAGAGGAUUGGGAGAAUGUCAUAUGGUCAGAUGAAACCAAAAUAGAACUUUUUGGUAAAAACUCAACUCGUCGUGUUUGGAGGACAAAGAAUGCGGAGUUGCAUCCAAAGAACACCAUACCUACUGUGAAGCAUGGGGGUGGGAACAUCAUGCUUUGGGGCUGUUUUUCUGCAAAGGGACCAGGACGACUGAUCCGUGUAAAGGAAAGAAUGAAUGGGGCCAUGUAUCAUGAGAUUUUGAGUGAAAACCUCCUUCCAUCAGCAAGGGCAUUGAAGAUGAAACGUGGCUGGGUCUUUCAGCAUGACAAUGAAGCAUUUCAAGGUCCUGGAGUGGGCUAGCCAGUCUCCAGAUCUCAACCCCAUAGAAAAUCUUUGGAGGGAGUUGAAAGUCCGUGUUGCCCAGCGACAGCCCCAAAACAUCACUGCUCUAGAGGAGAUCUGCAUGGAGGAAUGGGCCAAAAUACCAGCAACAGUGUGUGAAAACCUUGUGAAGACUUACAGAAAAUGUUUGACCUGUGUCAUUGCCAACAAAGGGUAUAUAACAAAGUAUUGAGAAACUUUUGUUAUUGACCAAAUACUUAUUUUACACCAUAAUUUGCAAAUAAAUUCAUUAAAAAUCCUACAAUGUGAUUUUCUGGAUUUUUUUUCUCUCAUUUUGUCUGUCAUAGUUGACGUGUACCUAUGAUGAAAAUUACAGGCCUCUCUCAUCUUUUUAAGUGGGAGAACUUGCACAAUUGGUGGCUGACUAAAUACUUGUUUCCCCUACUGUACAUCACCAAGGCCUGUUUGACUGAAACUCCUCCCACCACUGCAGAGGAGCCGGUCUUUGAUUGGCUGACUGUGAGAUGAUCAUCAGACAGGUGGGCGGAGCCCGGAGUAAAGAACGAUCCAUCACAUUCUGUUUCUAGAACCCUCGCAACCGUGGAAACACUUUGAUGUAAAUAACAUUUAAUAUGAGGGUUCCGGGGGAAAGAGCGAUAGCAAGGGAUGAUGGAGGAGAGGAGAGUCUGAUAGGGGAAUGAUGAAGAGGAUAGGACAAGACAGCUGGUGAUGCAUAAAGAAAGGAAAGCUAUAUAUACUGAAGCUUUCUCCAGUGCAGAGAUAAUAAGGCCUUUCUUAUAUCAACCCUAUCCCUUAUCAAUGCCCCAUCACCAUCCUGCUUUAGAGUACAACUCAAUAAUUCAUUCACUUUUUUCCAAUGGCAUACCUCACUGAUCAAUAAAUCAAUAUGUUACAUACUGUAAGUGUUACUAGAGCUGUGCAAAAAUGCAUAUCGUGAUAAAUUGCCUGAAUUGAUGAUAAAUAGAAGGAUACGUUUAUCACAUCAAUGUGCACCAUACCUUUUUUUUAUUCUUCUUUAAACUACUACGAUGGUUGUAGCCAUCAAUUAAACCAUUAACAAUCACACAUAUUUCAUUUUAAACGUCACAUUUCUUUAGUAUAGGCUACUUAUCGUAAUGAACGAUAUCAGCAAAAUGCCUGUGAUAAGUAUGGUCAGUGUGGAUCAUUUUGGGUUUAUCAGCCCAGCUCUUAAGUGUUACUCAGUUUGUCUUUUAGUAAAGGCUUUAACAUCGGCAGCAUAUGAAGUGUGUAAAUACUGAUGUUAUUACUGCUCUUAUUACAAUGAAAACCAGUUAUGAAUUCUGCUCCACAAUUAGAGAACAAACCAAUUAAGUGUUUUUACCUCAUAUUAUAUAUAUAUUCAAUUUUUCAACAUUGAUCCCUCAUCAUAUUGAUAUGGAGAAUAUUUUUUUUUACAUCCUUCAUGAAAUAAUCACACAAAGAAAACAUGUUAGCUGUAAUAACGUCCAGUGUAUAAAACCAGUGGACCAGAGUUGCUGCAGAGGCACCAUUCUAUUCCCCGUCUUUAACACUAGUUUGGAGUUGAAAGAUUAUGAAAUCACCAGCGUAUAUUUCUGGUUUAGACCCAGGAGAGAGACAUAGCAGCCCUCAAAUCCACCUCCACACAUACACACACACACUCUCAUCCACCCACCCCAGUUGCAGUGCCUUCAGAAAGUAUUCAAACCCCUUGACUUUUUCCACGUUUUGUUGUGUUACAGCCUGAAUUUAAAAUGGAUUAAAUUGAGAUUUGUUGUCACUGGCCUACACACAAUACCCCAUAAUGUCAAAGUGUAAUUAUGUUUUUAGAUUUAUUUUACAAAUUCAUUAAAAAUGAAAAGCUGAAAUGUCUUGAGUCAGUAAGUAUUCAACCCCUUUGUUAUGGCAAGCGUAAAUAAGUUCAGGAGUGCCACUGCUAUUUUCAAGCAUAGUGGAUGCUGCCUCAUGUUAUAGGUAUUUAUAUGUAUAACUGUAUAUAGCUUGUAAUCAUUGACUACUGGGGAGUUUUUCAAGAUAAAAAAGAAAUGGAAUGGCAAGAACAGGCAAAAUCCUAGAGGGAAACAUUGUUCAGUCUGCUUUCCACCAGACACUGGGAGAUGAAUUCACCUUUCAGCAGGACAAUAACCUUAAACACAAGCCCAAAUCUACACUGGAGUUGCUUACCAAGAAGACAGUGAAUGUUCCUGAGUGGCCGUGUUACAGUUUUGACUUAAAACUGCUUGAAAAUGUAUGGCAAGACCUGAAAAUAGUGUCUGGCAUUGAUCAACAACCAAUUUGACAGAGCUUGAAGAAUUUUGAAAAGAAUAAGAGGAAAAUGUUGCACAAUGUAUUGACUUAGGGGGUUAAAUACACAUGACCAAAAGUAUGUGGGCACAUGCUUGUCGAAAAUCUGGAGUUGGUCCCCCCUUUGCUGCUGUAACAGCCUCCACUCUUCUGGGAAGGCUUUCCACUAGAUGUUGGAACAUUGCUGCGGGGAUUUGCGUUUCUACUGCUCCGGAGUCCAAUGGAGGCGAGCUUUACACCACUCCAUCCACCGCUUGGCAUUGCACAUGGUGAUUUUAGGCUUGUGUGCGGCUACUCAGCGACGGAAACCCAUUUCAUGAAGCUCCCGACAAACAGUUAUUGUGCUAAAGUUGCUUCUAGAGGCAGUUUGGAACUCAGUAGUGAGUGUUGCAACCGAGGAUAGACGAUUUUUACGCGCUAUGCACUUCAGCACUCAGCGGUCCCAUUUCGGUGAGCUUGUGUGGCCUAUCACUUCGCGGCUGAGCAGUUGUUACUCCUAGACGUUUCCACUUCACAAUAAAAGCACUUACAGUUGACCAGGGCAGCUCUAGCAGGGCAGAAAUUUGACGAACUGACUUGUUAGAAAGGUGGCAACCUAUGACGUUGCCACAUUGAAAGUCACUGAGCUCUUCAUUAAGGUCAUUCUACUGGCAAUGUUUGUCUAUGGAGAUUGCAUGGCUGUGUGCUCUAUUUUAUACACCUGUCAGCAACGGGUGUGGCUGAAAUAGCCGUAUCCACUAAUUUGAAGGGGUGUCCACAUACUUUUGAAUAUAUGGUUUAUAUUGGUUUUUUGUUGUUGUUUUCUUUUUUCCUUUUUUUACAAAUGUUAUUUUAAAAAAUUCACUGACAUCACAGUAUUUUGUGUAGAUCAUUGACCAAAAAUGACAAUUAAAUACAUUUUAAUCCCACUUUGUAUCACAUCAAAAUGUAGAAAAAGUCAUGGGUUGGGCAUACUUUCUGAAGUCACUGGAUGCCCCAUAAUCCCAUUAAACAGGCUGUCAAUCCCCAAACUGUUGUUCACCGGAACACAGACAACCAAACACAUAAUAAUUUUCACUGAUCUUUACUAUUAUUGUUCUAUAACAUACACACACUCACUCCCAGGUCUGUGUCAGCGUAUCCAGCCAGUGUAAUAUGAAUUAUAAAUGUAGCCUAAUAAAAAGGAGAGAAGGCAGGUAGAAGCAGGAGAAAAUGACUGGUGUUACAGCAGUGUAUUGAUCAGUGUGUAUCAAAGGAGGAUGUGAGACACCAGAUUACCUGCUAGUCUGAGUGUUAGGUAGUGUAUUAGAGAGUGUAAUAGCCCGGGGCUCAUGUACCACUGCCAGAUCACUGUAAAUAUAACACUGACAUAGAGAGGGAAAGUGUGUGUGUGUGUGUUUGCAUCACUGGCUGGAAGUAAGACAGAGGCCCAUCUCUUUUUCUAUCCAACUCCCUCAAAAUAAAGAAGGAAGAUACAACACACUCAGCCAGGACACAAACUGUUCUGCUCCUACAGUCGCCAUAGAAAUGGACAAUAUUAAACCCUAAUGCUCCGUAACUGAAAUAGUAUUUUCUACCAGAGUUAUUUUCUGCAUUUGUUGUUUAGGGUUACAGUGCAAAGUCUGCUCUCCUAACCUUUGCCUGUGUGUGUGUGUGUGUGUGUGUGUGUGUGUGUGUGUGUGUGUAAACAGGCAGCCCAUGCAGCAUUAAUUGCCCUCCCUGGAUGGUCAGUGUGAGAGAGGUUAUAUUGAACUGAUUCCUGAUGAAUGUGAAACAACCUGAGAUGCAUCUGUACACAUUCUCUUUAUAUCGAUUAUUUAGAUUCAGAACAAACUUUUACCUUGAGAUUCAGCAAUCGAGCCAAGGUGGGCUGGAAUAAAAUAAUGAAAAUAAAUCAAAGUCUGUUUGUGCAUCGUAAAAUAUUUAGAGGUUCCAGUUGCCUCUUCAAUUUCCUACGGCUGCAAUUUAAACAGUUUGGAUUCUGCAAAGCCAUAAAUGAAUCAUGGAUUUAUCAAGUGUUGAUGUUUUUAGGAUUCAUUCUCCCAUCCCUUUCUCUCCAGUCCUCCCACCACCAUCACUGCAUAUGUCACUAAAAGCAUCAUAGAUCAUUUUCAAUGCCCCCAGUACUCAUACCCAUUUCUCACCAUUUUAAAAUGCAUACACAUAAAUGCAAGAAGACACAUGCAUGACACACACACAGAGAUGACCUGGAGUUUAGCGUUCCAUAUUGUAUCCUGACUGAGUGGCAAAAACUGUCUAAAACAAUGUUUUUAAACCCACAAUGAAUAAAAGGGGCGAUAGAGGUUAUCCCAAAAUGUGUCUUUUAAGCAAAUGGUGUCUCGCUGAAAAUCAGACAUAUGAAAAUGCAUGGCUGUUCUGUUUCACAAAGAGCAAAAACCUUUAUAUGCUUUAUAAACACACUAUGCUAAACCUACUACAUGUAGGACAAUAUGAUUUUAUUCCAUGUAAGAAGAGAAAGAGAGAGGGAGAGAGAGAGACAGAGAGAGAAAGAUGGGGAAAUAAAAUGAUUGAAUGGAUGGGUGCGUGCGUGCUUUGUGUGCUGUGUAAGGUGAGGAGUGCCAUCUAUUGACAGAAAGAGGAAGUGUUUCCUUUGUGCCACAACAAAGCCCUGUUUUGACAGGGUUCAUAGUGGCUAAAUGUUUGCUCUCUGGCUUUGUGUGCCUUUUAAUGAGAAGCUACUUGCAUUGUUCUCUUUUUAAUUCAUUUGACUGAAUUUUAUUUAGAGCUUUCUUUUAUUUGAAUCUAAGGUUCAUCGCUCAUCUCUUUUGCUACAUUCUACAAUUUUAUUUUUAGGAAUAAUAGUCACCUAUAACCUUGAAUAGUUAAAGAAUGCAUUAUACAUGAACACGCACUUAUGUUUUAAUAUAAAAUGAUGGGUUAGUAGUUGUGGCAUAUGAAAAUCGUUUAGAAUUUAUAGAAGUAAUUUUCAGGGGAAGUAUGAAUGAAUGUUUCGACUGACAAACAUCUUUCAAAUGUGGUUUCAUUUUGCCUCAUUUUGCCUCAUGUUGUACUGCUCCCUGUUGAACUGAAGCCAAUAGUUUUCAUGAUAAGUCUCCUUUCUUUCUUUCUUUCUUUCUUUCUUUCUUUCUUUCUUUCUUUCUUUCUUUCUUUCUUUCUUUCUUUCUUUCUUUCUUUCUUUCUUUCUUUCUUUCUUUCUUUCUUUCUUUCUUUCUUUCUUUCUUUCUUUCUUUCUUUCUUUCUUUCUUUCUUUCUUUCUUUCUUUCUUUCUUUCUUUCUUUCUCUCUCAGUGGAGGAGCUGUCAUGUCGUGGAGAGGAGGUUUGGUGGUCAGAAGGGAGUGUGAGAGAAGGAAGACAAGCGGAGGAGAGGAGGUAAGGAGGGAAUUCGGGGAGCUAACACAAGUCUUCAGGUCUCAGACAAGGUUACUCAACAUGCGAGCAGUACUCAUAGAUUACCAUCCUCUCCGAAUGGGCAUAUUAUGGACAUAUUAGAGAAUGUGCAUCUUGGCCUGCCCCGUACCGUACGUGAGGUCACCAAGUUCAAAGUUCAAAGGUUGACCAGUGUCUCUUCAGCAUUGUGAUGACAUCAGCAUAAAUGCAGCAUGAAAUGGCUGGUGUCUGUCUGUGGUUGUGGUCUAGAUCGCUGCCAGUAUGGUGACCUCAUCACAUUAAUGCAGAAUCCCCCCCCCCCCUCUCGCUGCCUCUCACCUUCUCUCUCUCUCUCUCUCUCUCUCUCUCUCUCUCUCUCUCUCUAAAUUGUUAACAUCCAUAUGGGUCAAUAGCUAAGAGGAGUCAGUCUGUAUGAGAAAAGCGCUCCCAAAUGGUCAUUAUUCAACUAAACAUGAACAUGAUGCUAAAUGGAUUUCAGCUGUUUCUGGGAAGUUCCCCAUCCCAUCCUCCCCUCUCUUCCCCUCAAUCCCCCUUCUCCUCCCCUCAUUCCCCCUUCUCCUCCCCUCAUUCCCCCUUCUCCUCCCCUCUCUUCCCCUCAUUACCCCUUCUCCUCCCCUCUCUUCCCCUCUAUCCCCUUCUCCUUCAUCUCUCCACCUCUCUCCCUUCCAUCUUUUUUAUUUGUGAACUGAGAAAACUGUCUUUGGGUUCUAUAGCCAAUUUAUAACACAAAUAUGUACAGCACUCCUAAAUAUACUUAUUACAUGGAAAUUGGUGCAUAUUGAGACCGUACAGUGGAUGUGUAUAUAGCCUGUAUAUUUAGGUUUACUUUUAGGAUCUGAAUAUUUAUGCUCCUAUAUAUUGUGUGUAUAUUUAGCUGUGUUGUGCCCAGUCGGUCUGACAGUGGGGUCCAUGGGGGCUGUGCUGGGGAUGGGGUUGGUCGGGAGCUUGAGGAAAUGCUCAUAAUUUGUCGUAUUGAUCGUGUAACCACGGCAGCCAGUCUCUAUUGACACAGAGCAGAAAUAGACCCCCUAUCGAUCACAUUCAGAUUCCCCCCUGUUCUUACUGACACUCUUCGGUCUAGUUCCAAAUCAGUCCCUAGGCCCUUCCCUGUGUCCUAACCCCUUCCCUAAGCCCCCUACUACUGUGAUGUUUACGUGUGUGUUGCAGGCUGAAAGUGGAGAGGCUGGAGACGCAGUCUGCAGAGCUGAGACUGGCCCUACAGCAGGCCUUGGAGAACACACUCAACACACAGAGAGACAACCAGACAACACAGGAACAGGUAAACAGACACACCCAACCUAUAUAAUUCUCUCCUUCUCUCCCUACAUCUGAUUAGUCCUGUAAAUUGGUCGGCAGAGCAUGGAUUGUUUUAUAAACCUAGAAGGUGCUUUGGAAUUGUUAUUAUCCUGUGUAAUAUUCCAGUAAUAUUCCCAUAUGUUCCCUAAUGUAACAUUCCCAGUGAGUGGGAAUCCUCUGGGAUAACUCUUGUCAAGCUGAGCUCUACAAAGGCUGACUAGAUAAUUAACACACAUUUCUUCACAUCCGCAGUUCCUCUCAAAUCAUUCACAUUCUCUAAACUUCUUUCUCUUUCUCACACAUGCACGCAUACACAAACACACACACGCGCGCACGCACGCACGCACACGCACACACACACGCAGGUAAACAUCACAGUAGUAGGGGGCUUAGGGAAGGGGCUAGGACACAGGGAAGGGCCUAGGGACUGAUUUGGAACUAGGCCGAAGAGUGUCAGACACACACAUUCUCUCACUUUCUCUAUCUCUUUUCUCAUCCUCCUGUCAGUGAAAAGUUGGAAUGUUGAAUCAUUCAUUCUGUAGGCUAAAUGAUGUAUCACACAGCUCUGUGCUAGAUGGGCUUUUUCAAUGUAUUGAACUAAAAAGUGCUUUUAAAAGCCACACACACACAUCAAUGGUUGUGUGUCUCUGCAUGGGCCCAGUUCCAAUCAAAGCCAUGGGGUGUUCGGUGAAGAUGUGUCUGGAGCCGUCUUCUUCAAACACAACCCCAUAACUGAUUAGACCGGUCACACUGACACAGAGCUGAUCAGAAUCAUUCAUGCUGUUUUUGUGACACACACACACGUGUGUACGUGUGUGUGUAUGUGUGUGUUGAAGUGUUUUAAUGAGAGUCCAAAGAGACGUUUUUGCUAGUUAGCAUUAGCCGCUCGUUAGGGUGUCAAACUUUUAUCUCUUCCGCCUCCAGCAGGCCAGUAUAAAUAUGUUGAUAUCUCUGAUGUCACAGUCAGAUGUUGUGUUUACUGUAAAUAUCAGUUCCCAUCUGAAAAGUUUAGGUCAAACUUUUAUUGAGUAAUUAAGUCAAUGAGAGAAAGUGCAGACUGAACCAAUGCUUCUUAGUUGUUUGUCUUGCUCAGUAGGUAACAUUUGGCAGAGGAUUCUGAAAGGUUUUGUGUUGUCGUUUGUGUGCGUGUGUUCAUGUGUGUGUGUUCUUGCGCUUAUGUGUGUCCACUGUCCACGGUGAUAGAUCCUUCUGGUCAAGCCUGAUGAGGUGUUCUGAUGAGUCAGGGUGAAAUGGUGUCUGAUACGGCCUCAUCUGUUGCCCAGAAACCUUCAGAUAUAUUACCUGAUGGACAACCACACCUCUUCAGACAUAUUACCUGAUGGACAACCAGACCUCUUCAGACAUAUUACCUGAUGGACAACCAGACCUCUUCAGACAUAUUACCUGAUGGACAACCAGACCUCUUCAGAUAUAUUACCUGAUGGACAACCAGACCUCUUCAGAUAUAUUACCUGAUGGACAACCAGACCUCUUCAGAUAUAUUACCUGAUGGACAACCAUAAGUGGCACUGAGUGGUGAUAAAUUGUUUUAGAAUUACCUCUGCAAGAUGACCAUUUCACUGCCAGAAAAUAAGUUAUUAGGUGCAUGUGUGUGCAUGUUAGCUCAUGUGUAAGAGAGUGUUCUAUACAGUAGUAUUUCUCUUAGUCUUACUUAGAUCUGUCACAGACAGAUGGUUUUGCUGAAGCCCUGCUGUAGAAACAGUAGUUAGAGGGUUAAAGGAUGCUAUCUGGUGUAAUGAGAGAACCUCUAGUGUGUACUGAAACAGAUCGGCCUUGUUUAGUGUGUGUGGGUGUUUGUGUGUGUGUGGGGCCUCUUCAAUAUCUAUCCCACACAGCUCAUUAGACAGGAAUCCUGUGCUUCAUUUGAGAGAGGUGACGGUUGGACAGGCAAACUGGCCAAUGUCUGACGCACACACACGCACUGGCAUCUCACUCUGAUCACAGGAAAUUGAGACCUGGACGUGCUCUCUAUCUCUCUGGGAAAAAAAAGGAUGUCUAAAAGGUGUGUGAUCUUACAUAUUUGAAAGUAUUUGACACAGGUUUGAUCUGUGCUAGCAUGGAGAGAUUCUAAGUUGACCAUCUUUUCACUAGCCCAUUCCUCUGACCCUGGCCCUGUUUACACACCAUCAGUGUUGGCACUGGAACAUCAGCUAGAAAGACACCGUUGAGCCGGGACCUAACUAACAUGCUGUAUGUCAGAGACAUCGCAGGAAGAAAAGUUCAAAACAAACCAACCGACUAUUGAUGUAAUUAUUUCUAGGCCUUUUUCUCAGGACUGUUCCCUGUGGCAGCCGAACUCCAUUUCUGCCGUUGAUUUGCGAAACAUUCUGAUGAGGCUAUGUAUCAGAGCAGACGAAAUGAAGAACGCCAUCAGUCAUUAAUAUGGCUUAUCUGAUCUGCUGUGGCUCACUGGCCAACCUAAUGUAGGGACAUGUCAUCAGCAUUAAGCAGAGGAGGACUCACACGCGCACACACACACUCAUCAUGAUCAUCACCAUUAAGUAAUCAGCUCAGAGUGAGACCUACUCAGGAAUUUCAUCCUACACACACACACACACACACACACACACCCCAGAUCUUUAAUUCAGAUCUCUUAGUGAUGAGUAUACAUAUUUAACUGAUGUCAGCUCCGCUGGGGGUUUUAAUUGGAGAGAAAUAAUGAAUUUUUUAUAAAAACGUGUUUAACAAUAAAUGUCUUCAUUAAUUUGAUGAAGGUAUCUGCUAAGAUGAGCUGAGUGGUUUAAGGCUAAUGGAUGAAGGGUCCUCUCUCUUGUGUUGUACUAUCCACAGUACAAGGCUAAUGGGUUGGUUACUGGGCCUUGUGGAAAAAGUCAAUGGGUCUGAAUACUUUCCAAUUUUGUUACGUUACAGCCUUAUUCUAAAAUGGACUCUGCAAUCUACACACAAUACCCCAUAAUGACAAAGCGAAAACAAGAAAAACAUUAUUUACAUAAGUAUUCAGACCCUUUGCUAUGAGACUCGAAAUUGAGCUCUGGUGCAUCCUGUUUCCAUUGAUCAUCCUUGAGAUGUUUCUACAACUUGAUUGGAGUCCACCUGUGGUAAAUUCAAUUGAUUGGACAUGAUUUCGAAAGGCACAGACCUCUCUAUAUAAGGUCCCACAGUUGACAGUGCAUGUCAGAGCAAAUACCAAGCCAUAAGGUCAAAGGAAUUAUCCGUAGAGCUCCGAGACAGGAUCGUGUCGAGGCACAGAUCUGGGGAAGGGUACCAAAAUAUGUCUGCAGCAUUGAAGGUCCCCAAGAACACCGUGGCCUCCAUCAUUCUUAAAUGGAAGAAGUUUGGAACCACCAAGACUCUUCCUACAGCUGGCCGCCCGGCUAAACUGAGCAAUCAGGGGACCAAGAACCCGAUGGUCACUCUGACAGAGCUCUAGAGUUCCUCUGUGGAGACGGGAAAAACUUUCAGAAGGACAAUCUCUGCAGCACUCCACCAAUCAGGCCUUUAUGGUAGAGUGGCCAGACCGAAGCCAAUCCUCAGUAAAAGGCAUAUGACAACCCGCUUGGAGUUUGCCAAAAGGCACCUAAAGACUCUCAGACCAUGAGAAACAAGAUUCUCUGGUCUGAUGAAACCAAGAUUGAACUGUUUGGCCUGAAUGCCAAGCGUCACUUCUGGAGGAAACCUGGCACCAUCCCUACGGUGAAGCUUGGUGGUGGCAGCAUCAUGCUGUGGGGAUGUUUUUCAGCGGCAGGGACUGGGAGACUAGUCAGGAUCGAGGCAAAGAUGAACGGAGCAAUGUACAGAGAGAUCCUUCAUGAAAACCUGCUCCAGAGCGCUCAGAAUGUCAGACUGGGGCAAAGGUUCAACUUCCAACAGGACAACGACCUUAAACACACAGCCAAGACAACGCAGGAGUGGCUUCGGGACAAGUCUCUGAAUGUCCUUGAGUGGCCCAGCAAGAGCUCGGACUUGAACCCGAUCAACAUCAUUCAGAUGAGGAGAGACCUGAAAAUAGCUGUGCAGCAACGCUCCCCAUCCAACCUGACAGAGCUUGAGAGGAUCUUCAGAGAAGAAUGGGAGAAACUCCCCAAAUACAGGUGUGCCAAGCUUGUAGCAUCAUACCCAAGAAGACUCGAUGCUGUAAUCGCUGCCAAAGGUGCUUCAACAAAGUACUGAGUAAAGGGUCUGAAUACUUAUGUAAAUGUAAUAUUUAAUUUAUUUAUUUUUUCUAAAUUAGAAAAAAAAUCAAAAUACCUGUUUUUGCUUUGUCAUUAUGGGGUAUUGUGUGUAGAUUGAUGAGGGGAAAACACAAUUUAAUCAAUUUUAGAAUGAGGUUGUAACGUUACAAAAUGUGGCAAAAGUCAAGGGGUCUGAAUACUUUCUGAAGAAUACUAUCCACAGGACAGGGCUUAGGGGUUGGUUAUACAGUACCAGUCAAAAUGUUGGACACACCCACUCAUUCAAGGGUUUUUCUUUAUUUUUAACAUUGUAGAAUAAUAGUGAAGACGUCAAAACUAUGAAAUAACACAUAUGGAAUCAUGUAGUAACCAAUAAAGUGUUAAACAAAUCAAAAUAUAUAUUACAUUUUAGAUUCUUCAAAGUAGCCACACUUUGCCUUGAUGACAGCUUUGCACACUCUUGGCAUUCUCUCAACCAGCUUCACCUGGAAUGCUUUUCCAACAGUCUUGAAGGAGUUCCCACAUCUGCUGUCCAACUCAUCCCAAACCAUCUCAAUUGGGUUGAGGUCGGGUGAUUGUUGAGGACAGGUCAUCUGAUGCAGCACACCAUCAUUCUACUUCUUGGUCAAAUAGCCCUUACAAGUCUUCAUUUUGUUUUUCUUCAGCCAUUCAGAGGUGGACUUGCUGGUGUGUUUUGGGUCAUUGUCCUGCUACAGAACCCAAGUUCGCUUCAGCUUGAGGUCACGAACUGAUGGCCGGACAUUCUCCUUCAGGAUUUUUUGGUAGACAGCAGAAUUCAUGGUUCCAUUUAUCAUAGCAAGUCUUCCAGGUCCUGAAGCAGCAAAACAGGCCCAGACCAUCACACUACCACCACCAUAUUUUACUGUUGGUAUGAUGUUCUUUUUCUGAAAUGCGGUGUUACUUUUACGCCAGAUGUAAUGGGACACACACCUUCCAAAAAGUUCAACUUUUGUCUCGUCAGUCCACAGAGUAUUUUCCCAAAGGUCUUGGGGAUCAUCAAGAUGUUUUCUGGCAAAAACGAGACACGCCUUAAUGUUAUUUUUGCUCAGCAGUGGUUUUCGUCUUGGAACUCUGCCAUGCAGGCCAUUUUUGCACAGUCUCUUUCUUAUGGUGGAGUCAUGAACACUGACCUUAACUGAGGCAAGUGAGGCCUGCAGCUCUUUGGAUGUUGUUGUGGGGUCUUUUGUGACCUCUUGGAUGAGUCGUUGCUGCGCUCUUGGGGUAAUUCUGGUCGGCCGGCCACUCCUGGGAAGGUUCACCACUGUUCCAUGUUUUCGCCAUUUGUGGAUAAUGGCUCUCACUGUGGUUCGCUGGAGUCCCAAAGCUUUAGAAAUGGCUUUAUAACCUUUUCCAGACUGAUGGAUCUCAAUUACUUUCUUUCUCAUUUGUUCCUGAAUUUCUUUGGAUCUCAGCAUGAUGUCUAGCUUUUGAGGAUCUUUUGGUCUACUUCACUUUGUCAGGCAGGUCCUAGUUAAGUGAUUCCUUGAUUGAGAACAGGUGUGCCAGUAAUCAGGCCUGGGUGUGGCUAGAGGAAUUGAACUCAGGUGUGAUAAACCACAGUUGAGUUGUUUUAUAACAGGGAGGGGGGGCAAACACUUUUUCACACAGGGCCAUGUAGGUUUGGAUUUUGUUUUCCCUUAAUAAUAACAACCUUCAUUUCAAAACUGCAUUUUGUGUUUACUUGUGUUAUCUUUGACUAAUAUUUAAAUGUCUUUGAUGAUCUGAAACAUUUAAGUGUGACAAACAUGCAAACAAAUAACAAAUCAGGAAGGGGGCAAACAGGGCUUAGGGGUUGGUUAUACACUGAGUGUACAAAAUAUUAGGAACACCUUCCUAAUAUUGAGUUGCACCCCCUUUUGCCCUCAGAACAGCCUCCAUUCGUCGGGGCAUGGACUCUACAAGGUGUUGAAAGCGUUCAACAGGGAUGCUAGCCCGUGUUGACUCCAAUGCUUCCUACAGUUGGCUGGAUAUCCUUUGGGUGGUGGAGCAUUCUUGAUGCACACAGGAAACUGUUGAGCAUGAAAACCAAGCAGCGUUGCAGUUCUUGACACACUCAAACCGGUGCACCUAGCACCUACUACCAUAACCCGUUCAAAGGCACUUACAUAUUUUGUCUUGCCCAUUCACCCUCUGAAUGGCACACGUACACAAUCCAUGUCUCAAUUCUUAAAAAAUCUUUCUUUAACCUGUCUCCUCCCAUUCAUCUACACUGAUUGAAGUGGAUUUAACAAGUGACAUCAAUAAGGGAUCAUAGCUUUCACCUGGAUUCACCUGGUCAGUCUAUGUCAUGGAAAGAGCAGGUGUUCCUAAUGUUUUGUACACAAUAUAUAUCUUGUGUAGUACUAUCCACAGUACAGGGCUUAGGGGUUGGGGUUGGUUAUAUAUAUUGUGUAGUACUAUCCACAGUACAGGGCUUAGGGGUUGGGGUUGGUUAUAUAUAUUGUGUAGUACUAUCCACAGUACAGGGCUUAGGGGUUGGGGUUGGUUAUAUAUAUUGUGUAGUACUAUCCACAGUACAGGGCUUAGGGGUUGGGGUUGGUUAUAUAUAUUGUGUAGUACUAUCCACAGUACAGGGCUUAGGGGUUGGUUAUAUAUAUUGUGUAGUACUAUCCACAGUACAGGGCUUAGGGGUUGGGGUUGGAUAUAUAUAUAUUGUGUAGUACUAUCCACAGUACAGGGCUUAGGGGUUGGUUAUAGAUAUUGUGUUGUACUAUCUACAAUCAUAGAAAUAGUUCUCACAUACAAACUUUGUGUCCAAACUCAGAAUCAAAUAGGCUUCGCAAAAAUAACAUGUUCGCUGUGGUAGAAUGUUUAUUUUGAUUGGCAAUUUUCUGCAUUUAUUUAAGUCCCAUCAGUAGCCUGACUUCAGAUGUGUCCAUGUAAAAAGGAUUAUUAGGGAAACCGUUCUUCUUGCUAAGCAUGUAAACGUUUUAAACUAUUAUAUUAAUCUGACUAUACACAAUAAUCGUAUUAUUGUGUGCAUGUAAUCGUACAUAGUGUGGGGAUUUACCAAAACACCUCUCUCAAGGCCUACCUUUCAUGACACAUUAGAUGGUUUUUUUAUGCGUGUGAUUUUUUUUUGUAUUUUUUCCCGAUGAGACCACCAACAUCACUGCCAACACCCUCCUACAAAAAUUAGUCGAAAAAAAUACAAUCUAAAUGUUAAACAGGUUCCCAUCUCGUGUGCGUUCACCCCCUCUCUCUCGACCUCUCCUCUUUCUCCUUCUCUCUCUCCCCUCUCCCCCUCUCUCUAACCCUCUCUUUCCCCCCUCUCUCCCCCUUCCUCUCCCCCCUCUCUAUCCUCACUCUCCCUAUUUGUCCCCCUCUCUCUCCCCCCUCUCUCUUUCUUUCUCUCCCCCUCUCUCUCACCAUUCCUCUCGCCCCCCCUGUCUCUCUGUCCCUUCUCUCUCAACCUUCCUCCCCGCUUUCUCUCUCUUUCUCUUUCUCUUUCUCUCUCUCUCUCUCUCUCUCUCUCUUUCUCUCUCUCUCUCAUUCUUCAUUAUCCUCCCCUGACACCGGUGGAAACAAAGGAUCUGUGUGUAAUUUAGUCCUAAUCAUAACACCGGCCCUUCACAGCCAUCCAGCCAGUCAGACCGAGACCGCGCGCGCACACACACACACACACAAAUCAGCCAGCCAGCCUGGAGAGAGAUGUUAAUGUGAAACCGGUCUCUUUAUGACUGGUAGGUAAUUACUGUCAUUAGAACACUCCAGAGACUGUGUGUGUGUGUGGUGUGUGUGUGGGGCGGGGGGUGGCUGGGUCUCUGACUGUGAUGCAGAUGGACGUGCUGUAUAAUUGAUGGUGAAUUAAUGUGUGGCUAUGGAUAUGAGGGGUCCUUCAGCGCUUGUAAGGGUUGGUGUGAGGUGUGACCCAGGUGCAGUGUAGGAUAGACAGUAGGCAAGGAUGGUGAAACAAGGAUCUUUACUGGUGGUCACAAAAAAAAAAACAGGAUACAAAACAACAGACUACACACGAAAACAAAUGAGGAGCACAUAGGUCUCCAAAAAACAGGCUGACAACAAACAAUACGAAAUGCUAACUCUGACUGGAAAAACACAAUGACACAGGGAGAACAUUUCUCGAGUACCUGUAACUCCGUCACGUGAUCCGACACUGAUACGUACUGCUUGACAUCAAGGAACUAGCAGAGAAAACUGAGCAAGGGAACACAGGGAAGGGAGGGCAUAAAUACACAAGUGAAUCAGAUAGCCAUAGGUGAAACCAAUAGGCAGAUAAUUAGUCCCGACUGUGAGUGAGGAGGUGCCUAUGGUUGUCGAAGGAUGACACCUAGUGUGUCGCUCCGGAACUGCGACCCACUCCUGUAUCAAGCACUCAGAGAGAGGGGUCUGCUGUGAUGCCUGGUGGUCUUUCUGCUAUAUAUUAGAAACACAGGACCCCGAAACAGGCUCUGCCAGAGAGAUGGGGGGCGAAGCGAGAGCCUGACCUCUGCCCAAAAUCAGUUUUUGUAUGUGGGGCAAUGAAAGCGUGUUGAAUUUAGUCAAGAUAAACAUGAAAUGCUAUUUUGAUUUGUGAGGCUUAUUUGAUCUAAUAGAAGUUUGGUAAUGAUUAAGUUAUUACCAGUGUACUGAUAUAAGUGUGAUGCAUGUGACAUCCAGGCAACUUUGAGAAAAAACACUUUAUAUCGGAGUUGUCCCUGUUGAAAUUCGAGACUGUCUAUGCAUAUUCAUGAGGCUAACACUCUCCAUUGAAUACAGAUGGUUGACAUUGUCGUAGAAAUAUUUGACUAAAAAAGAGUCAACUCAAAAAUAUCUCUCAAGAGACUGGAGCUUGUGAAUCCAGAAAUUAGACUUUAUUAUUGCGUAACAAAGCUGAGCCACUCCAUGGAACGGCUGUCUCUCUUUGGCUAAGAGAUCUCUUAUAUACACACACAAAUGCACAGUCAUGUAUACAUAGCUUACAAAGCUACUCCCGUUAAGAUCACUGAUUAACAUCUUUAACUGCCACGCCACUAUUAUCUUUGAAAGUCCAAUAACACAUGUUGUUUACUCCAAAAGGCCAUGGGCGCUUUUGCCUCUUUCCCUUAUCUCAUUAUAUUGGUGGCAUGGCUCAGACACUUUUUAAAAAUAAAAUACAUACAUUCAUCAAAGCAUGUUUACACAUUGUAUUGACUAUAUUCCUUAUUUAGACAUGCAUCUGGACUUAUAAAAUGUCAAUCAUGUUUACUAUAUUUUAUCUUUGACAUUUCCCAACAUUUUCCUUAAUGAUACAUAAAAUAUUACCAUAUAAUCCCCCCUUUGGGACAUUCCAACAAUGUCCCAAAUAAUACAAAGAUUACUUUUUAAAUGAAUGUAAGCAUGCGCAUUUACUUAUUCUUAUCCUUGCCAUAUGUGGUUACUUUUCAUAUGCAUAUAUUUAAACCAAUAUAUAUUCCUCAUUGUUUGACCCAUCCUGAUGAGGACCCAGAGCCCAGUCAGGUAUUGGAUACAAGUUUGGAAGGUUUUCCUCUAAGUUAACCUCCAAGUGUUUCUAUUAGGCUGUGUAACCAUGGCAGGCCCAUCCACCCCCAGGAACAACUUCAUACAAACAUUCAGGAUUCCCAAAAUGUCCCAUAUUCAUUUACCUACUGUCCUGGCGCUCCCUGAACUGGGUGUAUUUCUUUAUAAACAUUGCUCCCCACUUUUGUUUAGUUAUAGCAUUUCCCAUAUAUGUGUUAGUAUCCUAUCACAUCAACAUAUGCAACUUUGUCUUAACAAUAAUAUCUAGGACAUGUUAAGAAUGGUGUCAAUAUAUUUAGCUUACAUAACCUUUUUCACCCAUAUCACAAGUAUUAUAACAAUCAAAAUAAUCAAUAUCAAUAUCUAAUCCAUUAGUUGCAAUGUCAACAUCACUAAGCAUUAAUAUUAAUAAGUUAUUCAGAUCAAUCAGUCCACUUAUAAUUUAUAAUCAUAAUCAAAUUAAUUACCAAAAACAACUUUGGAAUGACAAUUCUUAGUUAGUCACCUUUGUUCCAUCAUUCAAAGUUAAAACUCUCACCUUGGCACAUAUUGACACUGGCAGAAUGUAUAUUUAUAUUAUAAUAAUUCUAGCAUUAACUUCCUCAUAACGAGAAUUACAACAGAUCAGUAUCUUAAUGCAUUGUCCAAAUUACUAUACAUUUAGUAGUGUAUAAUACCUCCUUAAUCAACAUACUACCUCAACUAACAGUCCCUUCCUCUACCGGCACUCAAUCUUCUGGCGUCUUCAUUAUGUUCUUUAGAUAGCUUCAUAGUUAAUCUUGGAUUACCCAUGGCAAUGUCCCAAUUCCAAUGUCACACCUGAACCGCCCCACCUCCACCAUCAUUCUGUUUUGUUCAUUUGCAAACCAGUAUACCCAAACUAGGAAGAACGUUGCAUUUGCAUAGACCUCUCUCCUCCUGCUCACUCCACAUGGACUCCUGUCACAUUCUUGAGAGAAAAGGCACAAAAGAGAAGGCAAUUGAUUGCUUUGAUUUGAUGCUGGAUUCAGGUCUCCUGGCAGAGGUGGUGUCGGACAGGAACGUCUUCAACGCCUUUGUUGUUCCUCUUCAGCCGGGUAGAGGGUUUUGGGGUUUACACCGUUCUGGACCGAAUUAUUUAUAAUAUAAUAAUAAUAUGCCAUUUAGCAGACGCUUUUAUCCAAAGCGACUUACAGUCAUGUGUGCAUACAUAUUAUUAUUUUUUUUAUUUUUUUGUGUAUGGGUGGUCCAGGGGAUCAAACCCACUACCUUGGCGUUACAAGCGCCGUGCUCUACCAGCUGAGCUACAGAGGACCACGUAUUUCUGCUAUGCAUUACGACGCCAUCCGUAGUAACCUCAGGAUUGGACAGAUCAUAACAGUUUAGUUGAGUUCAUUUCCAAUCCAAAACAUCCCUAUUAACAUUGUCUACAUGUCUUAUGUUUCAUCACUCAUUCUUAAUACCCAUUUCUAUCUAAUGCCUGAUAGAUUUUUCUUUGAGGGGUCCCUGUAUUCCAAAGGCUAUCUGUUUAAACACCCCCUAUUUUCACAUUCUCCCUUGAAUUCUCCCAAACGAUAUAACCCAAUUGUUUUACUUUAACAUUCCUAUAUUUUUGCUCAUAAUCUAUUUGACAUUACUCUGGUGUUUCCCUUUCCUUGUUCCUAUUCUAACAUCUAAUUGCUUACACUUCUCUCCCCAUCCUGGUUGAUUAUAAAAUUGUUUAUAGUUAGAAUUUCCUAAAUAUUACAAAAGUUAUGAUUGAAUCCUAGCACACAGUCCUAGUAACUGUGAAGACGUUGAACUACUGUUAACUGUUUAAAACGGAGAUGUGGUGCAUAUUAUACUAUUUUAUUUUAUUUACUUUUAAUGCAAUAUAUUGUACUCAUCUAUACCAAUCAUUGUUUAACGGCUCCUUCAAUUCCCUUUCUUCUGUAUUUGGUAUGGCUCUAACAUGUACAGGGUUCAGUGCACUCUCCCAAGGAAUAACUACUCCAAUAACACUUCCCCCUGGAAAUCUAACACUAAAUACUACAUCAAAUUGUUUAUCUAAGUCUUGGACUGUUCUCCUUAUGUCUAUGAUUCACCUGUCUCUUUCUUUCAUUAUCUUAAAGUCACACUACCCCAUGUGACUUCCCCAUACUCUUUGUGCUGGUUCCUCACACACCAAUAAUAUUUUAACCCUUGUAUUUUAAUAGUGAUCCCUUCCUGCAUUUUAGUUAUGGUUCCUGCCUGUGCAAGAAUAUACUUUCUAAUCCUGUCUAUAUCCCUUCUAUGUCUUGUUCUUCUGCUCUCUACUAUUAUCAGUACCCCAUUCCCCUUAUUCUCAGGGAACUAGUCAAGUACAGAGAAAUCAAUGAUGAGGAUUUCUAGUGCGUCUUGGAGGUCUUGAAAGUCUCGGUGGUCUCUUAGUCAUCAGUUUCCUCACUCUGGUUCAAUGGUUUAGAUGAUACCCGAUCGCGCUCCCCUCUAUCUGUACCGCUGUUGGUGUAACCUGGACGACGAUGUAUGAUCACUUUAGCUGUUAACCUUCUUCCAUCACUAGGGUCUCCGGAUCAGCCAGAGUCCCUCUCAAUCUAUCGACAUCGGUCUGCGAAGUGUCCUUCAAUCAGCCUACCCAUAGGGAAGCUCAGAGUUACUGCUGCAAAGACACAAGCACAGACACACACAAAAGACAACAAUGCUACCCAAUGGCUGAGGUUGGAACACUCCUAUAGUGGGAAACAUGGAUCUAAGUAUCUGUCUCCACCAAUUUUACCAUCAUUAAGAUAGCCAACAACACCUGGUACAGGCCUCUCCACAUAGGGUCUUUUUAGCUCUUUCUUCUGUAGUCUUUUGCCAUCACAUAGUCUCCAGGGCGCAGAGAAUGCUCAGACUCCUACUUAGUUGGGCAGAGUUAUCUUCACCCAUGAAAAGAAAAUCUUAAGAGCAUUGUUAGGUUAAGUGAGACACAGUAUGCUACUCAUGUCCUCUCAUCCAUCAAGAGAAGCCUUGAGAUUAUGAAGCACACCUGCUUCCAGCUUGUUGUAGUCCACUUAUCUCAUAGACAGACCACCUCUACACCAUGCCUCCUAUCACAAAAACAAAAAAGAUUUAACCUAACCCAUAACACAUUAUUACUACUGCUCAUAUCCUUAAUACACCUUGCAUAUUUCCCCACAAAACCAUAAUAAAACAUUAAAACCUCUGUAAUCCCAACUUCCCCCCUUGGACAAAAAAACAAAACAACAACAAUAUUGCCUAUCAAACCUAAAAUAAUAACUAACCUUAAAAUGACAACCCUUGAACAUAUCUUUACUUAACUGUAUCCCAUAACACUAUUGUCACGGUUUCGGCCGAGGCUGCUCCUCCUCCUGGUUCGGGCAGGCUUCGGCGUUCGUCGUCCCCGGAAUACUAGCUGCCACCGUUGUAUGUUUCGUGUAUUGAUUGCUUUAGUCUGUCUGGUACACCUGUGUCUGUUUGUGUCCUAAUUACGUGUCCUAUAAGUUCCCUGUUUUGUGUUAGUUAGAUUGUGUGUUGUUGUUCGCCUGUCGUUGUGCUGCGUGUUUUGUUUCUUGUUUGCUGUUUUAGUGUUUUACGCAUUGUGCGUAAAUGCUCGCCUCUGAUUGUUUCGAGGUAGUUUGUUUACCGUUUCCUUGUUGGAUUUUUGAGUAAACUCUGUUGGACUGAGCCUCGGUGUCCUGCGCCUGACUUCCACACCACAUACACCUCACCACAUGACAGAACAACACACCUAAAAUGGAGUCAGCAGGAACAGCGGCGGCACCCGAUUCCCUGGAAUACCGGAUUAAUUCCCAGGACGUCAUGAUCCGGCAACUCGGGGCCGCUAUGGACGAGGUGUCCAACAGACUGCGCCGUUUGAUGAAUCGGGAGGUGCCCACGCCUUCUCACACCAUCCCAGCACCAACGGCCAGUCCUCCUCUCUCAGCACCGGAACCCAGUGGCAUUCGGCUCUCGCUCCCGAGGGCAUAUGACGGUUCUGCAGCCGGGUGUCAGGGCUUUCUCCUACAGGUAGAACUUUACCUUGCCACUAUACACCCGGCGCCCUCGGGAUACGAGAGCGUCUCCGCCCUCAUCUCCUGCCUCUCCGGAAAGGCGUUGGAGUGGGCCAACGCCGAAUGGAGGGGAAUAGACGCCACCACCAUCACCUACGCAGAGUUUUCCCGCCGCUUCAGGACUGUCUUCGAUCAUCCACCUGAGGGGAAAGCGGCGGGGGAGAGCGUCUAUUCCACCUCCGACAGGGGAAGAGGAGCGCACAGGAGUUCGCACUGGAGUUCCGGACAUUAGCAGCGGAUGCGGGAUGGAAUGAGAGGGCCCUCAUUGACCACUAUCGGUGUAGCCUACGAGAGGACGUUCGUCGUGAGAUGGCCUGCAGGGAUACCAACCUGUCGUUCGACCAGCUGGUGGACAUCUCCAUCAGUCUAGACACCCUGCUGGCUACCCGCGGACGUCCCGAGUGGGGGCCGUCCAUUCCAUCCUCCAGCACCUCCGAGCCUAUUCCUAUGGAGCUCGGGGGUGCUGGCGCUAGAGAGAGGAGGAGGGAGUACCCGAGGAGGGCCACCCCCUGCACCAACUGUGGCCGUGGAGGACACACCGCGGCCAGGUGCUGGGGAGGGUCUUCUGAGAGAGGGGACAACAGGUCACGCACUGGGGAGUCAUUUCAGGUGAGUAGGCGCCCCACUUACCCAGAGCUCUCUGUUGGCCACAUGAGCAUUCCUGUGCGUUUUCCACAGGUGGCACCUCAUUCCCAGCAUAAGGCGCUAGUAGAUUCAGGCGCAGCUGGGAACUUUAUUGAUCGGGCAUUUUGUGCUAGGUUAGGAAUUCCCCUUCGGCCGGUAGAAGUUCCAUUCCCUGUCCAUGCAUUAGACAGCCGGCCGUUGGGGUCGGGUCUGAUCAGGGAUGUCACAGCACCGCUGACGAUGACUACGCAGGGGGGUCAUGAGGAAAUCAUUCAGUUCUAUCUGAUUGACUCUCCUGCGUACCCAGUGGUGUUGGGGCUUCCCUGGUUAAGCACCCACGAUCCUACCAUAGCGUGGCAACAGAGGGCUCUUAUGGAGUGGUCUGCCCAGUGUGUAGGGAGAUGUCUAGGUGUUUCCAUAGGGGCGACCUCGGUAGAGAGUCCGAACCAAGUGCCCGCACUGCGCAUUCCCCCCGAGUAUGAGGAUUUAGCACUAGUGUUUAGUAAAUCGAGGGCAGCACGGCUACCUCCUCAUAGACAGGGGGACUGUGCGAUAAAUAUCCAGACUGAAGCAGCUCUUCCCAGGAGUCGUGUGUAUCCCCUGUCUCAAGAGGAGACUGCGGCUAUGGAGACUUACAUAGCCGAGUCCUUGGCACAGGGAUACAUACGGCCCUCUACUUCUCCGGUCUCCUCGAGUUUCUUCUUUGUGAAGAAGAAGGACGGGGGAUUGCGCCCGUGUAUUGAUUACCGUAGUCUCAAUCAGAUCACAGUAAAAUACAGUUACCCACUUCCACUGAUUGCGACGAUGACGGAGUCAUUACGCGGAGCGCGGUUCUUCACAAAGUUGGAUCUCAGGAGCGCGUACAAUUUGGUGCGCAUUAGGGAGGGGGAUGAAUGGAAAACAGCAUUUAGCACCACCUCGGGUCAUUACGAGUAUCUCGUCAUGCCGUACGGGUUAAUGAAUGCUCCUUCAGUCUUCCAAUCCUUUGUUGAUGAGAUUUUCCGGGACAUGCAUGGGCAGGGUGUAGUGGUGUACAUUGACGACAUUCUAGUGUACUCUUCUACACGAGCCGAGCAUGUAGCCCAGGUGCGCCGAGUAUUGAGACGACUGUUGGAGCAUGACUUGUAUGUCAAGGCAGAGAAAUGCCUGUUCUUCCAGGAGUCCGUCUCCUUUUUGGGUUAUCGGUUGUCCGCGUCUGGCGUGGAGAUAGAGGUAGAUCGGGUAUCGGCUGUGCGUAAUUGGCAAACUCCAACCACCGUAAAAGAGGUGCAGCGGUUCUUGGGUUUUGCUAAUUACUACCGGAGGUUUAUCCGGGGCUUUGGACAGGUUGCAGCUCCCAUUACGUCCCUGCUAAAGGGGGGUCCGGUGCGCUUGCAGUGGUCAGCUGAGGCGGACAGGGCAUUUGUCAAGCUGAAGAACCUGUUCGCCUCGGCCCCGGUGCUGGCGCAUCCGGAUCCCUCUUUGCCUUUCCAAGUAGAGGUGGACGCGUCCGAGACCGGUAUUGGGGCAGUCCUGUCACAACGGUCCGGCACGCCACCUAAGCUCCGCCCCUGUGCGUUCUACUCCAAGAAGCUCAGCUCGGCGGAGCGCAAUUAUGACGUUGGGGACAGGGAGCUGUUAGCUGUAGUCCAGGCCCUAAAGGUGUGGAGGCAUUGGCUUGAGGGGGCUCAACACCCUUUCCUCAUUCUGACUGAUCACCGUAACCUGGAGUACAUCCGGGCAGCUAGGAGAUUGAACCCUCGUCAGGCUAGGUGGAACAUGUUCCUGACCCGGUUUGUUUUUAAGAUCACAUACAUCCCUGGGUCCCAGAACGGUAAGGCAGACGCCCUGUCCCGGCAGUAUGACACAGAGGAGAGGUCCAUUGAGCCUACUUCCAUACUGCCGGAGUCUUGUCUGGUGGCUCCGGUAGUGUGGGAGGUCGAUGCGGAAAUCGAGCGGGCGCUGCGUACCGACCCUACUCCCCCCGAGUGUCCUGUGGGGCGGACGUACGUUCCGCUCGAGGUUCGUGAUCGGCUUAUUUCUUGGGCUCAUACAUCACCCUCCUCUGGACAUCCUGGUAUUGGUCGGACGGUGCACUGCCUUAGCGUGAAAUACUGGUGGCCAACGUUAGCCAGGGAUGUGAGGGUUUAUGUCUCCUCCUGCUCGGUAUGUGCCCAGUGUAAGGCACCUAGACAUUUGCCCAGAGGUAAGUUACAUCCUCUGCCCGUUCCACAACGACCAUGGUCCCACCUCUCGGUAGAUUUUGUGACCGAUCUACCUCCUUCCCAGGGUAAUACCACCAUUUUGGUCGUUGUGGAUCGGUUUUCUAAGGCCUGUCGUCUCCUCCCACUGCCGGGUCUCCCUACUGCCCUACAGACCGCCGAGGCCCUCUUUACCCACGUGUUCCGGCACUAUGGGGUCCCCGAGGAUAUUGUGUCCGACCGAGGUCCCCAGUUCACCUCCAGAGUCUGGGGGGCUUUCAUGGAACACCUGUGUCUGUUUGUGUCCUAAUUACGUGUCCUAUAAGUUCCCUGUUUUGUGUUAGUUAGAUUGUGUGUUGUUGUUCGCCUGUCGUUGUGCUGCGUGUUUUGUUUCUUGUUUGCUGUUUUAGUGUUUUACGCAUUGUGCGUAAAUGCUCGCCUCUGAUUGUUUCGAGGUAGUUUGUUUACCGUUUCCUUGUUGGAUUUUUGAGUAAACUCUGUUGGACUGAGCCUCGGUGUCCUGCGCCUGACUUCCACACCACAUACACCUCACCACAUGACAACUAUUCAAGGAAUACCUCUCCUUCAGGACUAACCCUCUCACUUCAUCCUUGUCCUGUUUGGACUAAUUUAUAUAUAGGAUUUUUUCCAAAUUAUAAACUUCUUCACAAUUAUCCUUAUUAUAUCUAACCCCCUAAUUCAGCAUGCCUCUAGAAUUUAUAGUGCGGGUGAUCAGGUCACACUAUAAAGCCAGGACAGAUUUCAGAGGUCAUUGAAAUCAUUCAAUGAAUUGUUUCAUCCAAUAGUAUACUACUCAUUAAUAACCAUCAAGACAUUUCAUAAAUGUUGUAUCCCGAGUGUACAGUAAGUCCUUAGUACAGCUCUUUUCAAAAUAAAUCACACAUAUUUACUUAUCCCUCAGUAAAUAAAACCCAAAUUACAUGUGUAUGCCCCUUUAAGAUAUUUCACUUCCAUCCCGUCACAAAACCCAAAAUAGAAAUAAAAAUCAUAUACAGAAUAACAUUUCAUACUAAGUAGUUUGUUUGUGGUUAUUCGAACACCAUAUAUCGGGGCGGCAGGUAGCUUAGUGGUUAAGAGCGUUGUGCCAGUAACCGAAAGGUCGCUGGUUCUAAUCCCCAGAGCCGACUAGGUGAAGAAUCUGUCGAUGUGCCCUUGAGCAAGGCACUUAACCCUAAUUGCUCAUGUAAGUCGCUCUGGAUAAGAGCGUCUGCUAAAUGACUAAAAUUAAAAUGUAAAAUAUAUAGUAAAACAAUAAACAAACAAAAAAUGGCCAGGCCUUAUUUAUUUUGGUAGCUCCCUAUGACAACCUAAAAAUAAAACUACUUAAUUUUACUAACUAGUUCCACCCUAGCCUACAGACUUUUUUAACAUCCCAAUGAGAUAUAAAGAAAUCCCCAUGUUCCUGGAAGAGAAAGUAUACAUGUCGUUAACAUGGAAUCAACAAUCCAAAGAUAGUAAUUACACACAAAACAUCAUACAUAUAUCCCCAGUCCUAUCUCAUCAACAAUCAUUCGUAUCAAUCUCACUCCUCAGAACUACUCCCAUCGUUCAACGUACUAUAAACAAAUUAUCGUUAUCUGAAGCAAUGAACCAUCUUCAUAACUCACCGCUGUUUAACCAAACUAUAUAAUGUCAUAAUAAAAUGAUCAAUUAUCAAAUAUCGUUCCUUAUUCAACUAUCGAGACAUGUUCUUCAUUAGUAAAUCGUCUCCACAAAGCAAUACUACCUAAUAACAUAUUCUCAUUCUCCUAAAUAUAAAUAAUUACUUCUAUUAAACAAUCCCAUUCAACAUCAAGUCAACCUGUCUCAUCACCCAAUUAACUUACUUAUUUUAUUUUAUUUUAAACCCUCUACAAUAUAUAUCAUACUCUACCGCUAAUUUUCCUCAUAACGGUACCUCAACAGAUGACAAAUUAUUUUACAUUUAUAGUAAAAACCAAUAAAACAUCCAAUUCACCGAUAUGCAAUUUUAAUUACUAUGUUAUCCUAUCCGACAUGGAUUGGUAGGACAACAUCUUUCCUAUAAUGUUAUCAAUGAAACCAGUAAUUCACGUCAAUAGCAUCAAUGUAAAAGAUUUGCUUUCUGUCCCUUACUGGAUUAGAACCAGGGACCCUCUGCACACAUCGACAACAUUCACCAUCGAAGCACCGUUACCCGUCGCUCCACAAAAGCCACGGCCCCUGCAAAGCAACUACUUCCAGUUCAUAGAGCAAGUGACGUCACCCAACGAAAACCGCACUAGCUCUCACCGCUAACUAGCUAGCAAUUUCCUGCCGAUAAUAUUCAACCUCCUACGACUUCCUACAAAAACGUGAUCCUUGUACACCUAACGUAACCCAUAAUGUCCCUUAUAGCGCUCUCAUGUUUCAGCAAGCCCCAAUGGUUAACACCCGCAGACAAAAAUUGAAAUUCUUCCAUUUUUACUAGCAGACCUACUAAUAAACCACACUUUCAAACAGCGUUCUGCAUUUACCUCUAUCAUAGGGUUUAAAAACGAAUUUAACAACAUUAACCAUCCUAAAUUGCCGUAGUAACGUCAUGUUUGGUUCAGUUUAUCUAUUACCAUAUAAGACAUUCACUUCUCCAUGCGUCGUAAACUAUAUCCUAUUUCUCUUGUAAUCAACUAAAAUCAUAGCCGCGCAAUUAAACCAUCACUCCGCCAUUAUCAGAAUGAAUGAACUAUCCUUUCUAAGUAAGCUACAAGUAACACCAAACACUUGCUGUAGUUUACCAUCAUAUAUUGAGAUCAUCCAUUUAUCACGAUCCAAUUUAUUUAUAGACAUAUUCCACCAUUGUUACUCGAUUAAUCUAGCAAAACCUUAUUCAAUGACUAAAAAAUUACUACCACGCACUCUUCUCUCCAUACCCAUUAAUAUUUUUAUAUGUUAGUCAUUUAGCUGAUGCUCUUAUCCCAAGCGACCCACAAUUAGUGAGCUCAUACAUUUUUAUACUAGCCCCCCUUGGGAAUCGAACACGCAACCCUGGCGUAUAGUGCCCCUUUCUGAUAAUGUUAUAAUUGUAGCCUAUUGCAUUACUUUAGUUUAAAAUAUACGUUUGUUUAUUCAACAAAUCUAGAACCCACUAUAAAUUGGUGCUAUUCCCUCAGCAUAAUAGCCAAAGCUCCUUGCAUCCCCUGGUUCACGUAACGAAAAUACAUUAUCAUUCUAGAAUUCACCAACUAUUCGCAUACAUUACUGGUGUCACGCAAACUAUAGAAUAAAGUAAUAACAAUUAGAAUUUGUCAAAUAAUUUUUUUACAUCCAGCUAUUCAAACUUGCUUCAAAUAUCUCUUUCAGCUCGAUACAGUCAAGCAAGUACGACUCUCUUUUACCCGGAAACCAGUUCAUGGCAUUAGUAAAGUCUAUUCACAUCCCAACAAUAACUAAUAAUAUAUUUAUAUUCAAAUUAUUAAAAGACCUUACUUUCAUUCCAGUCUACCUAAACAAUUCAAAUUAUGGCCAUAACUCUAUCGCAAUUGCCAGUCCGCUAUUCAAAUGUAUUUAACUGUCCUUUCUGACUAUAGUCACUCCUCCUUCUUUCCCGUUGAAUAAGUGAGUCCUUCAGUCUGAAAAGACGCAGGCUGCUAAAUCGUCCAGUCUUAUCCUGAAUGUUCCUUCAAUCUAAACAACCCACAACCAUAGCUGAACUAUACUUAGAAAACCUAGACUCUAAUCAGCGAUGCAGAAUCUAUGCUUUAUUGAAAUGACAAGUUAAUCCUCCUUUAUUCCAAUGAUAAUGGUCAGUAGUUUUAGUAUCUGGCACAUACCACACUUUAUCAGAAAAUAGCUUUGAAGGACACAGACCUCACACGCUCAACGUAAACAACUUAACAGUCAACGAGUCAAACCCCACAUUCAUUGAUUCGGAACCAGAUCUAACGACCUAACCAAAUGAAUUAUAUUUUCCCCUAAUAUACGACAAUUCCUUGACUAUAUCACCUCUGCUUCUGAAAUAAUAGAUAGUUUAUUAUAAUGCUUAAUUCUACCACAUGCCCUAUGUACUCUCUCCCAUUUCCACGUACGUCUACGUGUUUGGACAAGUCAACACCUAUAAUUUUAUCCAAUCCCUUGUAUUAAAUUACACUCACAUAAAAUUCAUUCUAUUCCAAUAUAUUCAUAUCUACCAAACCAUUCAUGUUUCUAAUGAUUCUUUAUUGCCACAAAUCAGUUAAUCACAAUCUAGUCUCAGCGGAACGAACAACAAAUUACCCAAAUCCUUCCCCUCAGUCAUAGAAUCCUCCCAGAAUCGUAUAGGCUGGUCACUAUUCACUGAUCUUACAAAAUUCUAUGACAGGCAUUGUUGUACGAAACUCCAAGAUAUAAUUUACAUGAAAAGCUUAUUAUUCCAACGUAUAUAUAAUUAUCAUACACACCUCUAUAUCUUGAAGCCUUAGUGACUGUUUAACCCGUUCACCUACUCAGGAUGACCUAACUUUUUUACCUGAUCGACCCUGCCUAACUUUGGCAUCACCACAACACAGGAUAAUGCCCCACCUACCCGAGCAGACCUCUAACAAUGAAUUCCUCAUUAGAGCGGUAACCGUAGGUCCCAAAUUUAGCUAGCCACCUGCCCGUUCAGCCCUCUGGAGCGCUAAUUUUAUCCACAGGAUUACUAUUUAUUUAGCCCCCUAGGUGAUCCACUUCCUCUACACACCUGGACUUUUACUACGCUUUCCUAAGCGACCUGUAAAUUCUUCCCUUCUUCUCUGAUUCACUUCCUCGACACAGAAAAUAAGCAGUAUUGCACAGGAUUUCGCCUACCUAAGCAGCCUAUAAACGAUACACUUCCUCGACACGUUUAUAGCGGUAUUCGUAGGACUUAACAUGUUAUUGUCUGAUCGCUCAACCAGAUGGACAACCGCCCGUGCCGAAAUGACCCAGACAAAGCGAUCAGCUGGAUGAAUCAAAUGAAUCAAAUCAAUUGGACAGACGGUUCAGACGAACAACAGAGUGAUAUCGACAUGUAUUCUUAAAUUCAAAAGCUCCCAGUCUCUAAUUUUCUGGUUCUUAAAUUUGGAGAGACCUACUUGGUAUUUCUGCAGCUGAUGCCGUGCCCCAGAUCAAACCACACAAACGUUUAUACUAUAUAAGUAAGAACUUGGCUUACCUUUUAAAAGCGUCCGCUUUUGUUUGUAUGGUCCGUCCAAGCCGUUUCAUAACUGCAGAUGUACACCGUCUCUGGACCCUUUUUUUCAACUCCUGGCUAGCUCGCCAAAUAUGUCGUAGAAAUAUUUGACAAAAAAAUAGUCAACUAAAAAAUAUCUCUCAAGAGACUGGAGCUUGUGAAUCCAGAAAUUAGACUUUAUUAUUGCGUAACAAAGCCGAGCCACUCCAUGGAACGGCUGUCUCUCUUUGGCUUAGAGAUAUCUUAUAUACACACACAAAUGCACAGUCAUGUAUACAUAGCUUACAAAGCUACUCCCGUUAAGAUCACUGAUUAACAUCUUUAACUGCCACGCCACUAUUAUCUUUGAAAGUCCAAUAACACAUGUUGUUUACUCCAAAAGGCCAUGGGCGCUUUUGCCUCUUUCCCUUAUCUCAGUAUAUUGGUGGCAUGGCUCAGACACUUUUUAAAAAUAAAAUACAUACAUUCAUCAAAGCAUGUUUACACAUUGUAUUGACUAUAUUCCUUAUUUAGACAUGCAUCUGGACUUAUAAAAUGUCAAUCAUGUUUACUAUAUUUUAUCUUUGACAUUUCCCAACAUUUUCCUUAAUGAUACGUAAAAUAUUACCAUAACAUCAACACCCCUCAUCGACUAUUCAAAAAAGUAUUCAAAUAACAAGAUGUAUCCACCAAUCCAAAGAGAGGAAUAGGAGGGUGCUUGACAGCCCGCCUUCCACUCUGUGGAAGACAAAUCCCAUUAUUAGUGCGGAGUAGGGCUGUUGCGGUGACCGUUCACGAGUCAUGAAUGCAGUCAAAUUCAACAUUACCGUUUAGUCACAGUAACUAGGCUUCUCCAAGCUCUGAUGCUGCUGCUGGUCAUUAGUAGCCUACCAAACUUGCUAACUGCCUGGUAAUUAGCACUCUAUUGUCCCUCUAAUCACUCUGACAUCAAUGCAAAUAGUUUUGAAAAUCUAAUCAAACACUUCAUGAGGGCCCAUGAGCUCAUGUUGCGCAACAUUUCUAUAGGCUAUGCAAUUGUGGGAGAAAACAGAGUGAUGGCAGCUAAUAAAAAGAGGAGGAUCCCAUCAGCUUUCUAUAGGCUAGGCCUACUAUAUUUAUGUCUCAACUUUCCUAAUAUUAAGCACAUUGCUUAUAUUUACAACAGGAGUAUAGCCUACCUGGCUGACAUGAAAAUAAACCACUGGGAAAUGCGUCCUCCAUUUGCUAUUUAAGUGCAUAGAUUACAUGUAUUUUUCCCCACUGCCCCUGUUUCGAUACAGGUGCAUGAUAAUGGUCCAUUCUAAAUCAAAACAAUGUCACACAUAUUAUUUAGUAAAUGUAAAGACAAGAUUAAAUCAAGAAUAGUCUGAUGGGUGACAAUAUUAGCCUAUCACUUGUGAAUUAUAUAUUAUCAGACAAAAUUGAUAAAAAAACAAAUAAAAAAAAACAUAAAAAGAUUGUCCAACAACAAACGUUUUGUUAAUGUGUGCCUACAUGAACAUCACCCUGACAUUGCUUAUCUCGCCCUCCUUCCACAGGUGAAGACAUUGGAGGAGGAGAACAACUCAUUGACCAAUCAGGUGAGGACUUUGGAGGAGAAGUACAGCUCGUUGACCACUCAGCUGCUUAGGUCACAGAGGCAGGGCCAAGAGAACGUCCAGCGGCUAGCCAAUCAGGAGGAGCGUCUGGUCGUACUGAGGACAGAGUCAGAGACACUACAAGAGAAAUACAGCAGCAAGGUGCAGGAGGUGAGAGAACUGGGACAACAUUCACCAUACAUUUAAUUUAACAUACAGUGGGGGAAAAAAGUAUUUAGUCAGCCACCAAUUAUGCAAGUUCUCCCACUUAAAAAGAUGAGAGAGGCCUGUAAUUUUCAUCAUAGGUACACGUCAACUAUGACAGACAAAAUUAGGAAAUAAAAUCCAGAAAAUCACAUUGUAGGAUUUUUAAUGAAUUUAUUUGCAAAUUAUGGUGGAAAAUAAGUAUUUGGUCAAUAACAAAAGUUUCUCAAUACUUUGUUAUAUACCUUUGUUGGCAAUGACACAGGUCAAACGUUUUCUGUAAGUCUUCACAAGGUUUUCACACACUGUUGCUGGUAUUUUGGCCCAUUCCUCCGUUUCAUCUUCAAUGCCCUUGCUGAUGGAAGGAGGUUUUCACUCAAAAUCUCACGAUACAUGGCCCCAUUCAUUCUUUCCUUUACACGGAUCAGUCGUCCUGGUCCCUUUGCAGAAAAACAGCCACAAAGCAUGAUGUUUCCACCCCGCUGCUUCACAGUAGGUAUGGUGUUCUUUGGAUGCAACUCAGCAUUCUUUAUCCUCCAAACACGACGAGUUGAGUUUUUACCAAAAAGUUAUAUUUUGGUUUCAUCUGACCAUAUGACAUUCUCCCAAUCCUCUUCGGGUUCAUCCAAAUGCACUCUAGCAAACUUCAGACGGGCCUGGACAUGUACUGGCUUAAGCAGGGGGACACGUCUGGCACUGCAGGAUUUGAGUCCCUGGCGGCGUAGUGUGUUACUGAUGGUAGGCUUUGUUACUUUGGUCCCAACUCUCUGCAGGUCAUUCACUAGGUCCCCCCGUGUGGUUCUGGGAUUUUUGCUCACCGUUCUUGUGAUCAUUUUGACCCCACGGGGUGAGAUCUUGCGUGGAGCCCCAGAUCGAGGGAGAUUAUCAGUGGUCUUGUAUGUCUUCCAUUUCCUAAUAAUUGCUCCCACAGUUGAUUUCUUCAAAUCAAGCUGCUUACCUAUUGCAGAUUCAGUCUUCCCAGCCUGGUGUAGGUCUACAAUUUUGUUUCUGGUGUCCUUUGACAGCUCUUUGGUCUUGGCCAUAGUGGAGUUUGGAGUGUGACUGUUUGAGGUUGUGGACAGGUGUCUUUUAUACUUAUAACAAGUUCAAACAGGUGCCAUUAAUACAGGUAACGAGUGGAGGACAGAGGAGCCUCUUAAAGAAGAAGUUACAGGUCUGUGAGAGCCAGAAAUCUUGCUUGUUUGUAGGUGACCAAAUACUUAUUUUCCACCAUAAUUUGCAAAUAAAUUCAUAAAAAAUCCUACAAUGUGAUUUUCUGGAGAAAAAAAAAUCUCAGUUUGUCUGUCAUAGUUGACGUGUACCUAUGAUGAAAAUUACAGGCCUCUCUCAUCUUUUUAAGUGGGAGAACUUGCACAAUUGGUGGCUGACUAAAUACUUUUUUCCCCCACUGUAUUUACUAUAUUGAAUAAUACUGUCCUUCAUUGGCGGUGGAUGAGGUGAGCUUCCCCCUUACUAUGUCAAGUGCUUUGGGUGUCUAGAAAAAGCGCCAUUUAAGUCCAAUCAAUUUUUUUUAUAAAUAAUUUAUUAUAUAUUACACAUGUAUUAUUCACUACUUACUGUAUGAUAAUUACAUUACAAUCAUCAGGAUGCAGCAGUUAGAAUUGUCAUAACUUUACAUCACUGAUGGGUAAAUGUCAAUGAUACAAGAGAGUGUCAUCUGGCUUUUAUAAUGCUUAUUUAUUGGUUAGUGAGGAACAUUGGGGGCUUUAACCCCAGAACUGUUCAAAUCAGAAAGUUGAGGUCGUUAUGGCAUUACAGCAUGGUGAAGAGCAGGAAGCCACUGAAGGUGGUAUCAUAUAACCCAUGUUUUUAGGGGAGACGCAUAUAGACAACAUCCCCCUCAUCCAGCUCUAGAGUCAAAGCAUUAGAUAUGUACUCCCAAUACUGAUCAUUGGUGUCAAAAUUAAACAUCAGUCUCUUGUCAUUGUGGUAAAGGUAAACGCCAAAGGUUUGUAAUCUGCGCGCCUCAAAGGCUGUGAACCUGAAGUAGUAGACUCCUCUCACUGUUGCUGUGAAGAUACCUGUAUCAGAGGAGAAGCAGGGAGAGAUCAGCACUGUCCAUCUCUCAUAGACACUGUUAGUAAUACUGGACCGUAGCUGGAUUAGUGUGGUCAGUACCUGUAGUUGGGUUGUAGGCUCUGCCAGUGUUGGUGAAGACUUUACUGUAGAUCAGUGUGGUGUCAGUAUUGAAGGGUCCUACCCCUCCUGAAUCAGUCAAAGCAGCAUAGAAGGCCACCUUUGGUCUGUCCGUGAACACAGGAAGAAAACACAAGAGUCUAAGGUUUCAGUCUCACAGGGAUUUACUAGUUUAAUUGAUAUUCAUUUUUAUUUGUUCUGUACUACCAAAAUAUUAUUGGAGUGUGUAGCUGUAAGAAUGGGAGGAGAACUUACAGUGCCUUCAGAAAGUAUACAUACCCCUUCACUUAUUCCACAUUGUUGUUACAGCCUGAAUUCAAAAUGGAUUAAAUAGAUAAAAUGUUCUAAUCUAUCUACACCCAAUACCCCAUAAUGACAAACGGAAAACAUGUUUUUAGAAAAUCUAGCAAAUGUAUUGAAAAUGUAAUUAGGAAAUAUCUAAUUUACAUAAGUAUUCACACCCCUGAGUCAAUACAUGUUAGAAUCACCUUUGGCAGCGAUUACAGCUGUGAGUCUUUCUGGGUAAGUCUCUAAGAGCUUUGCACACCUGGAUUGUACAAUACACAUAAUUAUUUUUUUAAUUCUUCAAGCUCUGUCAAAAUGGUUGUUGAUCAUUGCAAGACAGUCAUUUUUAAGUCUUGCCAUAGAUUCUUAAGCCAAUUUCAGUCAAAACUGUAACUAGGCCACUCGGGAACAUUCAAUGUUGUCUUGGUAAGCAACUCCAGUGUAUAUUUGGCCUUGUGUUUUAGGUUAUUGUCCUGCUGAAAGGUGAAUUUGUCUCCCAGUGUCUGUUGGAAAGCAUACUGAACCAGGUUUUCUUCUAGGAUUUUGCCUGUGCUUAGCGCUAUUCCUUUUCUUUUUAUCCUAAAAAACUCCCUAGUCCUUGCCGAUGACAAGCAUACCCACAACAUGAUGCAGCCACCACAAUGCUUGAAAAUACACUGCUCAAAAGAAUAAAGGGAACACUUAAACAGCACAAUGUAACUCCAAGUCAAUCACACUUCUGUGAAAUCAAACUGUCCACUUAGGAAGCAACACUGAUUGACAGUAAAUGUCACAUUCUGUUGUGCAAAUGGAAUAGACAAUAGGUGGAAAUUAUAGGCAAUUAGCAAGACACCCCCAAUAAAGAAGUGGUUCUGCAGGUGGUGACUACAGACCACUUCUCAGUUCCUAUGCUUCCUGGCUGAUGUUUUGGUCACUUUUGAAUGCUGGCGGUGCUUUCACUCUAGUGGUAGCAUGAGACAGAGUCUACAACCCACACAAGUGACUCGGGUAGUGCAGCUCAUCCUGGAUGGCACAUCAAUGCGAGCUGUGGCAAGAAGGUUUGCUGUGUCUGUCAGCGUAGUGUCCAGAGCAUGGAGGCACUACCAGGAGACAGGCCAGUACAUCAGUAGACGUGGAGGAGGCCGUAGGAGGGCAACAACCCAGCAGCAGGACCGCUACCUCCGCCUUUGUGCAAGGAGGAGCAGGAGGAGCACUGCCAGAGCCCUGCAAAAUGACCUCCAGCAGGCCACAAAUGUGCAUGUGUCUGCUCAAACGGUCAGAAACAGACUCCAUGAGGGUGGUAUGAGGGCCCGACGUCCACAGGUGGGGGUUGUGCUUACAGCCCAACACCGUGCAGGACGUUUGGCAUUUGCCAGAGAACACCAAGAUUGGCAAAUUCGCCACUGGCGCCCUGUGCUCUUCACAGAUGAAAGCAGGUUCACACUGAGCACAUGUGACAGACGUGACAGAGUCUGGAGACGCCGUGGAGAAUGUUCUGCUGCCUGCAACAUCCUCCAGCAUGACCGGUUUGGCGGUGGGUCAGUCAUGGUGUGGGGUGGCAUUUCUUUGGGGGGCCGCACAGCCCUCCAUGUGCUCGCCAGAGGUAGCCUGACUGCCAUUAGGUACCGAGAUCAAUCAAUCAAUCAAUCAAUUUUAUUUUAUAUAGCCCUUCUUACAUCAGCUAAUAUCUCGAAGUGCUGUACAGAAACCCAGCCUAAAACCCCAAACAGCUAGUAAUGCAGGUGUAGAAGCACGGUGGCUAGGAAAAACUCCCUAGAAAGGCAAAACCUAGGAAGAAACCUAGAGAGGAACCAGGCUAUGAGGGGUGGCCAGUCCUCUUCUGGCUGUGCCGGGUGGAGAUUAUAACAGAACCAUGCCAAGAUGUUCAAAAAUGUUCAAAAGUGACAAGCAUGGUCAAAUAAUAAUCAGGAAUAAAUCUCAGUUGGCUUUUCAUAGCCGAUCAUUAAGAGUUGAAAACAGCAGGUCUGGGACAGGUAGGGGUUCCAUAACCGCAGGCAGAACAGUUGAAACUGGAAUAGCAGCAAGGCCAGGCGGACUGGGGACAGCAAGGUGUCAUCAUGCCCGGUAGUCCUGACGUAUGGUCCUAGGGCUCAGGUUCUCAGAGAGAAAGAGAGAACGAGAGAAUUAGAGAGAGCAUACUUAAAUUCACACAGGACACUGGAUAAGACAGGAGAAGUACUCCAGGUAUAACCAACUAACCCCAGCCCCCCGACACAUAAACUACUGCAGCAUAAAUACUGGAGGCUGAGACAGGAGCGGUCCGGAGACACUGUGGCCCCAUCCGAAGAAACCCCCGGACAGGGCCAAACAGGAAGGAUAUAACCCCACCCACUCCGCCAAAGCACAGCCCCCGAGAUGAGAUCCUCAGACCCCUUGUGAGACCAUAUGCUGGUGUGGUUGGCCCUGGGUUCCUCCUAAUGCAAGACAAUGCUAGACCUCAUGUGGCUGGAGUGUGUCAGCAGUUCCUGCAAGAGGAAGGCAUUGAUGCUAUGGACUGGCCCGCACGUUCCCCAGACCUGAAUCCAAUUGAGCAAAUCUGGGACAUCAUGUCUCGCUCCAUCCACCAACGCCACGUUGCACCACAGACUGUCCAAGAGUUGGCGGAUGCUUUAGUCCAGGUCUGGGAGGAGAUCCCUCAGGAGACCAUCUGCCACCUCAUCAGGAGCAUGCCCAGGCGUGGUAGGGAGGUCAUACAGGCACGUGGAGGCCACACACACUACUGAGCCUCAUUUUGACUUGUUUUAAGGACAUUACAUUUAGGCUUGCCAUAACAAAGGGGUUGAAAACUUAUUGACUCAAGACAUUUCAGCUUUUCAUUUGUUAUAAAAAACAUAAAAUAAAAAAAAUCCACUUUGACAUUAUGGGGUAUUGUGUGUAGGCCAGUAACACAAUCUCUCAAUUUAAUCAAUUUUAAAUUCAGGCUGUAAGACAACAAAGUGUGGAAAAAAUCAAGGGGUAUGAAUACUCUCUGAAGGUACUGUAUGAUUUGUAAGAGACUGUCUUAUGGUUCUAAUCUAUUCCAUUGAUUCUACUUGUCACAGAGUAUGUGUCGCCUGUCAGGCUGGGCAUGUGUGCACUUUGUGUUAUUUUCAGAUAUAACUGCACCCAGAUUCAUUUUCUUCUGUUAUUUAGUGUUGACUUUAGCUAACCACGUAGGAUCUGGAAGAACCCAUGUAGUCUGACAAUAAAUGAAAGAUGUACAAAUCCUAAAGAAUUUAGAGAUCACAAUAUAAAGUACACUACCAUUCAAAAGUUUGGGGUCACUUAGAAAUGUCCUUGUUUUCGAAAGAAAAGCAAUUUUUUUGUCCAUUAAAAUAACAUCAAAUUGAUCAGAAAUAGUGUAGACAUUGCUAAUGUUGUACAUGGCUAUUGUAGCUGGAAACAGCUGUUUUUUUAUGGAAUAUCUACAUAGGCAUACAGAGGCCCAUUAUCAGCAACCAUCAGUCCUGUGUUCCAAUGGCACGUUGUGUUUGCUAAUCCAAGCUUAUCAUUUUAAAAGGCUAAUUGAUCAUUAGACAACCCUUUUGCAAUUAUGUUAGCACAGCUGAAAACUGUUGUGCUGAUUAAAGAAGCAAUAAAACUGGUCUUCUUGAGACUAGUUGAGUAUCUGGAGCAUCAACAAUUGUGGGUUUGAUUACAGGCUCAAAAUGGCCAGAAACAAAGAACCUUCUUCUGAAACUCGUCAGUCUAUUCUUGUUCUGAGAAAUGAAGGCUAUUCCAUGCGAGAAAUUGCCAAGAAACUGAAGAUCUCGUACAACGCUGUGUACUACUCCCUUCACAGAACAGCACAAACUGGCUCUAACCAGAAUAGAAAGAGGAGUGGGAGGCCCCGGUGCACAACUGAGCAAGAGGACAAAUACAUUAGUGUCUAGUUUGAGAAACAGAUGCCUCACUUGUCCUCAACUGGCAGCUUAAUUAAAUAGUACCUGAAAUGAUACAUCUUUUAAACGUGAUGUAUUCUAUAGGCACAAUCCCCUUCCUUAUAUAUACUCACAACAUAGUGAGCCAAUGCAUGAGAAUUUAACAUAUGUUUCUGACAAGUAUUCUGAUAACAUGAAACACUUGGUGAGCUGACCUCAAGGUCAUUUGAAUCUGACACUGUAAAAGGCUGUGGGAGAACUCAACCUGUUAUUCAGUUGAAGGUCUCUCUUUAGCUCUAUAAAGUCUGUACUGGUGCUGUGAAGAUAUGUUUCUGUUUGAAAAUCAACCAAGAUCUUUAAUUAGACCCUUAAAAGUUUAGGAAAUCUGAUCAACAAACCAACUGUUGAUUUCUUAACUGAUUCUCCAGCACAUUUGAGUUGUCUGUGGGGUGUCAUGUGUACGGGUAAUAUCUCUGUGGCAUUACCAUGGUGACAGUGGGAAAGUCAUGUGCCAGAACGGCUCUGGUUGAUAGGUGACAUGACUGAGUCAGCGUCUUAGUCCGUCAUCACCCUCUCCCUCUCUACUCCUCCUUCCCCUCUCUCCCCCUCUCCUUCUCUCCCUCUAUAGGGCAGCAUGUAGUCUCAAGGUUAGGGAGGCAUGCUCGUAACUGAUUGGUUACGGUUUUGAAUCCCAGCACUGACCAGAAAAAUAUGUGUGGAGCCUACUGCCGUUGUGCCCUUGCUGUUUGAGCAAGGCACUUAAGCCCUUAGAUAUAACCGAAAACACUUUGCCUAGGUGUUGGAAGAUAGUUUAUCGCUGUGUGUGUGUGUGUGUGUGUGUGUGUGUGUGUGUGUGUGUGUGUGUUAUAGCUGGACACACUACGGUUGGAGGUGGAGGGGGCGCACUCUGACAACACACACCUCCGCCAGGAGAGCAAGGUGGUCAUGGCCAACGUCAACCGCUGGGUCAAAGAGCAGAGGUGGGUAGGACACACACACACACACAUAUAGCAGAUACAGGAAACACCCACACAUACACUCUGAUUGCCAGCCCAGUGUAUGAUACAUCUCUCUGUGUGUGUGUCAGGGUUGCCAGUGAGAGUCUGGCUGCUAAGAUCAGAGGUCAGAACAAGGUGCUGCUCAUCAUCAGUGAGGAGAAACAGUGAGUACAUCAGUCGCAUAGUGUAUACUGCCUACUGUACUUAUCAUUAUACUGUAUCUUAUCAUUAUACUGUCCAUCUUAUCAUUAUAUAUCAUUAUACUGUCUAUCUUAUCAUUAUACAGUACUAGUAAAAAGUUUAUACAUUGUUUAUACGUUGUAGAAUACAUUGUAGAAUAAUAGUGAAGACUAGGAACUAACACAUGGAAUCAUGUAGUAACCAAAAAAGUGUUAAACAAAUCAAAAUAUAUUUUAUAUUUGAGAUUCUUCAAAGUAGUCACCCUUUGCCUUGCACACUCUUGGCAUUCUCUCAACCAGCUUCAUGAGGUAGUCACCUGGAAUGCAUUUCAAUUAAUAGGUGUGCCUUGUUAAAAGUUAAUUUGUGGAAUUUCUUUCCCUCUUAAUGCAUUUCAGCAAAUCAGUUGUGUCGUAGCCGGCCGCGACCGGGAGACCCAUGGGGCAGCGCACAAUUGGCCCAGCGUCGUCCAGGGUAGGGGAGGGAAUGGCCGGCAGGGAUGUAGCUCAGUUGGUAGAGCAUGGCGUUUGCAACGCCAGGGUUGUGGGUUCGAUUCCCACGGGGGGCCAGUAUGAAAAAUAAAUAAAUGAUGUAUGCACUCACUAACUGUAAGUCGCUAAAUAACUAAAAUGUAAAUGUGUUGUGACAAGGUAGGGUUGGUAUACAGAAGAUAGCCCUAUUUGGUAAAAGACCAAGUCCAUAUUAUGGCAAGAACAGCUCAAAUAAGCAAAGAGAAACGACAGUCCAUCAUUACUUUAAGAAAUGAAGGUCAGUCAAUCCAGAAAAUUACAAGAACUUUGAAAGUUUCUUCAAGUGCAGUUGAAAACACCAUCAAGCGCUAUGAUGAAACUGUCUCUCAUGAGGACCGCCACAGGAAAGGAAGACCCAGAGUUACAGUGAGGAGAAAAAAGUAUUUGAUCCCCUGCUGAUUUUGUACGUUUGCCCACUGACAAAGACAUGAUCAGUCUAUAAUUUUAAUGGUAGGUAUAUUUGAACAGUGAGAGACAGAAUAACAAAACAAAAAUCCAGAAAAAUGCAUGUCAGAAAUGUUAUAAAUUGAUUUGCAUUUUAAUGAUGGAAAUAAGUAUUUGACCCCUCUGCAAAACAUUACUUAGUACUUGGUGGCAAAACCCUUGUUGGCAAUCAUAGAGGUCAGACGUUUCUUGUAGUUGGCCACCAGGUUUGCACACAUCUCAGGAGGGAUUUUGUCCCACUCCUCUUUGCAGAUCUUCUCCAAGUCAUUAAGGUUUCGAGGCUGACGUUUGGCAACUCGAACCUUCAGCUCCCUCCACAGAUUUUCUAUGGGAAUAAGGUCUGGAGACUGGCUAGGCCACUCCAGGACCUUAAUGUGCUUCUUCUUGAGCCACUCCUUUGUUGCCUUGGCCGUGUGUUUUGGGUCAUUGUCAUGCUGGAAUACCCAUCCACGACCCAUUUUCAAUGCCCUGGCUGAGGGAAGGAGGUUCUCACCCAAGAUUUGACGGUACAUUACCCCGUCCAUCGUCCCUUUGAUGCGGUGAAGUUGUCCUGUCCCCUUAGCAGAAAAACACCCCAAAGCAUAAUGUUUCCACCUCCAUGUUUGACGGUGGGGAUGGUGUUCUUGGGGUCAUAGGCAGCAUUCCUCCUCCUCCAAACACGGCGAGUUGAGUUGAUGCCAAAGAGCUCGAUUUUGGUCUCAUCAGACGACAACACUUUCACCCAGUUCUCCUCUGAAUCAUUCAGAUGUUCAUUGGCAAACUUCAGACUGCCCUGUAUAUGUGCUUUCUUGAUCAGGGGGACCUUGCGGGCACUGCAGGAUUUCAGUCCUUCACGGCGUAGUGUGUUACCAAUUGUUUUCUUGGUGACUAUGGUCCCAGCUGCCUUGAGAUCAUUGACAAGAUCCUCCCGUGUAGUUCUGGGCUGAUUCCUCACCGUUCUCAUGAUCAUUGCAACUCCACGAGGUGAGAUCUUGCAUGGAGCCCCAGGCCGAGGGAGAUUGACAGUUCUUUUGUGUUUCUUCCAUUUGCGAAUAAUCGCACCAACUGUUGUCACCUUCUCACCAAGCUGCUUGGCGAUGGUCUUGUAGCCCAUUCCAGCCUUGUGUAGGUCUACAAUCUUGUCCCUGACAUCCUUGGAGAGCUCUUUGGUCUUGGCCAUGGUGGAAAGUUUGGAAUCUGAUUGAUUGCUUCUGUGGACAGGUGUCUUUUAUACAGGUAACAAGCUGAGAUUAGGAGCACUCCCUUUAAGAGUGUGCUCCUAAUCUCAGCUCGUUACCUGUAUAAAAGACACCUGGGAGCCAGAAAUCUUUCUGAUUGAGAGGGGGUCAAAUACUUAUUUCCCGCAUUAAAAUGCAAAUCAAUUUAUAACAUUUUUGACAUGCGUUUGUCUGGAUUUUGUUGUUGUUAUUCUGUCUCUCACUGUUCAAAUAAACCUACCAUUAAAAUUAUAGACUGAUCAUUUCUUUGUCAGUGGGCAAACGUACAAAAUCAGCAGGGGAUCAAAUACUUUUUUCCCUCACUGUAGGUAGGGGUAAAGUGACUAUGCAUAGAUAAUACACCGCGAGUAGCAGCAGUGUAAAAACAAAAAGGGGGGGGGUGGUCAAUGUAAACAGUCCGGGUGGCCAUUUGAUUAAUUGUUCAGCAGUCUUAUAGCUUGGGGGUAGAAGCUGUUAAGGGGCCUUUUGGACCUAUACUUGGCGCUCCAGUACCGCUUGCCGUGCGGUAGCAGAGAGAACAGUCUAUGACUUGGGUGACUGUAGUCUUUGACAAUAUUUUGGGCCUUCCUCUGACACCGCCUAGUAUAUAGGUCCUGGAUGGCAGGAAGCUUGGCCCCAGUGAUGUAUUGGGCCGUACGCACUACCCUCUGUAGUGCCUUACGGUCAGAUGCCAAGCAGUUGCCAUAUCAGGCGGUGAUGCUACCAGUCAGGAUGCACUCAAUGGUGCAGCUGUAUAACUUUUUGAGGAUCUGGGGACCCAUGCAAAAUCUUUUCAGUCUCCUGAGCGAGAAAAGGUGUUGUCUUGCCCUCUUCACGACUGUCUUGGUGUGUUUGGACCAUGAUAGUUUGUUGGUGAUGUGGAUACCAAGGAACUUGAAACUCUCGACCUGCUCCACUACAGCCCUGUCGAUGUUAAUGGAGGCCUGUUUGUCCCUCCUUUUCCCGUAGUCCACGAUCAUCUCCUUCGUCUUGCUCACAUUGAGGGAGAGGUUGUUGUCCUGGCACCACACUGCCAGGUCUCUGACCUUCUCCCUAUAGGCUGUCUCAUCGCUGUCGGUAAUCAGGCCUAACACUGUUGUGUCGUCAGCAAACUUAAUGAUGGUGUUGGAGUCGUGCUUGGCCAUGCAGUUGUGGGUGAACAGGGAGUACAGGAGGGGACUAAGCACGCAUCCCUGAGGGGCCCCGGUGUUGAGGAUCAGCGUGGCAGAUGUGUUGUUGCGUACCCUUACCACCUGGGGACGGCUCGUCAGGAAGUCCAGGAUCCAGUUGCAGAGGGAGGUGUUUAGUCCCAGGGUCCUUAGCUUAGUGAUGGGCUUUGUGGGCAUUAUGGUGUUGAACGCUGAUCUUUAGUCAAUGAACAGCAUUCUCACAUAAGUGUUCCUUUUGUCCAGGUGGGAAAGGCAGUGUAGAGUGUGAUUGAGAAUUUGUCAUCUGUGGAGCUGUUGGGGCGGUAUGCGAAUUGGAGUGGGUCUAGGGUUUCCGGGAUGAUAGUGUUGAUGUGAGCCAUAACCAGCCUUUCAAAGCACUUCAUGGCUACCGACGUGAGUGCUACGGGGCGGUAGUCAUUUAGGCAGGUUACCUUCACAUUCUUGGGCACAGGGACUAUGGUGGUCUGCUUGAAACAUGUGGGUAUUACAGACUCGGUCAGGGAGAGGUUGAAAAUGUCAGUGAAGACACUUGCCAGUUGGUCCGCGCAUGCUCUGAGUACACGCCCUGGUAAUCCGUCUGGCCCCGCGGCCUUGUGAAUGUUGACCUGUUUAAAUGUGUUGCUCACAUCGACUACGGAGAGCGUGAUCACACAGUCUUCCGGAACAGCUGGUUCUCUCAUGCAUGCUUCAGUGUUGCUUGCCUCGAAGCGAGCAUAAAAGGCAUUUAGUUCGUCUGGUAAGCUCGCGUCACUGGGCAGCUCCAGGCUGGGUUUCCCUUUGUAGUCUGUAAUAAUUUGCAAAGGAUUUUUCUUUAUUUUUACUAAUUUCUACAUUGUAGAAUAAUAGUGAAGACAUCAAAACUAUGAAAUAAUACAUAUGGCAUCAUGUAGUAACCAAAAAAGUGUUAAACAAAUCAAAAUAUAUUUUAUAUAUGAGAUUCUUCAAAGUAGCCACCCUUUGCCUUGAUGACAGCUUUGCACACUCUUGGCAUUCUCACAACCAGCUUCACCUGGAAUGCUUUUCCAACAGUCUUGAAGGGGUUCCCACAUGCUGAGCACUUGUUGGCUGCUUUUCCUUCAUUCUGCGGUCCAACUCAUCCCAAACCAUCUCAAUUGGAUUAAGGUAGGGUGAUUGUGGAGGCCAGGUCUUCUGAUGCAGCACUCCAUCACUCUCCUUCUUGGUCAAAUAGCACUUACACAGCCUGGAGGUGUGUUGGGUCAUUGUCUUGUUGAAAAACAAAUGAUAGUCUCACUAUGCGCAAACCACAUGGGAUGGUGUAUUGCUGCUGAAUGCUGUGCGAGCCAUGUUGGUUAAGUGUGCCUUCAAUUCUAAAUAAAUCACAACGGUGUCACCAGCAAAGCACCCCCACACCAUCACACCUCCUCCUCCAUGCUUCACGGUGGGAACCACACAUGCAGAGAUCAUCUGUUCACCUACUCUGCAUCUCACAAAGACACGGCGGUUCUCAAAUUUGGACUCCACCGAUCUAAUGUCCAUUGCUCAUGUUUGUUGGUCCAAGAAAGUCUCUUCUUCUUAUUGGUGUCCUUAAGUAGUGGUUUCUUUUCAGCAAUUUGACCAUGAAGGCCUGAUUUACACUGGCUUCUCUGAACAGUUGAUGUUGAGAUGUGUCUGUUACUUGAACUCUGUGAAGCAGGGUCACUCAACUAAUAAAGCGCAAGCCAUUUUAGCCAAUAUUGCGCAAGCCAUUUUAGCAUGUGUAAGAACAGGCAUCCUACCUGGCGUUGGUCAGAGCAUGAAGCUGGGCACAGUGCACAGUUUGACUACAGGCUACUGAUAUUGCCUGGGGUUGUUCGGCAUGCAAAAUGACUUGUAGACCAAUGACUGUCCACACAGUUACAUGCUUAGUUCGACACUGAAGGACAGGACUCAUCAGUUGUCACAAAAGAUUAGGUAUUUUCGGAAGGGUAGAAUAAAAAAAAAAGUGAACCGGCAAUUCGUAACGUUUGAAUCGAUUUUCUGACUGAUACAUGUUACAUUUGGAUUGAUUUGGGGUCUACAGACCAAUGCACUAGUAUCUUAAACAUUUGAAUCAGGGACUGAUGUGUAUUGGUGAAUCGUUACAUCCCUAGGAAUCAGGUGUGUUAGUGCUAGGGCAAAUACAAAACUGUGCACCCCUUGGGGUCCCCAGGACUAGGAUUGAGAAACACUGACAUAAAGCCCCUUCAUAACAAAGUAUGGACCCCCUUACCAGAAACACAUGAUGUACACGUAUGCAUAUGUAUGUAUGCGUGUUGUCCCUGAGCAGCGUAUUUGUUUACUAAAGAUGACUGGAUGUUCUGAGACAGGAAACUCAGCUCAGCUAAACGCUGCACCUGCUAACUAGGUCACCUUUCCCACCAGGGGGGAGUGUGUGAUCACAGCAGGUGUUGGUGUGUGUGUGUACGUGUUACACACUUCUCUCUGAUUCCGAAUCUCAGAGAAAGACGCACACGACACACACACAUUACUUCCUGCCCGCCGUCAGCACACACACACACACACACACUGUGACACUGUUCUUCAGAGAUCAAAGUGGUCUUCCCAUCAUCCAUCAUUCCACCCCCUGCAGCUCCAUACCGCCGUAACGCUGAGAAUGUCUCUCCUUCUUCCUGUGUGUGUGUGUGUCUUUCUGUCCUUUCUAUACUCUCUGUCCUUCUGUCCUCUCUGUCCUUCUAGCCUCUCUGUCCUCUCUAUCCUUCUGUCCUCUCUGUCCUCUCUGUCCUUCUAGCCUCUCUGUCCUCUCUAUCCUUCUGUCCUCUCUAUCCUCUCUAUCCUUCUGUCCUUCUAGCCUCUCUGUCCUCUCUAUCCUUCUGUCCUCUCUAUCCUUCUGUCCUCUUUAUCCUUCUGUCCUCUCUAUCCUUCUGUCCUCUCUAUCCUCUUAUCCUCUCUGUCCUUCUAUCCUCACUGCGAUUCUGUCCUCUGUCCUUUCUAUCUCUCACAAUGUCUUCUCCCUCUGUAUCAAAGGUCCCGUCUGUCCAUCUGGGUCAGCGUGUUCGCCUGCCAUCCCACUUAAAUUACAUCAUUAAAACCAGACAGUGGUUUGGGUGCACUGUGUUCCUCUCUCCAUCUCCUUCAUUUAUGUUACCUUUCUCUUUCUCUCCUCUCAUCCACAUCUAUAUGGAUCGCUUCUCUCUCUCUCUCUCUCUCUCUAUGUCUCUCUCUCUCUCUCAGACAUCUUCAGGAGGCUAACAGGGCCCUAGAGGAGGAGCUGAGGAAAUUGGGAGACGAGGGGGAGGAGAAGGAGAGAGAGAUGGAACGCUUAAAGGUAAAUGAGAGGAAGAAGAAAGAGAGAGAUGUUUUAGACUGAGGGAGAGUGGAAAUAAAGAGAUGGAGAAUUUCUGUAGUUGACAUAUGCACAGUUGUUUGUGUAUAACAUUUUGUACCCCCCACCACCCUUCUAAUUUUGUCUGUCACUUUUAGAAGCCUUCGAUUUAACCACGCAUGCCAUUCAAUCUCUGUAAUAUGUCAUAUUUCCCAAUACUUUGAUCAGUCAGUGGUAACAGCAUCUGAGUCCUACCACUCUGUCUGAUAUGUCAGCGGUAGGUCUGUGCCUGAGGCAUAUAGUCACCAAAAACCUGUCUCAAAACGAAUUACCCUAAGACUGGAACUCAAUCAGAAUAACACCAGUGAUUAGAAUAGUAUAGUAUAGAAUAUAAUAUUAUAGAAUAGAACAGAACUCUACAUGAACGUAGCGCCGAUAAGACUAUCGUCGGCUUAGAUGAAUAUUUAACUUAUCUUCUUUUCCGUAGGCCCAGGUUCAAGUCCGGGGUCAACAGCAGGAGGAGUAAGUACCGACUGUCUCUGUGUCUGUUCUCCGUCUGGACACGGUGUGUGUGAGUGUGUGGUCAUACAUGUGUGUACGUAUACUCCCAAUCAAUCACCAUAGUAGUCAUGAUCACAUCUAUACACUCUGGCUGCUUCUUCCCCAGCAGCUGUUAAUGAUGUUAUUAUCAAUGACAAGUUGUGAAUGGGAUAAUGACAUUAGGGGGGUGCUGCCAAUUAAAAGACCCUCGGGCGAUGCCACCUGUGUCUGUGUGUGAUGUGACCUACCCGCACGUGCACACACUGAAUAACUAAUGCAUGCUGUGUCUUUAACAAUGAUAAGUCUCUGAUCAGAGUCCUCCUCAUUGCUGUCAGAUUAUGUUCAUCUGUAGUGGAGAGAUUAAUCUAAGUUUCAUUAAGAGGAUGAAAGAAUGAUGGACAGAUGGGAUGGGGGUGUGGGGGCAGUAAAGAGGUACCUGCCUGAAGCAAACCCCCCAAACAUACACACACACUACCAAUCACCCCCCACCUUGACCCCUUGGGUCCCCCUUGUUAACGAUGCAUCCCUCCUCCUCGUCCCCGAAUGAACCACCAGGCUUUAUUUCCAAACUGAUGUAAUUUGUUUGGACUCCUAUUGGUUUCAAACACAGUUCAAAGCUGUCAGUCAUUUUAAUGAUAUUAUUAAGGGCCCUGACAAAGGUGAAUCACAUCUCUUUGUCUUUCUGAAUAAUUGCUACAGAGACAGAAGAAAUUCAUAUAGAUGUGUGGAUGAGGGUUUUUGAUGGGAUGAAUAUAUUAGUGUAGAUUGAGAUAAGAUGCGGUGAAUGAAGCUGUCUCCUAUUGUCUCUGUCUCUUAUUAUGGGAAAAUCCCUUCAUGUCAUUAUUACAAUUUCCCCAUAGCAUAUAUGAAUCUGAAUAUUUGCUAUAUGAGAUAAGUAAUAUUUGCAUGGCUGUCAUAUACCUACACAUGAUUAGGAUGAUGCAUUAUGAAGGAGAUAUCUCUACGGAUACGGUGGCAUAAUCAUGACAGUGAUCAACGUAGUGAGGAGUCAGUUAUUAUAAAUGUUUUUCUGAAAUCCCUCUAAUGAUUGGUUAUUGCAUGAUGAUUAUGUAGCUCACUAUAUACAACCUCUAUACCACUAUAUAUGCUGUGUAAUAUAGGCUACAUAGUACAAUAUACUUUUACCAGGAUUAUAAAGCUGUAUAUUUAUUGAUUUUGGAGAGAAAACGAGAGGGGAGGAGAGAAGAGAAGAGGAAGAUUUAGAGGGGAGGAAAAGAGAAGGAGUAGAGGGGAGGAGAGAGACGGGAUGAGAGGGGAGGAUAUUUUUACAUUUUAAUCAUUUAGCAGAUGCUCUUAUCCAGAGCGACUCUUACAGUUAGUGUAUUCAUCUUAAGGUAGCUAGGUGGGACAUCCACAUAUCACAGGCAUAUAAAGUACAUUUUUCCUCAAUAUCGUAGCUAUCAGUAGAUUCAGAGCUAGAGGGGGGGGGGGGGGGGGGUCGAGGUGAAGAGGAGGAUUAUUGAAGAGGUAGGUUUCAGAUGUUUUUCGGAAGAUGGGCAGGGACUCUGCUGGCCUAGCUUCAGGAAGAAGCUGGUUCCACCGUUGGGGUGCCAGGACAGAAAAGAGCUUGGACUGGGCUGAGCCGAAGCUGCUCUCCCGUAGGGGUGGGAGGGCCAAGAGACCUGAGGUGGCAGAACGGAGUGCUUGGGUUGGGGUGUAGGGUUUGAGCAUAGCCUGAAGGUAGGGAGGGGCAGUUCCUCAGUAAAGCACCAUGGUCUUGUAGUGGAUGCGAUCCUCGACUGGAAGCCCGUGGAGUGUGCGGAUGGUUUGAUGGCACAAGCGGGGAGCCAAGCCAACAGCAAGUUACAGUAGCCAAGACGGGAGAGGAUGAGUGCCUUGAUUAGGACCUGCGCCGCUUCCUGUGUGAGGUAGGGUCGUACUCUAUGGAUGUUGUAGAGCAUGAACAGGGUGUUGUCCAGGGUCACGCCAAGGUUGUUUGCACUCUGGGAGGGCGACACUAUGGAGUUGUCAACCGUGAUGGAGAGGUCUUUGAGCGGGCAGGCCUUCACCGGGAGGAAGAACAGUUCCGUCUUGUUGAGCUUGAGGUGGUGGGCCGACAUCCAAGCUGAGAUAUCUGCCAGGCACGCAGAGAUGAGUGUCGCCACCUGGGUGUCAGAAGGGGGGGGGUGUAUAGAGAGAAGAGGGCCUAGAACCGAGCCCUGGGGGACACCAGUAGUGAUCAUACGUGGUGCAGACACAGCUCCUCUCCACGUCACCUGGUAGGAGCGGCCUGCCAGGUAGGAUGCAAUCCAAGAGUGUGCAGAGCCUGAGACGCCCAGCCCUGACAGGGUGGAGAGGAGGAUCUGAUGGUUCACGGUGUUGAAGGCAGCGGAUAGAUCUAGGAGGAUGAGAACAGAAGAGAGAGUCAGCUUUGGCAGCCUCCGUGACACAGAGAAGAGCAGUCUCGGUUGAGUGACCCAUCUUGAAAUCUGACUGGUUAGGGUCAAGAUGAUAAUUCUGAGAGAGAUAACAAGAAAGUUGAUCAGAGACCGCACGCUCAAGUGUUUUGGAAAGAAAAUAAAGGGAUACAGGUCUAUAGUUUUUGACGUCAGAUGAGUCGAGUGUUGGUUUCUUGAGGAGGGGAGCAACUCGGGCCAUUUUGAAGUCAGAGGGGACGCAGCCAGUGGUCAGGGAUGAAUUGAUGAAGGAAGUGAGGAAUAGGAGAAGGUCUCCAGAGAUGGUCUGGAGAAGGGAGGAGGUGAUGGUGUCGAGCAGGCAGAUUGUCGGGCAGCCAGACCUCACUAGUAGCAGGAUGCCAUCUGGAGAGCGAGGGGAGAAAGAGGUCACGGCGUAGGGUACUUCUGUGUGAGUGAGACCAGUGGUCUCAAUAGUCUGAGUGAAUGAGUAGCGUAUGUCGUCAACCUUUUUUUCAAAGUGGUUGACAAGUCGUCCGCAGAGAGGGAGGGUGAGGGGGUAGAUGAUUAAGGAGGGAGGAGAAGGUAGAAAAUAGUUUCCUAGGGUUAGAGGCAUAAGCUUGAAAUUUAGAGUGGUAGAAAGUGGCUUUAGCAGCAGAUACAGAGGAAGAGAAUGUAGAGAGGAGGGAGUGAAAGGAUGAUAGGUACUCCGGAAGUUUAGUUUUCCUCCAUUUUCGCUCAGCUGCCUGCAGCCCUCUUCUGUAAGCUCGCAAUGAGUCACUCAGCCACGGAGCAGGAGGGGAGGGCCGACCCGGCCGGGAGGAAAGGGGACAGUGCGAGUCAUAGGAUGCGGAAAGGGAGGAGAGUAGGGUUGAAGAGGCAGAAUUAGGAGACAGGAGGGAGAAGGAUUUAGCAGAAGCGAGAGAUGAUAGGAUAGAAGAGGAGAGAGUAGUGGGAGAAAGACAGCGAAGAUUGCGAUGGCGCAUGACCAUCUGGGUUAGGGGCUGAGUGGCUAGGGUUGGAGGAAAAGAAAGUAGUGAUCAGAGACCUGGAGGGGGCUUGCAGUGAGAUUAGUAGGCAAGCAGCCUCUUGGAAAGAUGAGGUCAAGUGUAUUGCCUGCCUUGUGAGUGGGAGGGGAUUGGGAAAGGUUGAGGUCAAAAGAGGCAAGGAGGGGAAAGAGAGAGUUGGAAAGAAAUUAAUCGAAGACAGACGUCGGGAGGUUGAAGUCGCCAAGUACUAAGUGCGGUGAGCCAUCGUCAGGAAAUGAGCUUAUCAAGGUGUCAAGCUCAUUGAGGAACUCUCCCAGGGCACCUGGUGGGCGAUAAAUGACAAUGUUAAGCUUGAGUGGACAAGUGACAAUGACAGCAUGGAAUUCAAAUGGACAGGUGAGAGAGGGAGAAAAGAGAAAAUCUCCACUUAGGACAAAUGAGUAGACCUGUGCCACCACCAUGACGACCAGAUGCUCUCGGACUAUGAGAGAAAACAUAGUCAGAUGAAGAAACAGCAGCUGGAGUAGCAGUGUUCUCUGGGGUGAUCCAUGUCUCCGUCAGGGCUGUAAAGUCAAGGAACUGAAGGGCAGCAUAGCCGGAGACGGUCUUAGUUUUGCGACACGGCUGCCGCUGACACAGCCACCGGUGAGAAACAAGGGGGGACUGAAGAACUAACACUAAUUGCUAAUUGACUAGCAGAGGUGGAGAGCACACCUCCCUGUACUAAUUGCUGAUUGCCUAGGAGAGGUGAAACCACUCCCCCCCCCAAUACAGCCACUGAUUACCAAAACAAGUCACAAAUUGCCCUGCCCCUUGAUCCUGGUUGAUGUGUCAACAACUAUCUGCAAAUGAUGAGCAGUCAGCAGUUCACACACCAAGUAGGCCACUGGGAAGACAGGCAGCACUUAAAGUAGAUGCUAGCUAGCAAAAAGACAGUACUAUACCACAACAGAUAAAGAGACAAAAUAUCAUACUUAUCACUCCUGGAGAUAUCAGGAGUCCUCUAGCUAUAGAAUGAAGCAUGCAGGAUAUGAAGGAUAUAAGAGAAGGGGUGAGCAAGGAGACUAAAACCCCUGAAAGCUCUUCUUCAGUCUAAAAGGGCAGGAGAGAAGAUGAGAGGAAAGAGUGAAACUAGGCCUUAAAUAUAGAUAUUUCUCUCUCUCUCUUUCUCUCUCUCUUUCUCUCGCUCUCUCGGUCUUUCUCUCUCUCUCUCUCUCAUUCUGUGUUACAGAGUGUCUCUCCCUCCAGCAGCACUAAAACAGCUAGGGGCACUUGUGUCACAUCUGUCUGUCAGCUCCAGUCUCUCUCCAGUCUCUCAGUGGAGCCAGAAGGUCGUUAAAUUACCACCAAUACCAUCAUGUUCCUAAUUAGCAUCACAGUCAUUACAGAUGAGGAUUAGAGGGAGGGAGAGGAGAAGGGAUAGAGUGGUGGAGAGAUACAGAGAGUGAACAGGAAAGCAAGAAAGAGUGAUGAAUGAAAGAGCAGAGAGAGAGAGAGAAGAACGGGGAGGGAGAGAGGGACGGGAGAGAGAAGGAUGGGGAGAGAAAGGAGAGAGAGAGAGAGAGAGAGAGAGAGAGAGAGUUUGUUCUGUGGUGAUGUCAGCUUGUCUCCAACACUAAUGACUGCAAUUAUAUACACACUGAUUGGGUUAGGCCUAUAAUUACACAUUCACACUGACACACACAUGACACAUACACACAUAAACAAAUACACAUUUGCGUAUACAGGCCCAGUGCCAAACAUACAGCAACCAAGCGUGUUCCACUGGUUUAACAGUGUGGGAAAAUAAAUCUAUCAACCUCAGCCUCCUCUUUCUCUGUGUUGAUGAGAUGUUUUACAAACUGAUGAAGGCUCUGAUUACAACCAAAACAACAUGUUGGGAUAACAUGAAUAUAGAGGGUUUCUGUGGACAUUGUUAAACUCAAUUCAAUUUCAAUGUAAGGGCUUUAUUGGCAUGGGAAACGUAUGUUAACAUUGCCAAAGCAAGUGAAGUAGAUAUGUACGUGAAUGUUUCACUCUCAGGAUAGUUUUGAAGAGAUAUUCCAAUAGCUUUAUUUAUAUUUCUGAUAACACAAACAGCUUAUUAAUCGCAUAUAACAAAUCACAUGAUAUGCAUGGAUGUUAACCAUUAUGAAUAACCCAAUAUCCAUUCAGAUGUUUGCUGUUCUGUGACAAAACAUAUUAGUUAUUCACGUACAUAUUUAUCACAGGUAAUACGUGUCCCAUAUAGGUAUUUCAAACAGCUUGACUUCCAUAUAACCCUAUAGAAGUUACAGAAGGGGACAGUAUGCAGAUGUUCUUCUCUAAUGAAGGAUAACUAUUGUUGUUGUAUGUUUAAGUCAUUAUUGUCCUAUAUGUGCCCGUGUCUCGACCCCACUGAGCUUUUUAAUAUUGAUUGAUAUAAAGCAAGUCUGUGGUUCAUGAGACUUCAUCUCAGAGACGUAUCGCUGUGACUUCUGAUCGAUGUUAAUCUUCAUAAUAGGCUCCUAGCAUCUUGGCUUCUUCUUCAUGUUGUUGCUAAUAGGAAAUAAAGGUGUGUGUGCGUGCGUGCGUUUGUUUGUAUUCAUUCGCGCGCGUGUGUAUGGAGAUUGUUAUUUAUUAGCAAUAUGAUGACUACGUUAAACAAGUCAAGCAUGAUCCCCUGCCUUUUCAUCCACUGCUCUUUAUCAACAUGAGAUACAGACCCUUAGUUCCUCUUUACAAGAAAAUGAACAUUGGGAUCCGCUACAGUAGUCUAAUAGGCUAAGGAGUCUUGGCUUGACGAGAGGGCUAGUAAAAGUAUUUAGAAGGCUUGCAUGCUAAUGUGACUAACCUCCUAACUGGACCCAUCGGUGCAUGAAAGCCACGGCGCAGGACUGGGGGAGUACUGAUACAAACACACACACAAAGUCAGUACAGGCAACCAUUAUUUUACUGGACGUCGUUAAUUUAAUGGACAUUCCUCACUCAGUCUCCGAGGAUCUGGAGAUAUCAGAGGGAACAUUUGUUUGUAAUUUCCAAAACAUUUAAAUGAAUUGUUAAAUGUCUUAUAAAGAUGUUGUUGUAGUUGAACGUCGUUCUCAUGUUCAUGUAUGAUUUAAUGAAUUCUGGAAUCCAUUUAGCUCCUCCCCCUGCCCUUCUCCCCCUGGUCCUCCAUGUUCAGAACUUGUUUUGAUUUGCUUUAUGAUGUUUGCCAAUUGGUUGAUCUUUGCCCUGAAUUCCUAAGUAAAUUUGAUUAAGACAUUUUAGUUAGACAAGUGCACAUGUUAUACUGAAGCCUUAGUUAGUGGGUAUGUUUAUCAUUAAAAUAUCAGCUUUAUACUUUUCAACUCUUUUAUGGAGAAAGCGGAGGUUAGACAACAAACUUGUCUGUAUUAUAAAUCAUCUUUACACUUUUCUUAUCUAUCUUCAUCAUCAUCAUCAUCAUCAUUAUCAUCACUAUCCUCAGUAGACGGUGUGUAACAAUGUUUAACAGUGUUCUUUCCUCUGUGUGCGUAUGUGUGUGCAGGGAGAGGGAGAGCUUUGUGACCACCAACCUGAGUAGGAUCCAGUACAUGCAGGUCAGACUGAGAAGCAACCUGGAGGCUAUAGGCCUGCUCAACAAACAGGUAAGAACACACAGACACACACACUGGGUCCUUCUGGCCCAACACACACACACACACACACACACACACACACACACACUAGGUCCAUCUGGCCAAACACACACACACACACACACACACACACACACACACACACACACACACACACACACACACACACACACACACACUGGGUCCUUCUGGCCCAACACACACACACACACAUACACACACUGGGUCCACUGGCCCAACACACACACACACACACACACACACACACACACACCAGCUCACCUGCUGUUUAGUUCAGACUAAAGAAGAAGCCUUAAAGUGUCUGACAUCAAACACACACACACACACAUCCAUUUCCUCUUCCUCCGAUGAAAGAUAGAAAGAAGAAGGGAGGAAAAGAGCGAGAACCAAUAAUCUCAUCAGUAGAUAACGGUGACGUUUCUUCACCUCUAAAUUAUUCUCUUUCAUGCCAGAGAGAGAGGGAAGUAUCAAUAUGGUGUUGUAGCCCAUCACUCUCUGACGGGCAAGAAAAAUGGCUUGCUGGGAUAAAAGACAGAAAGGAAGAACAGAAGAAUCUCCUGACCAAAAGAGAAGUGCACCGUCGUUUAUCUGGGUUGUCACUUCACAAGAGAAAUGGUCAACAAAUCCACAACGUGCAGGAAGAUUAACAUUUAUUUUCUCUCCUCUUCCUCUUGAACAAAGCUUAUAGAAUCAAUCACCUGGCUGUCGUUAAUGUUUUGGGUUUGAGAAGUAUCAGCAGCAUGUCAACUGUUUUGCUGUAGAGUUGUUUAAUAUACAGUGGGGGGAAAAAUGUAUUUAGUCAGCCACCAAUUGUGCAAGUUCUCCCACUUAAAAAGAUGAGAGAGGCCUGUAAUUUUCAUCAUAGGUACACGUCAACUAUGACAGACAAAAUGAGGAAAAAAAAUCCAGAAAAUCACAUUGUAGGAUUUUUUAUGAAUUUAUUUGCAAAUUAUGGUGGAAAAUAAGUAUUUGGUCAAUAACAAAAGUUUCUCAAUACUUUGUUAUAUACCAUUUGUUGGCAAUGACACAGGUCAAACGUUUUCUGUAAGUCUUCACAAGGUUUUCACACACUGUUGCUGGUAUUUUGGCCCAUUCAUCCAUGCAGAUCUCCUCUAGAGCAGUGAUGUUUUGGGGCUGUCGCUGGGCAACACAGACUUUCAACUCCCUCCAAAGAUUUUCUAUGGGGUUGAGAUCUGGAGACUGGCUAGGCCACUCCAGGACCUUGAAAUGCUUCUUACGAAGCCACUCCUUCGUUGCCCGGGCGGUGUGUUUGGGAUCAUUGUCAUGCUGAAAGACCCAGCCACGUUUCAUCUUCAAUGCCCUUGAUGAUGGAAGGAGGUUUUCACUCAAAAUCUCACGAUACAUGUCCCCAUUCAUUCUUUCCUUUACACAGAUCAGUCGUCCUGGUCCCUUUGCAGAAAAACAGCCCCAAAGCAUGAUGUUUCCACCCCCAUGCUUCACAGUAGGUAUGGUGUUCUUUGGAUGCAACUCAGCAUUCUUUAUCCUCCAAACACGACGAGUUGAGUUUUUACCAAAAGGUUCUAUUUUGGUUUCAUCUGACCAUAUGACAUUCUCCCAAUCCUCUUCUGGAUCAUCCAAAUGCACUCUAGCAAACUUCAGACGGGCCUGGACAUGUACUGGCUUAAGCAGGGGGACACGUCUGGCACUGCAGGAUUUGAGUCCCUGGCGGCGUAGUGUGUUACUGAUGGUAGACUUUGGUCCCAGCUCUCUGCAGGUCAUUCACUAGGUCCCCCUGUGUGGUUCUGGGAUUUUUGCUCACCGUUCUUGUGAUCAUUUUGACCCCAUGGGGUGAGAUCUUGCGUGGAGCCCCAGAUCGAGGGAGAUUAUCAGUGGUCUUGUAUGUCUUCCAUUUCCUAAUAAUUGCUCCCACAGUUGAUUUCUUCAAACCAAGCUGCUUACCUACUGCAGAUUCAGUCUUCCCAGCCUGGUGCAGGUCUACAAUUUUGUUUCUGGUGUCCUUUGACAGCUCUUUGGUCUUGGCCAUAGUGGAUUUUGGGGUGUGACUGUUUGAGGUUGUGGACAGGUGUCUUUUAUACUGAUAACAAGUUCAAACAGGUGCCAUUAAUACAGGUAACGAGUGGAGGACAGAGGAGCCUCUUAAAUAAGAAGUUACAGGUCUGUGAGAGCCAGAAAUCUUGCUUGUUUGUAGGUGACCAAAUACUUAUUUUCCACCAUAAUUUGCAAAUAAAUUCAUAAAAAAUCCUACAAUGUGAUUUUCUGGAAAAAAAAUCUCAAUUUGUCUGUCAUAGUUGACGUGUACCUAUGAUGAAAAUUACAGGCCUCUCUCAUCUUUUUAAGUGGGAGACCUUGCACAAUUGGUGGCUGACUAAAUACUUUUUUCCCCCACUGUAGCUAUAGCAAGUGUUGUAGUACUCGAGACCGAUCUCCAGACCACAUGUUGAGUGUCUCGGUCUUGUGUCGGAUACAUUUGUACUUGGUCUUGACUCGGACAGUGAGGACUCGUAAUUUCUUCCCGAGACCAGCUGAGUAAAAAACGUAUUAUCAGCUUCCAUUCAGUCAGUGCAUAAAAGCGAUUCGCCAGGCCAAAUACAUACAUUCCUUUCUUGAAACAUUAAUAUCUUAUUGCCUAUUGAAACCUGUGAUUCCUACUUUACUCGUAACAUUACUGUCCUUUACUUUCAUUGAAAAAUAUCCUCAAACUUUGUCCGAUUUCCUUGACUCGCUGGUAGGGAAGAGUGGGGGAAAUCGUUGGAAAGUUGUGCUCUCACUAUUAGUAAGGGGAGACAGGGAAAUCGUAACAGUCUUUAUAUCUAGUAUAGACAUGUUUGCCCAGUGGCAAACCUAUUGGGCCUUCAGUGUGUGACAGGUUUGUGAUGCUGAAAGGACAGCAACCAUAAUACCAGCACACUCAUGUAGAGUGCACUUUUUGUAAAACACAAAGGACCAGUGGCGUAGUGGAGGCUAUACACAGGUAUACGGCGUAUACCCACUUUUUUUAUGGGCAUAUCAAAGUAGUGUAGGGGAGGUAUACAACUUAUCAAUUAUGUAGUACAAUAGAGAAAUCAUGCACAAAGUAGCCUACACAAUCGCAAAGCACGUGAAAUAUAUUCACAUGCGAGCAGCACAUAUAGCCUAGUUUCAGCAGAAUAUCAUCUGCAGGCAGCAAGAGUGUGCAGCUCAGCUGGUUUUGGCAUGUCAGCUCACAGAAGAAUGACAUCGGUAGCCGGUAGUUAGGAAAGACAUUUCAACUUAUGAUAUCUACCAGUAAAUGCUAACUAAGGCAACAAUGGGUAUGCAAACCAGGUAUUGAAAAAGUUGAGUCCAUAGUCUUGGUUAAUAGGCUAUUUGCAAUGCGUAAUUCAGUCAUCAUGCUCAUUCACUCUGACAUAAUAAGCCAAUAGAAUCCAAUCAUAAGAAAACAAAAACACAACCAUUAGGCUAAGCAUUUCCCAUUUAAAAAAACUAUUUUUUACACACAUAAGUUAUUUUCAAAGAGCUGGCUAACAACAGCAUGCAAGCUGCAAUAAAAAACACAGUUCCACUCAACAGAUGAUGAUCAUUUGAAACGUAACUUCUGGUUGAAUAGGGACACGCUAACAAAUUAGCAACAACAUCCUCUUCGAUAACACCUGCUGCAGCUGCUGCAAACUAGCCUUCAACAAAAGAUAGCUAACUAGACCGUGGGAAGACUACUGCUUGCUAUUGCACAGUGACCUGUUGGCCUUCCAUAUGGCAGACGAUUCCCAUACGUUUUUGUAAAAACGGUCCCACCCAUUACAAGUCAAUGUGAUUGGUUGAUUCCACUGUCACUCCAGCCACUUGACCACUCGCUUUAGGUGGUCUUGAACACAACACUGGCUAUUGCAAUCUUUUAGAUAAUAAUACACUGCUCAAAAAAAUAAAGGGAACACUUAAACAACACAAUGUAACUCCAAGUCAAUCACACUUCUGUGAAAUCAAACUGUCCACUUAGGAAGCAACACUGAUUGACAAUACAUUUCACAUGCUGUUGUGCAAAUGGAAUAGACAACAGGUGGGAAUUAUAGGCAAUUAGCAAGACACCCCCAAUAAAGGACUGAUUUUGCAGUUGGUGACCACAGACCACUUCUCAGUUCCUAUGCUUCCUGGCUGAUGUUUUGGUCACUUUUGAAUGCUGGCGGUGCUUUCACUCUAGUGGUAGCAUGAGACGGAGUCUACAACCCACACAAGUGGCUCAGGUAGUGCAGCUCAUCCAGGAUGGCACAUCAAUGCGAGCUGUGGAAAGAAGGUUUGCUGUGUCUGUCAGCGUAGUGUCCAGAGCAUGGAGGCGCUACCAGGAGACAGGCCGGCCAGUACAUCAGGAGACGUGGAGGAGGCCGUAAGAGGGCAACAACCCAGCAGCAGGACUGCUACCUACGCCUUUGUGCAAGGAGGAGCAGGAGGAGCACUGCCAGAGCCCUGCAAAAUGACCUCCAGCAGGCCACAAAUUUGCAUGUGUCUGCUCAAACGGUCAGAAACAGACUCCAUGAGGGUGGUAUAAGGGCCCGACGUCCACAGGUGGGGGUUGUGCUUACAGCCCAACACCGUGCAGGACGUUUGGCAUUUGCCAGAGAACACCAAGAUUGGCAAAUUCGCCACUGGCGCCCUGUGCUCUUCACAGAUGAAAGCAGGUUCACACUGAGCACGUGACAGAGUCUGGAGACGCCGUGGAGAACGUUCUGCUGCCUGCAACAUCCUCCAGCAUGACCGGUUUGGCGGUGGGUCAGUCAUGGUGUGGGGUGGCAUUUCUUUGGGGGGCCGCACAGCCCUCCAUGUGCUCGCCAGAGGUAGCCUGACUGCCAUUAGGUACCGAGAUGAGAUCCUCAGACCCCUUGUGAGACCAUAUGCUGGUGCGGUUGGCCCUGGGUUCCUCCUAAUGCAAGACAAUGCUAGACCUCAUGUGGCUGGAGUGUGUCAGCAGUUCCUGCAAGAGGAAGGCAUUGAUGCUAUGGACUGGCCCGCCCGUUCCCCAGACCUGAAUCCAAUUGAGCACAUCUGGGACAUCAUGUCUCGCUCCAUCCACCAACGCCACGUUGCACCACAGACUGUCCAGGAGUUGGCGGAUGCUUUAGUCCAGGUCUGGGAGGAGAUCCCUCAGGAGACCAUCCGCCACCUCAUCAGGAGCAUGCCCAGGCGUUGUAGUGAGGUCAUACAGGCACGUGGAGGCCACACACACUACUGAGCCUCAUUUUGACUUGUUUUAAGGACAUUACUUCAAAGUUGGAUCAGCCUGUAGUGUGGUUUUCCACUUUAAUUUUGAGGGUGACUCCAAAUCCAGACCUCCAUGGGUUGAUAAAUUUGAUUUCCAUUGAUAAUUUUUGUGUGAUUUUGUUGUCAGCACAUUCAACUAUGUAAAGAAAAAAUUAUUUAAUAAGAUUAUUUCAUUCAUUCAGUUCUAGGAUGUGUUAUUUUAGUGUUCCCUUAAUUUUUUUGAGCAGUGUAUUAUUUCCAGGUGAGGCAUAAGGAAAAGCCAAGUAGAAGCCAAAUUCAGGGAGGGAGAGAGGGAGAGAGGGAUCCAAUAAGGUGUUCUGCUAACAGGUCAGAUGUGUAAUCGCUUCAGUCUCAGACACCUCAUUCUGUGUGUUUUGUCUUUAAUAUCCAGGGUCUCAGACACCGCUUAAUCUGCUGUGUGAAUCAUUACACAUAUCGAUCCACUCCUACACAGAACACUUAAUGAGGACGCCAACACAUACCUAGACAGACAGGCAACCUCCCACUCAAUUUCACCAGCCCGCCAUCUCCCACUGACACACACACAAACUGAGACAAACACACAUAUGCCUAUCCAUGUCCCUGUCAAAAGACUAAUGAAAUGUCUUACUUCAUUCUGCAGCUAGAGAACUCCAGAUUAAGUUAAAUUAUAUCUGUCUAAUUUCCAUAGAAUAACACGUUUAAUUUCAAUAGAUUAGUGGCUCAGAAUAAUAGCUAAUCUCCUUUCUUCAUUUGGAUAUUGAAUGUGUUGUUAUUGCUAAGAGUAGUAGACAGCCUUCACACUGGUCACCAGUGGGUUUUAGCCUAUGAUCAGCUAAACCAAUCUCACACACACACACACACACACACACACACACUCCACCCACCUAGACAGAGCCAGUUCAGGGUUAGAGACUCAUGCAGGGAUUUUUAAUUAGCAAACGUUCAGUCUUUGUAAAGAUGACAAAAAAUUAAACAUGUCCCCAAGAAUGUUAGAGUUAAUUAGUUCAUUUACAUCAUACUGUGUUUUCACAGACACAUAACUGUGGUUUGAUUUGGUCUGGGAGGAAGAGGAGACAUUUUCACAAGAAGGUAUUACUGGAUUUAAACUGUGGGUUGGAGAUAUGGCUGAGGCUGAGGUUUUGGACAAGGCAGGGGAUAUGUUUAGGGUUUUCUGCAGGGCUAGAGAUAAGGUUGGUCUUAGAUUCUACUGGAUCUGUGGAUAUACAAGAUAGGUGGAAAGAGUUUACACCUUAUUGCUUAAACCUAUUCAGGCUGUUUCAGAUCGGAGGAAUCAUCAAGAGAUCAGGGAAGGAAGGGAGUAAGGUUUCAGUUUGGGUUCAAACACACACAUCAAUAGAAAGACUGGAAGACGCACAUCUGAUAGACAUAUUUCCUAAUAAUCCCAAUACUGUCCUCCGUCUGUCUGUCUUUCCUGUGAACGAGGGAUGGGAUGGAGGGAUAGGGGAGGAGAGAUGUCUAGAGCAGUGGUUUUCAACCACUGUGCCUUGAGAAACUCUCAGGGGUGCAGCAAAACUUUCCAAAUCUUUUUUUUUAAACACACUUAUAAACGUGACAAAAUGAACAUUGGAUUUUGGCUUAGGAACACCAGUGGCGCUAGAAAGAAAAUCAAUCAGAUGAUACAAUGAAUGGGCAGUAUUUCUGUUAGAUAUAUUUGAAAUAUGUAUUUCAAUUACUUCUGAGUAUUUUGUCAUUUGUAUUACCCUGGGCUGAACUACACUCCAAUUUAUUUUGUAACAAGAUGCUUUUGAGAGCUGUAAUUUGUAUUUUCAAAAUACAAAAUACUUUUCUAUACCAUUUUGGCCCCCUUUCACCCUGCACCCUGUAUCAGAAGUCUGAUGGCACUAUGGUGUGAUAAGAGCGUAGCAGGUUAGGAGAAUUAGGUUAAGCUGUAUCCCAUCUUGACAAAAAUAAUCCCCAGUGUGCUUUGCAGUUCAUUUUAGUAUGUUCAUUUUCACAUAAACAUUUACAUUUUGGUCAAUUAGCAUUACAUUUUUACAUUUUAGUCAUUUAGCAGAUGCUCUUAUCCAGAGCGACUUACAGUUAGUGAGUGCAUACAUUUUUUUUUCUUCAUACUGGCCCCCCGUGGGAAUCGAACCCACAACCCUGGCGUUGCAAACACCAUGCUCUACCAACUGAGCUACACGGGACUAGCAGUAGAAGACACUCUUAUCCAUAGUGACUUACAGUCAGUGCAUUCAGCUAAGAUAGUUAAACAACAACAUACUGUAUCACAGUCAUAGCAAGUAAAACAAUUCUGUAAAUGUUGCUGAGAAUGUUGUUACUGUUUGGGCCAGAUACUUGCAAAUCUAUUUCUUUACAAACCACUAGUCUCUAGACCUUUACGUUCAAAAGUAAGACCUAGGCCUACAUGUUUUUUCAAUUCAAUAUUUUUUAUUUGAAAAGACAAGUAGUUGAAUAUUGGAAUGGAUUUGGAAAAACACUUUGAAAGUAUUGGCAUGUAUUAGAAAAUACUAAAAUACACUUACUCAAAUACACUCUCGUGAAUUUAACCUAGGUAUUUGAAAAUAAUAUUUGAAAGAAGUAUUUGAAAAUACUUUAAAAUACUUCUAAUUGAAGUAGUUAAUUCGGGCCACAUUAGUUGAAAAUAAGUGUUUAAUUAACAAAUAUUCAAAUACACAUUACAUUUACAUUUUAGUCAUUUAGCAGACACUCUAAUCCAGAGCAAUUUACAAUUAGUGCGUUCAUCUUAAAGCUAGAAUCCUUAAUGGUGAAAGAGCCACGUACGUUUGCGAAAUUACAACAACAAAGAAGUUGCUGCAAACAUCAUUGCACACGCAACAGAAGGGGGACUAUUUCAGAUACACUUUGACGAGGUAGGGUGUGUGUGUGUGUGUGUGACAUCACUCUUUAACCGCAGCUUCCAUACAGACACACUCACUCUCACACACACACGUCUAAGGAACAGAUGGGGAUGAGUGUCACUGUCACUACAGACUCUCUCUCUUUCCGUACGUCUGUUUUUCAUCUCUGUCUGCUUACCGUACCGCUCAAAAUAACCAGUAAUCAGUCAGCUCCUCUCUCUCUGAUCACUGUGUCAUUGCAGAUCUCACACAUUGACAUGCAUCUUGCAUGUCAUUACCUACCAAAACCAAAACACACUUUAAACUUGCCAGUUACGUACAAAGAAUAAUCUCAAGUUUUGGAUAUGAUUGUUUUUGAGCCCAGUUCCACUCUGACCAUGCCUAAUGAGACCAUGCCUAAUGAGUUUUGUGUUGACAGUGUGUAGGGGUUUUAAACCCUUUUCUCUCAUCUUCUUAGGGGUUGUUUUCCGGUUACAUCUACACCAUGAUGACAGCUCUCCGGAACAUUGAACAGCUUUCCUCUAUUCUACCCUCCACAUUCCUCUCUCUCUCUCUCUCUCUCUCUCUCUCUCUCUCUCUCUCAAACUGUAUCUCUCUAUAUCUCUCUCAAACUCUCUCUCUCUCUCUUUCCCCUAGCUGAGUGCUCUGGGAGGAGAGAAUGAGAGAUUGCGUCGGCAGCUGGAGGAGGAGAGAGCAGAGCGCAGACGAGUGAAUCGACGGAUACCGCCAACCAACCACCGGAGGGGUACCUCCCUCCUUCCAUUCUCCCUCACACACGGGCCCUCCUCCUCCCUUCCCUCCCUCUCCCCCUCUCUGGACAGAGACACAGGAUAACCUCCCCCUGCCUCCCACCUUUCCCCCUCCCCUCUGCACCACCCCCCCAGCCACAGCCCCAGUCCCAGGCCAGGGGAGAAGGACAGUGCCCUGACCCGAGCAGAGUUGAGCAAUGCUGGGCCGCGGUAGCCAGGCGAGGCCCAGGCUGUGAAUGAGGCCUACUGGGUGAGGAGGGUGGGAGAACUAUCCGUACAGUUGCAGGACAGAGAGCUCUACUGGUCAGGUAGGAUCAAACACCUCGCUACAGAGAUACGACAGACCAAGGACGCUUCGCCUCUCACCUGACCUCCCGCUGACCUCUAACCCCUAACCCCUGAUCCCUGACCCCUGAACUCUAAUGCCUGACAUCUCUUCCUUGUUUGGCUGUUGUGUUGGAUGGGUUCGGUUAUGAAGCCAUAUCAUUGUCUCUGAUCACUGUAUGACUGUGUGCCAUGUACUGCAACUGUUGACAUUGACAUCUAUUUUCGUUUGUUGUUAGUGCCAUGUGUUCUCCCGCUGCUGUGUGUGCGUGUGUGUUCAGUGCCUUGUAACAUGAGAGAAUUGUAGUAAUAAUGAAUGUUUUUUUAUAUUUAUUCUUAGAGUUCCAGUUUGAUAAUAACUCCAAAUAUGAUCAUAACAUUUUCUGACCGUUUUAUGUUUAAAGUUGUGACUGUAGGCCAGAUAGUUGUGACUGUAGGCCAGAUAGUUGUGACUGUAGGCCAGAUAGUUGUGACUGUAGGCCAGAUAGUUGUGACUGUAGGCCAGAUAGUUGUGACUGUAGGCCAGAUAGUUGUGACUGUAGGCCAGAUAGUUGUGACUGUAGGCCAGAUAGUUGAUGUGCUAAGGGAAGACAUGGAAGCCAGUGUUGGCUAAACAAGACCUACAUGUGACAGAGAGGGAGGGAGAGAGGGAGAGAGGGAGAUUUGACUGUGAUAAUGAUAACGGCUGAACCUCUCUCUCUUUCCCUCUGUCUAUUCAAAGAGAAACAUUGAGGCAUGCAGCCACAGACUCUUUCAUCUCUCUCUUUCUCUCUCUCUCAAUUCAAUUUAAGGGCUUUAUUGGUAUGGGAAACAUAUGUUUACAUUGCCAAAGCAAGUGAAAUAGAUAAUAAACAAAAGUGAAAUAAACAAUAAAAAAUUAGCAGGAAACAUUACACUCUCUCUCUCUCUCUCUCUCUCUCUCUCUCUCUCUCUCUCUCUCUCUCUCUCUCUCUCUCUCUCUCUCUCUCUCUCUCUCUCUCUCUCUCUCUCUCUCUCUCUCUCUCUCUCUCUCUCAGGAGUCUACAUUUUAAUGAGGCAGAGCUUGGCUUGUUAGUGGUAUCGCUGUCACAGUCAAAAAUACACCGCUUUUAUGCACCAACACACACACACGCGCUCACACACAUAUAGACUCUCACACACAGAGCACAGUCAUUAAAAGUGAAACCACAGGCCUUUAAAGGAUUCCCAGGCCCAGACCAAGGCAGCUGUGCGACGGUGAAAAGAGUCCCAUGGAAACAAUGAUGGGAAUGAUCAUUUGUUGUUCUUGAAAACCCAGUGAGGUUUUACGGAGGUUAAGCUUGUCUUUGAUCUGUUUUGAACUCGCUUUAGCUCUGUGGAGGGAUUAUUCAGACGCCUUUACACACACUUACAGUAGACACAGGCUCUUACAUGUAUUUUCUACACAGGAAGCUCAUUUCACACAGUUUCUUAUUUUUUCUGGCAUCCCCUAACUUCCUACCCUUAGUUUACUAAAUUAAUGUAUGGUUUCCACUGGCUGAGAGUGUGUGUUUCACUUAUACACGUCUGUGUGUGUUGUCUUCUAGAAAUCUGUGUUACACCUACAAAAAUAUUGUCACUCACUAUUUUAUUUUCAUCCCAAAUCAGCCUGGGUCUGUUUGUGGAGUGUGGCCCUCUGUCUGAGAGAGAGGGAUGUUGAUGGUUAUAUGAAUGAUGAUUAUGAUUACCAGGCAUUAUUUUCUUUCUGAUCAUCACAAGAGUGGCCCAUCUGAACUAGCAUCAGCAUCAUAAGUGGCCAUUGUGGAAGGAGCUGUACUGGCUACACAUAGAUCAUCUUUAGGGGUGCAUCUCAAAUGGCUCCCUAUUCCUUUAUAGUACACUAUUUUUGACCAGAAGUGCACUAUAAAGGUUUGUCCUCAUGCAGGGGAAACUAGCUGAUGCAUGUUGCCUGUUCUCUUAGAGGACUGGAGGCAAUAAGCUGAGUAGCAGAUACUGUACACUCCUUGUUAUUAGAAACAUAAUGUCCAAUGGUAAAUGAUCAGGAAAUGAGAAUGGAUGUUAAUAAUAGUCAUCUUGUCCUUUUUAAAGAGCAACAUUAUGAGCCUUCCACAGCCCCAGACAUGCUCUGGGUUUCUCCUAUAAGCUGUGUGUGUGUGUGUGUGUGUGUGUCUCUUAAAUUGGCUCCUUGAGACUGGAAGGGAAUAAACAGUAAAUCUAUCUGAUGCCCAUGUGGAUCUGAUUGGACUGUUAAUGAGGACAGAGGGACAGUCUUAUUGUUUGUCUGACUUUCUCUGACUCUCUCUCUCUAUGUUACUCUUACUCGCUCUCUGUUUCUCUGACUGUCUCUCUGUUUCUCUGACUGUCUCUCUGUUUCUCUGACUGUCUCUCUGUUUCUCUGACUGUCUCUGUGUUUCUCUGACUGUCUCUGUUUCUCUGACUGUCUCUCUGUUUCUCUGACUGUCUCUCUGUUUCUCUGACUGUCUCUCUGUUUCUCUGACUGUCUCUCUGUUUCUCUCUCUGACUGUCUCUCUGUUUCUCUCUCUGACUGUCUCUCUGUUUCUCUGACUGUCUCUCUGUUUCUCUGACUGUCUCUCUGUUUCUCUGACUGUCUCUCUGUUUCUCUGACUGUCUCUGUGUUUCUCUGACUGUCUCUCUGUUUCUGACGUCUCUGUUUUCUCUGACUGUCUCUCUGUUUCUCUGACUGUCUCCUGUUUCUCUCUCUGACUGUCUCUCUGUUUCUCUCUCUGACUGUCGCUCUGUUUCCUCUGGACUGUCUCUCGUUUUAUCUGACUGUCUCUCUGUUUCUCUGACUUUCUCUCUGUUUCUCUGACUGUCUCUCUGUUUCUCUGACUGUCUCUCGUUUCUUGACUGUCUCUCUGUUUCUUUGACUGUCUCUCUGUUUCUCUGACUUUCUCUCUGUUUCUCUGACUGUCUCUCUGUUUCUCUGACUUUCUCUCUGUUUCUCUGACUGUCUCUCUGUUUCUCUGACUCUCUCUGUUUCUCUGACUGUCUCUCUGUUUCUCUAACUUUCUCUCUGUUUCACUGACUGUCUCUGUUUGUCUGACUGUCUCUCUGUUUCUUUGACUGUCUCUCUGUGUCUCUGACUCUCUCUGUUUCUCUGACUGUCUCUCUGUUUCUCUAACUAUUUCUCUGUUUCUCUGACUAUCUCUCUCUCUCUCUCUGUUUCUCUGACUGUCUCUCUGUUUCUCUGACUGUCUCUCUGUUUCUCUGACUGUUUCUCUGACUGUCUCUCUGUUUCUCUGACUGUCUCUCUGUGUCUCUGACUCUCUCUGUUUCUCUGACUGUUUCUCUGACUGUCUCUCUGUUUCUCUGACUGUUUCUCUGACUGUCUCUCUGUUUCUCUGACUGUCUCUCUGUGUCUCUGACUGUCUCUCUGUUUCUCUGACUGUCUCUCUGUUUCUCUGACUGUUUCUCUGACUGUCUCUCUGUUUCUCUGACUGUUUCUCCGACUCUCUGUUUCUCUGACUGUCUCUCUGUUUCUCUGACUUUCUCUGACUGUUUCUCUGACUGUCUCUCUGUUUCUCUGACUGUCUCUCUGUUUCUCUGACUGUCUCUCUGUCUCUCUGUUUCUCUGACUGUCUCUCUGUUUCUCUGACUGUCUCUCUGUUUCUCUGACUGUCUCUCUGUGUCUCUGACUCUCUCUGUUUCUCUGACUGUCUCUCUGUUUCUCUGACUGUCUCUGUUUCUCUGACUGUUUCUCUGACUCUCUCUGUUUCUCUGACUGUUUCUCUGACUGUCUCUCUGUUUCUCUGACUGUUUCUCUGACUGUCUCUCUGUUUCUCUAACUGUCUCUCUGUUUCUCUGACUGUUUCUCUGACUGUCUCUCUGUUUCUCUGACUGUUUCUCUGACUGUCUCUCUGUUUCUCUGACUGUCUCUCUGUUUCUCUGACUCUCUCUGUUUCUCUGACUGUUUCUCUGACUGUCUCUCUGUUUCUCUGACUGUUUCUCUGACUGUUUCUCUGACUGUCUCUCUGUUUCUCUGACUGUUUCUCUGACUCUCUCUCUGUUUCUCUGACUGUUUCUCUGACUGUCUCUCUGUUUCUCUGACUGUCUCUCUGUUUCUCGGACUGUCUCUCUGUCUCUCUGUUUCUCUGACUGUCUCUCUGUUUCUCUGACUGUUUAUCUGACUGUCUCUCUGUUUCUCUGACUGUUUCUCUGACUGUCUCUCUGUUUCUCUGACUGUCUCUCUGUUUCUCUGACUGUCUCUCUGUUUCUCUGACUGUCUCUCUGUUUCUCUGACUCAGAAAGAGAUAGAGGGAGAGAAAGAGCGAGGGAGACGCAGGUAGAGACAGAAGGAGGGGAAGAGGACAGAGAGAAGAGUGGGAGGGAAGAGCAAAGGGAUAGAGGAACAGAGUGUAUACCAGGGUAAGAUUAUUGUCCUUAUCAGCAUGCUCCAGAACGUGUGUGUGUGUGUGUCCCUAAUGGGGCAGUGUGAGGGGAAAUGAGGCCUGGCCUGAUGGAGGCUGAUUACCCAUCGACUCUACACACAUCAAAGAAAGAGAGGGAAGGAGGAGGAGAGGAAGAAGUGAGGGGAGAGAUGAAGGUGAAAGUCACCAUCACCUCCUCUCUCCCUGGGACCCCAGACGCUGCCACACACACGGCCACCAUUUUAUUCAACCUUGACAGAUUGGGCUUUCAGGGCGAAAAGGGAGGAGGAGAGAGGAGAGGAAGGAGGGGUGAUGAACAGACAGAGAGGAAGGAGGGGUGAUGAACAGACAGAGAGGAAGGAGGGGUGAUGAACGGACAGAGAGGAAGGAGGGGUGAUGAACAGACAGAGAGAUGAGAGGAAGGAGGGGGAGGAGGAAGGGUGAAGGGACAGAGAUGCCACAGACCUUCAUUUUCCAUAUUAGAGAAUUAAUUAAAUUAAACUUCUGUUAAUGACGUCUGAGGGAAGUCCUGUUAUUUAUGACUGUGGAGGAAUUAUACCAGCCACACACACACACACCACAAUCUGUCUGACAGGUGUCUUGUCCUUCCUGACCGUGCUGAGGGUAGAGAGAGGGACUGGUGACAGAGGCUGGUUGCAUCGAGUCCUUGUUUGAAAAUGUGAGCUAUUUCCCUACAUCACCCUCCUCUCACCCCCGGUACUCCCACCUUCAAGCACAUCCUCUCCCCCCUCCUCCUUCUUUUUCAAAAACCAUAUUACAUUUCAGAGGGUCAAUAUUUCUUCCUUACCUCCACCCCCAAAAACCCCCACCUAAACCAACCCCCCCAUGUCCCCUUUGUUUUAUUCAAAAUCAUUCAGAGGGUUGUUUUCCUUCCCUCACAGACGUCCCCACUCCCUCUCCUCAUCUCCUAUCUUCCCUUUUUAUACAAGUCAGAGUAUGUUUCCCUUUUGCAGUCCCCGAAUCCCGAACCCCAAACCUUCUCCCGUCUGCCCCAUUUAUCAGAAAGAACCCCAAUAUCUCUCUACCUUUCUCUCUCUCUCCAUCUCUCUCUCUCUCUCAGCUCAUUACCAUAUAUAGUAUACAAGAUGGCGGUGAAGGUAAUCUCCACUCGCCGGGUGACAAAAUGGAGGUCUGCACAUUGUCAUCAUCAACGAACCCUCGCUGAUUUGUGUCACGUCUUGGUGUGACAGACACGCAAGUGAUGGAAGACACACACAUACACACUCACACACACGGGGUGCGGUGUUAUACUGACCACGAAACGCAUCACAUCUGUAAUCAGGUCUGACACAUUGAAGCAAAACGCUCCCAUCUCAUCUGACAGCCACACACACACACACACACACACACACAGAGAAAGAACAGCAUAACAAUUCAGAUGGAAAUAGACAUGUAUUCUGAGGAUGUAUCGUGGUCCCUAAUGUAUAGGCCAUUUGUUAGUGUUGCUGUUUGAAUACAUUAACGUGGUUUUAGAUGUGGGUUUGUAGGGGAGGCACAGGGAAGAGACUGGUGUGUUUAUCAUGGCAUAUCACAUAUUAUUUAGAUACUACCACAACCAUUCUCUGUGUGUCUUUAGGCUGAAGACAGAAAUGUGUAGCGUCAACAUCUUCUAACUUCAAGCCUCAUUGGGUAGACUGGUACUGUAUGCCACUGGUAUGUCAUCACCAGAAUAUAACAGAAAACAUCCUCUUUCCUUAGUUUUGUUCAUUCACUCGUCCUGGGUGAGUAUCAUGUUCAGUACGACAGUUAUCUUCUUCAUGUUCAGUUGUAAGUCACAGCAAACAAAACGUUGUUGAUCUCCUCCAGCAGUACUUAACACCACAACACAACAACAAAGAGAACAAGAAUAAAUAUAAACCAUAUCAAAUGUGGAGAGGGUGAAAUCCACCGAAACUGUCACGAAAAGUUGUCAUGUAGUGUUAUUCAUUUACAAAUGCAAUUAUUGUUCUUCACUUUGCUGGCUUGUUAAGUGACAAGCAAGGAGAUCCUCCAUGACAGUGUGGAAGAAUUCAAACUAAACUGGAUCUUAGAGAGUCUGUUCCCAUACAGACUGGACUAGACUGGAAAUGACACAUCUCACACCUACUAAUGCAGCAUCUCUGCUUAAUGUCUCUCUGAUAUCUGGUACAGGAGGGAGGGAGGGAGAGAAAGAGAGGGAUGGGAGAGAGCGGAGGGAGAGCGGUAUUCUCAGGGGAUGUAAGUCUAAGCUCUGAGUUUGUCACUAGUAGUGGCCCUGUCAAGGUUCGGUGAAUCACAAACCCUUUGGUGUUAAUAGGCAGAUUAAGGAAAUAAACUAAGCAUGUCCUUAUUAGGCUUCCACCUUUCCCAUUUAUUUAUUUAUCUAUUUUAUUUUAUUUAUUUAUCUAGCUACCUCUGUUUUGCCACAUUGUCUUGCAGAAUGUUUUUUAUGCUCUCGCUCUCUCUUUCCCUCCCUCUCGCUCUCCUCCCUCCCUCUCUCUCUCUCGCUCUCUCCCUCCCUCUCUCUCUCUCUCUCUCUCUCUCUCUCUCGCUCUCGCUCUCGCUCUCGCUCUCGCUCUCAAUUUCAAUUUCAAUUUAAGGGCUUUAUUGGCAUGGGAAACGUAUGUUAACAUUGCCAAAGCAAGUGAAGUAGAUAGUCAGUCCCCCUCUCUCUCUGUGUGUCUCUCUCUCUCUGUGUCUCUCUCUCUCUGUGUCUCUCUCUCUGUCUCUCUCUUUCUGUCUCUCUCUUUCUCUGUCUCUCUCUCUUUCUCUGUCGCUCUCUGUCUCUCUCUGUGUCUCUCUCUCUGUCUGUGUCUCUCUGUCUCUCUCUCCUCUCUCCCUCUCUCUUUCUCAUUUUCAAAAGGCACUUUAUUUACCAACCCAGGGGAAUGCUACACUACGCAUUAACCUGUGCCAUUAUGCAUUCAUUUAUGUAUGCAAAUGCACUUUAUGAUUAAACAAAUUGUUUUGCUGUUUGGCUGUGUGUUCGUUGUGUGUUGGCUGGUGACAUUCAUGUAUGGUGUGUGUGUGUGUGUGUGUGUGUGUGUGUGUGUGUGUCUGCGCAUUUGAUAUACUGUAUUAUACUUAGUGUACUUUUAUGUUAUUGAUUUAUUUCAAAUAAGUACCAAAACAUACCAAAUGGCAUGUAGUCUCCUAUGAAGGACAGAGCUAUCAGAACUAAUUAUCACAACCACAAUCAGGUUAUGUGGUCAACAUUUGUGGUUGCUUUUAGGCCUCUCUCUCUCUCUCCUCUCUCUCUCUCUCUCUCUCUCUCUCUCUCUCUCUCUCUCUCUCUCUCUCUCUCUCUCUCUCUCUCUCUCUCUCUCUUCUCACUCUUUGUCCCUCUCUCUCUCUGUCCCUCUCUCUUCCCCUAUCCCUCUCUUUUCCCCUAUCCCUGCCCCUCUUUCCCUCACCCCUCUCCCCAUGCAGCAGUUAGUGAUGGGUGUGUAG